CAGCGGGAGCUGUUCAAAGUGGUGUGGUGCUGAAGAGACAACUCUCUCCUCGCCUCUCCUCUCCGCUCAGUCUGCCAGACAGUCGCUCUCUCUCUCUCGCCUGUUCGCUCUGUUGGUCCACGUUCAUCAGCUGGUCCGUGAACGCUGGAUUUCACCGUCUCAGAGCUCAUACCAGGAAGAUUAAAAAAAGAAGAAGUAGAAGAAGAAGAAAACCAGCACCGUAAACACACCGUCGAAGCUCACGUGGGGGAGAUUUCUGACAAGUAAGGCUCCUCUUUUGUCCGUUUCUCUGUGUGUAACGUGCUGGAGAGGCAUGGUGCUCUCCACCUUUGGCUACUUGGUUAGAGUAAAUAAAUACAUAAACAAAUAGAGGUACAGUAGUAGGCUAUAGAAAUAUCCCGCUUGUGUGUAUUAUCAGUCAGUGUGUAUCUACUAAGGCUAGUCUCCCAGCCGCGCCUAAAUCUUCCCCUGUGCCCGCCUGAGGUAAAACAUUUGACUCACAUUUGCAUGAGCCAUUGGUCAAAGAUGCGCUCUCUCUCUCUCUUUCUCUCUCUCUUUCUCUCUCUCUCAUGCAUACUAUAUACUCACUGUAACUGAAUAGAAAUAAAUCAAAAGUCACAAUUGUAUUAAUACUCUGAUGUCUGCUUCAGAUCAGCCCUGCCAUAUGGUCUUAUACUGUACCCUUACAUGACCAGGUUUCUGUACUGUCUGUGUUCCAGUUUCUGACCCUCUGUGGCUGUUUUGUGGUUUUACUGGUUUACAAGCGGGGACAUACUAGAACGGUCGAGUUGGUGUUCAGGUUGUGACUCUUUUUUCAUACAGCUUUACAGUUUGUGUGAGAAAGUACAGCAGCCGGUGAAUCUGCUGGGAAGUGUUUUUUUUAUUCCAGUGUACAUUUAGGUGUGGCCCGGCUGGCCUCUCCUCUCCUCUCCUCUUCUCCUUGUUGGUUUCCUUUACAUCUACAUCUCCUCUUGCUGCUGUUUGCCUUUCUUGGUCUUGUUUCCUUCUCUUUUCUUCACUGUUCCUCCCCCCUUUUUUCCUUUUACUUUAUCCUCUUUCCUUUUAUUUUUUUCCUCCUUUCUUUUCUCUUUUUUUCUAACUGGCCUCCCUUUUUUUCUAAUCUUGAUUUUUAUCCCUCUUUUCCUUCUGCCGCUCUGUCUUUUGACUCUCUCACCUCUUUUCCUCUGUCUUUUUUUUUUACAUUCAUUUCUCUCCUCUGUUCCUUCCUAACCCUAACCAUCCUCUUAUGCUUUUCCUCUCAUGGUUUUCUCCGAUAUCUCCCCUUUUCUCCUCCUCUUUUCUUACUUAUUCACCUUCCUGUACCCAUCUCCUCUCCUUUCCUCACCCUUUUCCUUCCAUGUUUCCUUCAGAUGUAACUUUCCUCCUUCUAUUUCCUCCUCUCUUCAUGACUUUGAUAUAUAGAGAGAUAGAAACACCUUAUUUGAAGAGGUAUACAUACGACUGACAUUGUGCUGUCACAUGAUCAUGACGUGACACCUGUCAUUAACGUGAAUAAGGCUUAUGAAGUGUCAGUAAGUUUAGGAAGGCACGACCAUCCCUUCCUGAACAAUGUAAACCAAACAAGUGUUACCAUAGCCUAUAUGUAAAAAAAGGUGCUGUCAACUUCUGCCUUUCUUUAACAUGCCUACAGAGGGAGGGGACUGGAAUUUAAUUUUAAUUUCCUUUCUGACUUUUAUCCAGCUGGUCUGCUCAUUCCUUUUUGAAGCAACAUACUGAUCACACAUGAAAAAUGCACAAAUGUUUUUAUUUUCCCAUACUUAGGACAGUAAAGAAAUACUUACAGACCCACUCUGAUGAAAAUAAUGUUGUCUGCAUGUUCAUGUGACAUUUUUCUGAUGCUACUGGACAUAUCAUGAGAAAAAUAAGUGUGAAAUUGCAUUUCUGUGUAUUUCUGCAUUCAAAUCGCUGUGAAUCUCUGGCAGACCCAAAUGGUAGGCUCAGACACAGUGGGAUUUUGUAUGUCACAAUUCCAAGCUCCGCCCCUGGUGCCCCGCUAUGCAGGCUAGAAUCUGACAAAUAGAGAGGACGAUCACGGAACAAGCGUGUGCGGUAGCGGAUUAAAAUGCUCGUAAGAAAGCUAAUUGUGAUAUUAACUUUCAUCAUGCCCCCCAAAGACAUUAGUGUCCGAGAGCUGAAUAGCUCCUAUGUUACCUGCGUUUUCUACUACACCGGCAAUAAUAGGCUACAUGCUAACGCGAAGACGAGUGUGCAGAGCAGUGCUGUCUCCACUCACGACUCAGAGGUGAAUUGCUAAUAAGUUACUGGUGCUCUGCAGAAGAAAAGUCCUUAAAAUGACACAGGUAAUGUGAUUUUUGCUAACUUUAAGUAGUAAAAAAUCAAUUUGAGUGGGACUUUGAGCAACUUUUGUUAAGGUUUGAGUUCUGAAAAGUCUAAGACACAGCUGAAAAUUGUAGAACUGUUACAUCACCCAAGCAGCUGUCUGCUGUCUAGUCCUGAAUAGAGUACAUUUCCUAUAAGAUGACUCUGCUACACCCUUUCAUUAGACACCUCCUGCUCCUUAGUGCCAACUCCCCCUAUACCCCACGUUUCCAGUCCAUCCUGCAACUCUCUGUAAAGAUUGCCGUCCUUGAUAACCUCGAUUACAUCACUGUGACUUACAGAGGUAUACCUCCCCAAGAGCGUGUCAGUCAGAUGUAAGAAGGCUUUUCUUUGCACACUUUUAAUGAUUUCCCCCCUUUUUUUAGUGUACUGCUCCAUUGAAUUCCAAUACAAAGUCUCCUGUUAACCCUAUCAGGAGGAUAAUUAGAUUUUUAAGGCAUUUUAACCAUUUACAUUACAUAUCAAUUAGCAGGGACGGGAUUUUAUACAGCUCAUGUGCCAGUCAUAAACAGAAUCCACAAAAAAAUAAUACAGAGAGCACGAGAAAGAAAGUUGAACUGUUCCAGUCAGCAUUUUUCUUUUUUUAAUCAUCUAGUGAGCUUAUUCUUGAGAGGAAGAGUUUUCCUCCAUAAAACCAUGGAAUGAUAAAUAUUGAAGAAUUACGCUGAGACCUCGCCUGUCAUACUGCUUCCCUAUUAUUGCUGUGUGCAGACUGAUGCAACUGAAAACCAGCAGUGCUCACAUUCAGUCGAAAGUAAGACUGGCUUAGCUGACUGUUGAAAACAUAGCAUUAAAAACCAAGAUGCUGACAAGUAAACUGAACCGCACAUUAAAUUAGUGGAGUGUACCUGGAGAAGCAAAAACAGAAAUUUCGUGCUUAAAAUUUCACGAACGAGAAUCAACGUCGAACUCCAAAAUAAAACUGGUUUUGUGUCCAAGUUGCUGCUGCAUCAUAUAUUUUCAAUAUAUUUUAUCCGUUUCUGUUUUUAACAAAGCAUUGUUUCAAAGGUCCAUCAUUGGUAUCAUUUAAACAACAUUUGUUUGAUGGCAAAAAGAAGAGGAGAUGGCUGAUGUCUUUUUCUCAAGUAAACUUUAUUGAAGUUCCCUUAAUUUAGCACAAAGCUAAAGGUAGAUAGCUGUCAGCAAACAGAGGAGGGGCUGCUGCUUAGCCAGCUGCUCAAUUUUAAGACUACUGGAAAACAAAGCCAAAAAGUGAAAAGUGAAAAAUGGCAACUUUUGUUCAUUGAAUUUGUGGAUAAUUGGUAUAAGCCCAUUUGAGUAUCACAGCUAGUAUCUUUUGCUGAUUUAAACCUAACGAUAUUUGAUGACAGACUGUGCAGAUUAGCAGAAUUGUUGCAUUGUGAGUUUUGAUACUGUACUGGCUCUUUGAUCACAAGUGAACUGACAAAAAAAAGUAGAAGAGAGCAAAAGUUUGUCAGUAAAUGAAGGAGCUAGUAGAAACUGUUUUAUGUGGAAAUGUGACGUUAGCGCUCAGCAAAGUCAGCCUCACUCUCAGAUUAGAAUUAUGAAGGUUUACUACUGUUUGCCAUUUGCGUAAUAGAAUUUUACAUUUUCUUCCUUGAUAGUGGGACUUAUUUACAGAACUGGAUUUUGAUUUUAUUGUCUGAAUUUUGACUUCAUUCCUAACAGUUCAGCUUUUCAUCUCAAGGUGCAUAACAAAGGCCUAGAUACGCUUCCUUAGUGUGGUGACAGAAAUCUCAAGCUUAAUAAUCGGGGGUGGACGGAUGAUAUAGUGGUGACUGUCUUGUACUUAUUUGCUUAAUACAUCCGUACAGUUUUUCAACCUGAAACCAAUUAAACUAAAUAUCUUUCUGAAAGUCUCCAGCAGGUGCUGGCAGGCCAUCUGGGUCCCUGUAGGGUGCAUCUCGAGCAGCUGUGCUCUCUGACACGAACACAUCUUGACAUUUUAGCACACAGGCCGAUAUGUGAAAGGUGACAUCGCUGACAUCUUGACAGAGCUGCAGAAGUACAUGAUAUAAGUUUUAAGGGUUCAUGAAAAUCUAAAUAUAGUCAGAUGGAGAGCAGUGCCACUCAGUUAUUUUCUUUAUAUUUACUGAGUUUAUUUUCUCUCCCUGUGGAAUUAGAUCUGGGCCCGUAGCCAAACUCUUCUCACAUUUACUCAAUCAUCUCUGUAUUAGAGUAAUCCUGCGCAAAAUACACCAUGUUUGCUUUUGAUUCUGGGCUUCAUUCAAUUAUGUACUUGGCUUGAGACCAAUGUGCCAAAAGAGGCAGAAGGCUUCACAAUAUGUCAACAUCUUAAAACAGAAUCUUGAGACUAACCUUGUCAGCCUGGCUUGCAUGAUGUCUCCUCAAUUGCCAGUUUGACUGGUUUAAUCAUCAGUUUCUGUCAGAUAAUUUCAAAUUAAAAAUGUCAUCUCAACCUCUUUGAUUAGAUUGUUAGUGUUUGAGUGUGCUUCCUAAAGUGUGAGGUUUUUUUUUCAUGUGUAAUUUAGCUGAUAAGAGUCCUGAUGUCUUUAUUAAAGCCACUGGAUGAUGAGAGAUUUCAUGCUCAGUAUGUCAGAAAAGACCCCGAGGCAGACAAACGUUUUAAUUUAAGCGCUGAACAUUCUGUGUGAGAGGCGCUGGGUAUUGAUUGACGGAUAGAUUUGCGUAGCUGCAGUUUGUGCUGUACUUUUCAAAGCCACAGACAGGAAUUGCAGUUGAGUUUCAUCUGAACUGAUGGCUUUUUCAAGGACCCCCCACAUCCAAUGGCCUUUCUGAUGUUAGACAAAAAGGUCAACCCCCAGACCUGCUCUCUAUCCACAUACACCGGCCCAGUACAGCGGGCUGGGUUUCACUUCAUGACAGAGCAGGCAGGUGGCUGAGUGGAGCUGGCAGGCCAGUAGGGCAGCAGGUGGGGGGUUGGGUGGGGUUCCCCGCAGGGCCUGGACUUCAGUGACACCUGAUAGUGUCAGAUCUGGUUUCUCUACCUGGAUGAGGUUGGAUGGCAGUAAUAAUGUGUAGAGCUCAGGAGAAGACAGAGAGACCAUGGUUAAUGGUAUCAAUACUUAAUUUUAGAGCAACAUUUGUUGAAUGAUAUUCAGUUGUCUAAGAGGGUACUGACCCAGUGUAUGGGGGGUUUCAUGGACAAUGAAACUCUUCUACUGUAGUCACUCCCAGGGUGACCCAACACCCAGGUUCUCACAGAAGAAUCAGAGAGUCCUGUUUUGUCUGAAAGACAUGGAAAUAAGAUCAGUGUUUGUCUACAAGACCUCAAGACGCUUUUUGAUGACUCAAGAAUCUUCUAUCCUCUGGGUGCUAAAUCUCAGGGAAGUUUUUAUCCAAACUAUUGAAAAAUAGUAUGUCCCUCAAUGCUCAACUUUAGGACCAUGUGCCUUAUUGAAACGAUAAUGGAAAGCACAGGCAGCAAAGUGAAUUAGGACAUCCCUUGAUUAUGAGCAUGUUACUAUCUACACAGUGGAUUAUAACCUAGAAUGAAAAACCUAUGAUGAAUGCAUAGACUGAUAUAUCUCCUGAAACAGUUUCUGAACAGCAGGAACAAUUUUCCAAAUGAACAGAUGUGCACAUUUACACAUGAGGCUCAGCUGCAUUAUUUCAUUGAUUUUAUUUAAUUGAUUGUUAAAAACUCUGAGCGCACCAAUGAUAUUAGACAGGAUCUACUGUAAUGUUGACUCACUUCUUGUGUGCUCAACAUCAAAGCGACGUAAAUUAGGGGAAGCACUCUUGUCUUCUGUUCCUGUAUCCCAAUGAAAAACUUGACCAUAUCAGCAAAAUCGCUGAUAAUUGAUUGACAGCUCCAUGUCUGUGUGUAAAAAUAUGCAAGAAUGGGCUUAAUGUCCUGCUAAUGCACCACUACUUUAACACUUUAGACCAGGUUUUUGUUGGUACAGGCACCCUGUUCCCUCAAGAUAACAAUACACCAACCUGACACCUGUCCACACCUCGUUUUAUAAUCAUUACAGUCAUGGGCGCACACACAGGGGUGCAAUUGCACUUGCUUUUCACACAUAAUGGGCACUUGAUAUAGAGAUGAGGACAGCAUUGAUUGGAAGGAAACAAUGACACUUGUCUUGCCUGCUGAGAGGCUUUGAGUCCUUUGUCUCUUAUGUUGCAAAACAAUUUGUGUUUUAUCGUGCAUACAUGACUGCUGUGCAUUUAAUAACUUUACACACACACACACACACACACAUAUAUGCCAUUUAACUUUGAGGCUAAUUUAACCGAUGCAUUCCUCUUACGACGUCACACUCACACAAAGCAAUGACAACAGAGGGGCACCUACAGCUUUGUUUAAAAUUAAACAUUCCUUUGUCUCUGAAGACCUGCCUCAAGGACUUCUAUGUAGAUCAUCAAGGACCAUUUGGUCUUUCCUAUCCCUGUCCCUUCAACCCCCACCCCUCUUUUAAAGCAUCUGUACUAACAGAUAAGAGAAAUAUGUCAACAACCCACAUGUAAUUGCCAACAACCCUUCAAUAAUUCUGCUGCUUCUGCCACAGAGAUGAUCUUCUGUUUGUGUGCAUGCUGAGACUUUGCACUGAAGGGCUUCAAAAAACUGAAUCAUAGCAACCAUCGAGAGCAUGGCGAGACUGGAUUUCUUGUUAGAUUCAUGGCCAGGAGAAAACCAAAUCCAAGCUACUGCAAAAUAGACUAAAGAAAUAGUUUUUCAGAGCUACAAAAAACCUAUCAGACACCAUCAUUAUUUCACUGUGUGAGGCAGUGAGAGGUUUACAGCAGAGAUAGGAGAGAAAUAGAUGUUAUGGGCAGUGGAAUGGGGGCCUGCUGUGCUGUGAAUCAGCCUCUGCUAACCUUUAAAGAUGUGUGAUACCUGUGAGUCUGCGCUUUUAAUUUCAUACCAAGGAGAGACAAACAGGGUGUGAAAUGUGUCUGCCACGGCUGACUCUGUCAAAACCAGCUUUAUUGGCACCAUGUCACAUAAGAACAACUUAUUAUCAGUGUCCUUUCUGGUUUAGUCUUUUUCUUUCCCUACAAAGUAAAAGUGCAAUUGGUACACUGGAAAUAUAGCACGGUUCAGAUGAUUUCAACUGUCAAGCUUGUCAAACUCAUGCACCCCAUCCUGUGUGACCUCACUUUGUGCAGCAGCUCUGGCCACCAAAGCUUUCAGCAGGACACAAGGCAUGCACGCAAACAACAACACACAAAAACAACACAUGAACCUAUCGGAAAAAUCAAUGUGCGCAGCAAUCACUCUGGCUGCUUGAGUGUCAAUUACAGGCGUGACUUGAGCCCCAGUCUGUUGCUUAAAGAGAGCACAGAAAAUCAUACUUGUGUUAUUGAUUCGGUUUUUCAGCCCCGAAUCAUGGAAGUAAACUUGAGUCCAACACAAGAAGAAGGUGUAGCUACUCUAGGGAAACAAAUUGUGGUGCAGAAGAAAUUUGAGGCUCUCAGAGGAUGGUGUUUUACUAUCUGCAAACCAGGGCGCUCAGAGCCGGGUGUUAUAGCAUCUGUAAGCUGCAAACGGAGCAGAUCAGACAGACAGACAUGCCUCUGGGAUUAGCUUUUUCAUAGGAUUGUCACCCUGAUCCCCUACGUUUUGUCAGAACGCCCUACUUAAGGCCACAUCUGGUCAGUAUGUUGGUGCGCAUGGAUUCCUAAACCCACUGCAGUCUCAGCCGAUGACUGUCUAAUAUGAGUCUGGUUUUGCUCGAGGUGUCUGUCUGUUACAGGAAGUUCCUCCUCUCCAACUAAACUCUAUAAAGUGUUUCACUUCUGUGGUCAGAGAUGGGAUCAGGGUGCGUCUGAUCUUACAAGAUGGGGAUCAAUCUUCAUUUUCUCAGUGGCUCUUUGAAAAUUGAGUAUCAUCUAGACCAGGCCUAGGCAUUUUACGGCCCGAGGGCCACAUCCGGCCCCUUGGAUAUCCCUGCCCAGCCCUUCGUGAUGUCCGUCAAUCAAAUCAUCAACAUGCUAUACAAUUAUGUUGAUUUUGAAAACCUAGCCGUUGUUUUAUUUCUGUUUGAACGUAUGUGCCUACAUCCUAGAUCUGCAUUCAUGAAUGGAGGCAAGUUUAAACAUCGGCAAAAUUUACGUAGACGCCUUAGAAUUGCCAAGUUUCCUUAUUAUAAAAGACAUAAAGCUUGUUUCUCUCAGAAGUCGCUUGUAAAACUCGUGAGUCGCAAUUGCGCUUUUAUGGGCUUGUUUUUAACUAGUAGUUGCUUAUUUGGGCUUGCUUUUCUGUAUGUGUGAACUCCCCCGAUUUGAAGUUUAAAUCAUUGUUGGUUCAGCCCUCCAACACAGUUUAGGUUUCUCAUGUGGCCCCAUGUAAAAAAUAAUUGCCCACCCCAGAUCUAGACCAGCUUUUUCAUUAAGCAUCUUGUUGUGAAUUGGCGCUAUAGAAAUACAAUCUGAUUGAUUGGUUGACUGCAAAAAAGUCAUUUUAUUUUUAAUAGUUCUAGAAAGAAGUUCUAUUCAGUACUGAAGUAACUCAAUUUGUGUUCAUAAGAAAAGGCGAGUAAAAGCGAUUUUUCUAUAAUUGCACAUUUCUGCUGUCCUUUAGUCAAACUGGCUUUGCGGUCACUUUACAGGAAAUGUACUGUUAUAAUAAGAAGCAGCAAAAAUGAAUUCAGAGUCAGCUGCUUGAGGAGAGGUUAUCUUCAUAAUGGGAAGUAAUUUUCAUCACUAUUGAGGUGUAGCUCCUUGGAGGCAAUAAUAGAGAGGAGGGAGACAAGCAGCAGAACCAAAAGCAGUCUGUGAAGAGGAGGUACUCACUCAAUUUGAUGAAAGAUAUAUUUGAUUUGAAUUGUGCAUCCCACUAUUAGGGAUGGGUCUUAUUUCUGAUGUAUUCACUUAAAUGCCUUUCCAAGGGCACCAAGAACAGAUCAAUAUCUCUGAAAACCAGGGGGAGCUCAGCCCAGUUUGGUGUCAGGCCUUGAGAAAAUUUCAAGGCUAACAGAUUGCUGCUGACUUUAAUUUACUGACCAACAGGUUUAAAGCGUAUUUAUGAACAAAUUUCUCUUGUUAUGCUGCUUGAAAUUCGAGGGAAAAUACCUCUGUUUUCGAAAGUAACCUACAUGCAGAGAAGGCCUGAGUGGAUUAAUGUGUAGGACCUCAAGGUCAGGGAGCGGCUCAACCUUAAGGCUUUGUUUGGCCAGCAGAAAAUACAUAAAUACAUUUAUAUCAGUGCCUGUAGAUGGACUAUAUGAUUAGAGCAUGUGACUACUGCAGCCCAAAUUAGACCUUGAAAAGCUGAUUAGAGAGCAGACCAUGUAUCAACAUUGACUCGCCAUCUCUCCUCCACCCUGUUCACUCUCCUCUCUCUCAUUUCUGCUCGGCACGCGUAGACCUCAUCGUUUUCAUCCUACCAUCAUGUGGGCGUGUUUCCUGUUCCCUCCUCUCCCUUUCUUCCAUCUUUCACCCAUCUCUCUGCCAAACUCUGAUCUUCUCUGUAUCCUCCAUCUGUCUGGUUCAUUCCCUACAUCCACCCAGGCUGCCAUGCUGGCAGGUUCACGGGCCAGCAUGGCAGCUUUGGUGGAUGUCUGCCUAACCCUAUAGUUUUCACCAUCCAAAGGAAAGCAAUGCUUGAACUCUGCUCUCGAGGGAUGUUAUUUUGGCUGUUGUUUAUUUUAGCUUUGGUCAAAAUGAAGGCUGGUCCUAAAAAGAUCUGACCUUAAACCCAGUCCCGUCCACUUUAAGUGAAGGGAAAAAAAGCUGCCUCAAUUCCUUUGUUUCUUCAGCACAUGAUACUGUAAUCAUCAUCAAAAUUUAACUCAAUCCAUAAACUAAAGGAGCAGCUUGGUGCAAAAACCUCUUCUCAGUAGCUUGCAUGACAUUAUGGGCAUUUUUCCCAUUAUUAUACUGUUCCAUUGUUGUUUAUCCAGUUGGAUAGUAGGUGGUUAAAAAAUCAACAUGAUACAUCUGUUCUGUUUCAGGACAGUGUUGAGAAAAAGUCAAAUGAUUUUGUACUGGGGCCCCUGUUUAAACGAUGAAGCCAGUGUAGUCUCACUUCAUCAUUUCAGUAAUUACUAUCUGAUCAGCCAAUGGCAUUUUCCCUGCAAGGAUUGCAAGUGGAACUGCUGCUGGAUCAGAAGUUCCACCGUAUUCGUUUGUUUUUCUUUGUCUUUCUGACAGAGUUUCAGACUUCAAUAUGUGGCUGUAAGUCACAGACUUUCUUUGCUCCAUUCCUCGGAUAUCAAAAUAAUAAAGGGUACAGACUGUGUGUUUCCAUUUAUGCCUCUGUAGUUUUUCCCUGAAUUAUGACAUUGAGUGAAUGUAGGUGCAUGGCUAUAAACAAGCUUUACCCCGAGCAUUUUAAAGCAGCAUAUGGCUGAUAUUUGGCUGUCUACAUUUUGAUGCAUGUACUCCUUUUCUCCCUCUUCGCGUGGCUGUGCUGAAUCUGUGCAGCUAAUGUCUUUGUCACACAGCCUUUUGGUGCUGGCUUGAUAAAGUGGGUUUAUAAGAAUUUACUGAAACUUGUCACUUGCUAAAGUAAUGAGUGAACUAAAACAGUAGCAUUAGGAGGCACUGAGCCAAAUAAAGGCUUUAAAAUAGUCUUGGAUGAACACCCAAAAGGAUUGCAUAACUUUUGCAGCCCAGAACUACAACAAAAAGAAGCAUGAGGAACAAUACAUAGUGGUGUCUUCAUGGGUUCAUACUUCAGGCCACUGAAGUGUGACAUGUAAGCUUUCUGUGAGUUUGAGGGAAAACCUCUUACAUUAAUACCACAGUAGUUCUGUCUUAAUAGUUGGCCUAUAGUGAUAGAAUUUUUUAUCCAAUCAUAUUUCAGCUAGCUUGUGUUGUCAGGUGUUAUGAAAUCUGCCCGAGGCCUUCAGAAUCAACAGAGCAGGCUCCUGUGCGCUUUAAGUUAACGGACACAGUCAGAUGCAACAGCCAAUCAGAUCUCGAGUCUGCAACACCAAGGCCAGCUAGAGGGUCUUACACAUGUCCACAUGUCCACAACUCCAUAAGGAUUGCUGGAGGAGGUGGGAUUUAUGACCUAUACUGCAGCCCGUCACCAGAGGGUGCUGUUCUUGCGAGAAGGCAGACGGCUUACAUUCUAUAUACAGUCUGUGUUCCUACUCUUAACUGUGAAUGUGUGCUAAAUGGUUAAAACCAAUUAACACUAAUCAAGUGUUGCUUGACUAGUUGGAUUUAUUAAGGUGAUGUAAAGUGUUAGUGUGAUUCUAAUGAAUUCCCGAGCCAUGGUGUCAUAUUGAUGGUAUUAUGAGGUGUAUUAAUUUAGGUAGGACUAAGUGAAACAGCACUGAGGGCAUAGGCGUGAAAUGCAUGGCCCGCCACGGUGCUCAUGUAUGCCAGAGUAUUACCGAGUUGUCGUCUGCGGUCACGCACCACCACAAACACAUUCCAGUCCUGUGGGAAACACUGGCCUCUGUUUGAAGUUUGAAAUUUGAAGUUUGAAGUUUGUUUCGAUCUGGUCGUAUCCAUUUAAUAUAUACAGUAGAUUACAAGAAAAGAAAACCGGACCGAAAAGGCAUAGGCUGAAGCAAGAGCAUAUUAUCGCCUAUCCUUCUUACUAAAAUCAAAAUAUUCAAAACAUCUUAUUCCACACAUUGUAGGAGAAUCUCUUCAUACAUUUAGGUUAAGAAAUAUAGAGUAAUUAUCUUUUAGUAAGAAGCUACAAAUAGAUAGAAAACAAAACAAAACACAACAACAAAACAAAGAACAAAAAAUGACUCAGAAAAAAAAAAAAAAAUAAUAAUAAUAAUUAAAUCCAGAAUAUUAGUUUAUCCGUAACCUCAAUCAUUAUUUCUAUACUUACACAGUGCGGUGGGUUGCCUGUUGGGCUUACUUUGGGCUUGUUUUCAUAGAGCUGGUUGCUUGUUUCUCUCAGGAGAUCUGGCAACACUGCUUCCCAUCUAAACAGGUUCAGUGUGUACUUCUCUCCACUGUCGUGCUGUUGAGAAGCAGUGUGGUAAACAGUAGAAAUUCACAUUUGAGAUGUAACUAUUAUCCAUCUAUUCUUGAAACUACACAACAAGGCAACAUUUUUAGACUGCUGUCAUCUCCUACUCUGUGGUGGUGAUUUGUGUUCGCCUCCAGUUGAUACGCUACCAUCAUUGUUAUGUUGGCUCUAAAUGUCUGUAAGAAAUAUGUGUAAAGCCUGAUCCCAGUGUGAGACAUUAGAAAGAAAACAGUAGAGGAAGAAAAAUCUUAUUAUAUAGUCUAGUGUUUCUUGCAUGAACUUGAAUUACAAUAGUUUAUUUAGGUAACAAACACUAUUUAUUUCAAAGUCCACUUCUUUCAUAUUUCAUCAUUAAAAACAAUGAAACAAUCACAGUAUGGCAUUUACACUAUUUGAAUAUGACUCUGGUUUAUGUUACAUUCACUCAUCCUUGUUUUGUUUGAGUUGCCCUUGUGUUACUCUCUCCCGCUCUGCCUAAUCCUCCAAAGUUACACAAACUGCCAUUCAAAUCAAAUAUUUCUCCAGAGUGCGCUUUUUGUGCCACAUCAAAGAAUCAAUUUCAGGUAAAUCAGUUUAACCUUUAGGAGUUACAGGUGUGGGCUUUGAAUUUCUCUGCUUUGAGGCAAUGAACCUGAGAGAAAUCACCAGGUAUCCAGCAUCACAAUGAGCACAAACAGCAAAAAAAAAAAAAAAAGUUAUCAUAUAAAGAUCACACAGAGCGGGUUAUCAUGUUCAUAGCAGAAUAAAGUCAGAGGAUCCCAGAGGGAAGAUACUUGCCUGAGCACAUACACUCUAACACAGUAGAAAUACAUUCCCACUUUUUGUUGUUAUUACUUUAAGUUUCCUCAAUGGUCUUUAAAUCAUGAGUAUUAGGUUUUUAGCCAAAAUCACGUUACCUGUGUCAUUUUCAAAGACUUUUCUUCUACAAAGCUCUGGUAGCUCAUUAGCAAUUCACCUCUGAGUCGUGGGCGGAGACAGCGCCGCUCUGCACACUUCUCUUCACACAAUUGUAGCCUAUCAUUACAGAUGUGGUAGAAGUGGCAGGUAACAUAGGAGCUACUCAGGACACUAAUGUCCUUGAGGGCAUGAUAAAAGCUAGUCUCAUAGAUCGCUUUCUUACGAGCAUUGCAAUCCGCUACCGCACACAUUUCUUCCGCCCUCAUCCUCUCUACUUCUCGGAGUCUGGCCUGCAGAGCGGGGCACCAAGGGCGGAGCGUAAGUUUGUGAUGUAAAAAAUCCCACUGUGUCUGAACCUGCCGUUUGGGUAUGUGAGAGGUUCACAGGGACUUGAACGCAGAAAUAAUCAGAAAUGCGAUUUUGCACUUAUUUUUCUCAUGAUAUGUCUUGUAGCAUCAGAAAAAUGCCACAUGAACAUGCAGACAACAAGAAAAACGUGAUUUUCAUCAGAGUGGGUCGUUAACCUCUCUUGUACGCUGUGACACAUUGAGGAGGUAAUAGAAAUCACAUCAUAUGUCAUACAUUGUAGAAUACACAUACUCAACACACACAUUCUCUCCUCUUGGGUCGUUGUGUUGUAAAAAUUAUAAAUGUACAAGGUGAGCAGAGGAGAGGAUUGAGGGACUGUGACCGCCAACUGAACUGGUGUCCUUCCACUCUUCCUCACCGCUAAUGUUCUCUGUGUGUGCGUGUGCAUGUGUGUAUCAGUCCUCCUGACCCUUUCAGUAUCUUACCAAGCCGUCCAGUGCUCAAAACAUGAAAAGGGAGUUUCCCUGUAAGAGUUAGACUCUGCUGAUUUAUGAACCGGCAGAGAGAUGAAGACAAAUUAGUCUGAAGUCUGAAAAAUGUCAACUUUCAUCUCUCUGAUUUAUUGCUGAGAAGAUCCACAACACCCAAAACCUCUGCCCACAUUCUCAUAGAAGAUGUAUAUGAUAUAAAUCAACAGCGACUGGUGCAGAGUUUACGGAUAAAACCAUGGAUAGAGAAAAUGUUCAAACACAAAGCAGAUCCAGUGAAAGAGAACAGAGAAAGUCCCUUUGGCAUAGUCUUUUAAUAACUUAUAGUGCUACUGACAGUUUAUAUGAACCAUGACUAAGUAAAGUGAACAAUACAUCAAAAUGAGUGGUGAAUCUUCCUGUAACUUUUAAAGGCCAUUCUCUUUAUCUAUGAUUUUUCUGAAUGAAUACAUUACAUGAUAUGUUGUUGGAGCUCAUAAAUGUGCAGAGGCCAAUAAUCAAGCCUUUGUCUCAUUAACAACUUGUCUGAUAGUAAUAAUCAAACAAGCAGCUAAGAGGGAGCAUCCACUGUUCAAUGAGUUUCUAUUUGAAGGACAGCAGUGUGUGCAGAAUUUUAGCAACCACUUGUUUCCCCUUUUCUUCUUAUUUUUUUUUUUAUUUGGUUAAAUAAAGGUUAAAAAUCAAAAAUAUUAAUACCUUAUUUUAACAACUCGUCCUGCAGCCAUUUAAGGUUUUAACCAAACCACCUUCUUUAAAAAAAUAGUUCAUGCUAAUAUUUAACUUCUAGCUCUGUGACUGCUUCACUUUUCUAAAUGUGCACUAAACAGUCCAAGACUGAAAACAUGAAAAUGUGGACGUGAUCGAGGAGUUUUUGCCGGAGGGACCAUUUACCCUCUGUAAUCCACCUCAAUUAAAUAUGAAGCAUAUUUACACUGGAUUGUUUUUUUUAAUUUUUUUAAAUGUGUAUCUUGGUUAAGCCACAUUCAGACCAACCAGCUGUUUGAUGUGUGUGUGCGUGCGUGCGUGCUUGUGGGGUGUGUGUGUUUGUGUGUUUGUGGUUGAAGUGGGGCUGGUUUCUGCCUGCUGCUGCUGGCAGGUCAGUGUGAACUGACUGUGUGAACAUGGAGAGAUUAUGUUUCCACCGCUGGUUCUGUUUUUAUACCUCUGCUGAGAGGACACAGACAGAUUUUGGUUCGGUUCAGUUAAUCUUCCAGUCCGAGGUUUAUAUUUGGAAACAGUGUGAGUGUGUGUGUGUGUGUGCGCUGUCAAUCAUCAGCCCCUUACCUGAUCAAAUCAUGGAUGGCCACAUCUUUCUGUCUACAUUUAGCUCUUACUGACGUGUUUUGAUACUUGGCAUACACAUGUUGGCUUCAGCUGUAGUGGUAUUACUAUGCAGCCAGUCCUGGAGGUGCUCCUCUGUUCUUUCAUCUGUGUCCUCUGUGCGGGCGGAAAGAGGGGCUUUGGGUGGAGUCCUGAGCAUGUGUUAGAUGUGGUGGCUGGAACUGAACCAUAUGGCUUCAGAAAUUCAUGCAGAACCAGUCGCACACUGAUAAUGGGGGAGAAACUCAAACAAACGAGUCCAUGUGAGGACCACACUGUCAUUCUGUAGCUACGCACACAGCCUGUUAUUACCUGCGUGGACUACAAGCCAUGUUCUGACCUCAAUGAGCAAGCGUGUGUGCGAGGAUAAGAGGGGAGUGGUAGGGAGAGAGGGAGAGAGAGACGACUCUGUAUGGUAAUUAGUGAGGUGCUGAGGUUAAAGAUGACAUGGGCUGGGCUGCUGCUCUGAGCUGCACGUUAACCUGAUUUUCAGCUUCCUCAUCCUCAUUCUCUUUCUAUUCUUGGCCUCUCAUGUUGUGGGUUCAAAGUGUUUAUAGUGCAGAGUGAAUUAGAAACAUUCAAAAAGGGUACAGAUGCAAGUGAGCGCAGCUGGCAGCAUUGAUUUAAAUGGGUACAAAAUAGAUUCUGUAGAAACAAGGGGAAGAAAAAAAGCGACUGGAGCCAAGCCUCGUUUUGUCUUCUACAGUCGGCCUGUUGCCUAGUCUGUCAGGCUACAGCUGCUGCUUCAAUGACGCCUCUUAGAGCACCUUAUGAGCCAUUUACUACAAACCUGAAUCCUUUUUUUGCGUAUAUUGAGGUACUAACUGGUACAAACCUUCAGUAACACUUUACAAUAAGGUACACAAAAUUACAAUAGUUAAUGAGGAGUUAAUCAAGAACUAAUGAGGAACUAAUGAGUAGUUACUGAGGGACGAAGGUACACAAACUUAGAGUAUAGUUACUGAGGAACUAAUAAGGAACUCAUGGAGAGGAUGUGCCAGGUUGUCCGGGACAGUACGCCAUGAGGCCAUGAUGAAGUAAUGAUUUAGUACUCAUAAACUUGUCCAUAUGAUGUCUUACUUGGUACACAAAAAGAUAGGUAAUGGUUUAUGAAGGUAAUGGUCCUUGUUAGUUCCUUUUUUAUGUUCCUCAUUUGCUUCUUAGUAACUAUUCAUUUGUUCCUCCCUAACUACUCCUGAUAUUUGAUCAGAGGUUACUGAAACUCUGACCAUUAAUAGUUACUUUGUCAUUAUUUCCUCACUAAUUACUUCUCUGAAACUUGAUCAGGUGUUACUGAAGAGCUGACUAUUAACUAAUAGUUAGUUUAUUAUUACUUCCUUAAUAACUACUUUAAUUUGUGUACCUACAUUCCUCAGUAACUACUCAUUUAUUCCUCUGUAACUACUGUAUUUUUGUGUACUUUAUUGUAAAGUGUUCCCAAACCUUAUAACCUGGAAUUGAUUCGGUCGUUAGCUUCAUGUAGCAGUCUACAGCCUGGCCGACUGUGUGACUUGGGACAGGGUUUGCAACUGAGGUGUCUUGUAAUACGGUGAUGUUUACAAUAUCAGAUCUAACAGUAGAACAGUGUUAUGGUUAGUUGGUGAGGCUGGCAGCUUUUUGGCGAUAAACUGUGUGUUUCUGCAAAAUGCAGGGUUUUUCUGUCCCAGAGAGAAGAUUAGUGUAUGUACAGACUGUUCAGAUCCAAACCCUCAGGUAUUGAUUUCAGCAAUAUAGUGCAAUUUCUGUUGUAACCUGACCAUGCUACAUCAUCUGACCUUUAAAGACUCAAUCCAAGGCCAGAUAUCUUCAUCUCAGCAGAACAGUAAGGUAAUAAAACCUGUUUUAUUGUUGACUCAGAAAACUAGUUUGGACUUUCUUUCUUCAAGACAGAAAAUUCACAGGGAUUGAUAUGGCCGUCUGUUGUGUUUUAAAGGGAUAUUCCAGCGUAAAAUUAAGUUAGGGUCAAACACACCAUAACACCGAGUUAGACACCCCCUCGAGAGAUGAAUGUUGCUGACUGCUUGCUUCUUACUUCAUGGGAAAACACAUGUUAUUCAGUCUGCCAUAAUUCAUGGCACUCCCGCAUAAGUCAGCACCCAAAGUGGUCCACCCAUUCAAAAAGCCUGGAUAGGCCCCUGGAACUUAAGUCCAUCUAACUUCAAAAGCACAGAAACCCUCAACUCAUUUAGACCCAAACCUGCAUAUAAACAAGACCCUGGUUUUACCCCAUUUCUGACACAUGGCUCAAAAGACCAGUUGUAUACUCCUAUCACAUAGAAAAGCAGCUGUAGUUAGCGUCUUUACCACAGCUUUCUGAUGCUAAAUGGUUACAAAUGUGAGCAACACCAACUCCCAGCCCUGUCAGCUGGUAUAGGCAUCCAAUAUGUCGCAUGUGUAAACAAUCAUGUGGGAAGAUGAUGAAAACACGGCACCCCACAGCAGGUCACAGACAGAACCAGAGGGAUUAAAUGUUACAUAAAUUCAGACAAUUUCAGUCCUUCAUCUCAACCAUCCAACUAAAGUCGACAAAACCAAAACACGUUUUAAGACAUAUUUACAACCCAAAAACUAAUCUUCACAAGAGACGAAAUGUUGUCGUAGCCACAAACUCAAUAUGGGGCUUAGUAGAAAUGUUUAAUUGGCUUAUAUUGAAUUUAGGAUGAAAGAUCAGAAAUUUGGUCAUUAACUCUGCAUAUUUCCUUCUUUGAUCUUUAUUAUAAUAACAGUACAUGAGCUGCCUUUAAUAUUUGCUCCUGUUGUUGUUAGCCUGUAUAUCAAUCACUAAAUUUAAGGCCGUUGCUUUCUCCCUGCCAUGUCCUCUGCUCUUGCUGUGGCAGUAAUAUCAGAUGAAAGCAAGGAUUACAGAGCAUCCAAGAUUCAUAAUUCAAGAUGACUUUUCAGUCCCUCAGGGAAAUUUUUAUUGAACAUGAAGCCGGGACAUAAAAAUAAAACAGUUUUAGGGCUUGAACAGUCUCAGUGCUGCAUAAAGUAUGACAUGCAACACAAAUUAAGAUUUGCAUCCAAGCUCUGUGUUUCUACAGUGACCUGUGCAGCAUUUAUUUAAUCAAACAUAAAGAUGAUAUGCUCACUGAAUGUAGCUGAAGCCAAGUCACUUUAGUUUUUUUUUUUUUAAACUAAUUACAGUUAUCAAUAAAUAAAUAUAAAACUAUGACGGAGCAUUAGGGCCACAUAAAAAAAAAGAUUUAGACCUCGGAAUUUCUUACGAGAAUAAAGUCAUAGCUAAUAGCUAUUCUAACCUGCUAACCUUUAUGCUCAUAAAUAAUUAUUUUAUUAAGACUUUAUUCUCGUAAGUAAUUGCGGUCUUCAUUUUUUAAUUUUUUUUCUUGAUGUGGCCUGAAUACUUCGUUGUCCAAAAUAGCAACUUUUAUACAGGGUAUUUUUUACUGAAGCUUUAGCUGGGAACUGCUUAGCUUAGCUAGCUUGAAUUUGCUAAAAGUAUAUAGAAUAUACCUUUAGCAAAUUCAAACUAGCUAUAUUUACUAUAUACUUUAUACAGUGUGUAGUAUAAACAGACUUGGAAGAAAUCAAAUAUAAUAUUUUUGAGUAGAUUUCAAUAAGUGUAAAAUGACAGGGAUAUUAAAGUGUUUUUUUUAUGAAGUGGGUGUUUUACAGCUACAUGGGAGCAGCUCCUCUUCCAUAAAGGACACCAUAUUGCACAGUCAUAUUUCAACAGUAACUCAGAAUGGACAGACUAUAAGAUAUACAUUUGUGUAGUUAGUUAGUGGCCACAUGAAAAGCACUUAAGACACAGAGAAGGAGAGUGAUUGUUUGCACCAGAGUCAGUAUUGAUAGGUUUUCUUGAAGUGGUUAUUUCAGGCUUUUUGCCUCUAAUUGGACAGCUGAAGAGAGGCGGCCUUUUUCUUUUCAUGGAGACCUUUACAGAUCAUACAAAUGUACUAUUACUAAACUAUUUUGUGACUGCGUUGUAUUUUUGUCAGUAGUUUCUUUUUUUCAUUACACCCAUAUAUUUCACACAACUUUUUUUUGCUUGAACACUUCUGUGACUCAGAACAGCUCAGUCUUGUCUUAAAUCUAAAAAAACAGCUACAUUAAUCACGUAAAGGUGAUUGGUUUUGAUACUGUAAGACAGUCAUUUCAGUCUCUCUCUCCCUCUCUCUCUCUCUCUCUCUCUCUUACUCAGUCACUCAAAACACUAACCUGUGUUUGCCAUGGUCUGAACUUUGGGCUGUUUCCAUAGCAACAUUCAUCACAGCGCUGACAAUGACAGCCACGCUACUGUAUUUCAUCCACAUGUUCUAUUUAUGUCCUCCUCUCCAUCCCUGUAUUUUUAUUUGGUCUCAGUCACCAGUCCCUUCAAUGUCUGUGAACUUUGAGGAAAUGACGACUUCUUCAUAUCCAGUAAAUCCUGGACUGGGAUUAUUUAUAGCUUAUCCAUGCUGUCCAUAAGGAUCUAACUCGUGCUCAAAGUUCAGGGUGAAAGGAAACUGAAACUCCUCAUGAUGGUAUAGAAGGCAGGUGGUCCUGUCACAAGUAUAAUAAAUAAUGACCACAACAGGAGAGGCUCUGGUUGUCAAGGGGAGAUGAGUAAAACAGUUAAAAAAAAGGUUGUAGUGUGGGGAGUUGGUGUGGUAGCGAAGGUCAGUCUCAUCCAGGGCCAGGAUCUUGCAGGGGAGUAGCCUAUACUUAUGUUUUUUAUGGAACUGAGGGAAUCUUGAGGAGCAAGAGGAAACAUUCAAACUUCACAAGCGAAGGUCUCAUACAGAUGCUUUUAACAGUGCUCCAUUAAAGCCUCACUGCCUUUUGAGAUUUAUUCACAUUUCCCUAAAAUGUUACCAAAAGAGAGGCAAUAAUAAAAGCAGCAGUAGGUCACACCAUUACACAACUUUAUAACCUUUGCAUGAAUCAGUUUUGAAUGAGCUGUGUUUUUCCUCAUAUAAUCACCUCUGAUACGUCAGACUUUUCUGAAGCACAGGAAGCUUUACGUGUUGCUACAGUAACUUACUGCUGGUUACUGCUUGCACUUUAAAGCCUUGUUCAUACUAAUAGAUAUGUAAAAUCUUAAUCAAUGUUAAUAUCAGAGACCCCACACAUGAUGUUGAUAGAUUUCACUGUUUUGUUCCUAUAGUACGUAGUGCGGAACAAAGUAACACAGACGUAUUAAGACUCACCACUCUCAAAUCUGGAAAUCUUACAUAAUAUCUUGCAGUCCAACAUUUGUUUAGGGACUGAUGUAUAUUUGUGUCUUAUCACAUCAACUUCAUGAUAGGAAGCCGGUCACAGUCACCUGUUUGAUAAACCGUUUUCAUGAUUAAACAUGAAACAUGAGUUUUACAUGGUUUCUGGGAAAGAUCAGCAACAUGAGGUCUGUAAGACAUGAAUCAGUUAGACUUCAUAUGAAUUUAAAAUAAGAAUCUAGGAGGGACUUUCAGUUAUAAGUAAAUUAAAUCUAAUGGCAAUUUUUUUUAAAAAAGGCAAUAAAAUUUAAAACAAGAAGGAAUGGUUGGCAUUGGUAUCGGUAUAAGUAUCAGUAUUGGUAUCUCUUGCAUUGGUAUUGAUAAGUCCAGUGCUUUGUCUUGAAAUUUUUGGCCUUUUUUAAAUCCAGCCAAACUGUUCAAGAAGGCAGAGUCAAAAUUUCUCUUAGUUCUGCUUUCUCCUUGGAAAGUUAGUUAUGAAAGUUAUAAAAAAAAAAGUUAUGAAAUAUUGAGAAAAGGAAGUCCUCCCACUCACUGACCUGUCAAAAUGAUCACAUAGGGUGACGUAUAAAUAGCAUGUCAGUCAGUGAACACUUGGAGAGAUAUGACAACACACUGUAGCUUUUGCAUGUCUUUUAACCCAGCUGCAUUUUUGAACUUCACACUAAAGGAGAGGAUGAAGACAGAUGACAUUUGUAGUCACUGAGGGCUGAUCUUCUUUAUCAAGGUAGGAAAUAUAAACAUGAUUAACAUUAUUGCACUGUCAGAGUUUUAGACACCAAAACAGCUGUGUUUGCACACUUAAGUAAGUCCUCCUGUUUCUGUGCUCUGAUUCCUGGAUGACUUGAAUGGCUGAACAAUGGCUUCGGCCUCUCUGACUGCUCAUUAUGCCACCUGCAUAUUUUACAUAAUCAGAUAGAUCAAACCUAAUGUCAGUUGAUGUGCUCUUUCACAUGACUCUUUGUACAUUUUUUCACUCUCUUUUUAUGGUUCCCUGAACUUAGUUCCUUGAUUAUGUAGAUCCUGAUCUCUCUCUCCUUUAAAUCCUUGAUUCUCUGUUUCUUGAGCUCUCUUUCCCUCAUUUCCUCAAGCCUCAGUUUCAUUUGCUCUUUCUCUCUCAUUUCCUUGAUUUCCUAUUUCCUGAAUUGUCUCUCCCUCAGUUCCUUUAUUCAUUAUUUCCUGAGCUCUUCCCUAAAUUCUUUGAGACUUUAUUUCAUGAGCUCUGUCUCCAUAAUUUUGUUUUUUUUAAACUCUCUCACCUCAUUCUUAUCAUGUUGCCAGCACAAUCAAACUGUUAGCGUGCUGAUUGGGAAAAGAAUUGAUUUCAUUUUAAUGUUUUAUCAUGCUCUCCUUGGUCAUAGAUAGAAAGAUAGAUAUACUUUAUUGAUCCCAAACUAGGAAAUUCACAAUUUCACAAUCAUGAAAAUUCUCAUCCCAUGAUCCACUGCUUAGAGCCAAAAGGACACAGCGAACUUACCAAACCCCCACUUUUAAUGUUGCGCCUUUCAGUUUUUGUUUAAUAACUAUUUAUGGGUCAUUAUGUUCUCUCUGGCUUGGGAAAGAUCUGGCCGAGAGCUUUCAUCUGAUAUGCAUAUUCACCCAAAGUUGCACUUACGCUCCUUUGCCUCGAAGCCCUCAAAUUCUGCUUGGAGCCAAAAGUUCUACUUUCAAAGUGUAUUGCAAAAUCCCCCAAAACAACAGAGGCAAACACCAAGACCAGACUGAAAUCAAUGCCAGUAAUCUGCCAAUCUUUGAAGAAUGCAUUUGAGGCAGCAAGCAUCGCCCCCUAAUACAGAAUCACUAAGAUACAAGCACGCACCAAAGAAGGACAUCAUUCCCUAAAGGGAUGUGUAAACAGUAAGGGCCUGGUUUUCUAAGACUCCACAUAACAAGUAAAACUGCACAUUCAUCCCAUCAGAUUGCACAAUUUUUUGGGUGCGUGUUUUGUGGUCAAUCAGCUUAGAAGAAAUACGUAAAUGCCGUCGGGUGCAAAGGCUGUAGGGGAAGUGGUGGUAUUCAAAUUAGGGUUUUACGUGUUUAACGGGCUUACACCAUGGAGAGUUUGGACAGGAAGGGCCGAAAUUAAAUUUUCUUUUUUUUUAAACUGUGGUGGCUGUGAAACAAAAUAAAUUACAAUACACAAACAAUACAGAGUAUGUAUGUUUAAUCUUUACAUAGAGACUUUUGAAAAUAUCUCAAAGCAGCCCCUAAGAAAUGACAGAAACAGACAAGUGUGUGUCUGUUAUCCUGUCUCUUCUUGGCCACGAUAACAGCAGCCGUCUGUGCGCAACACUGGGCACCUAGAUUUGCACCUUCCUUUCAAAGGUGUAAUGUUUACACGCAGUAAAAAUAGCAGGAACUACUUUCAGCCUUGGUAAAUUACUGAGCUUGUGCUAAACUAACUCUUUUUUUCUAACUUUGAUUUUCUCCUCCCAGUUUCAGGCUCGCUAGGGUAGAAACGCCCCAUCUUGCAUGUUCAUUAAAGCAAACAUACUAAGUGAAAAACACAGGUUAUCUUACACAUUUGAGAGACGCAUCCUCACCGCGCGCUUAGUAGAUCAGCUGGAGUGUUUGUUUGCUGAUAUACACGUUUUUGAACACGCAAAUUCUCAGUUAAUCAAGCCCUUUGUGUUAAGUCUCUGUGUUAUUGCCAGCAUGCAGUGAACCCUGAAUUUUACGAUAGUGUGACACAAGCAUGUAACUUUAAGAGGUCAGAUGACUUUGAAUGGACCACACUGUUGAAAAAAUGGGCUGUGAUUGGUUUAUGGGUGACAAUUAAAUUCAAUCAGCAGAUAACCAGCUGAUUACAGCAACUGUAUUUGAUGUAUUUGAUGCUUAGCUUCACUAAAAUUAAUGAAUAUUUUCAAACUCUAACUUUAGGCGUCACAUUUACACAAACUCUGACCUUCUUGGUGAAAGCCCUUUGUGUGUCUGAGCAUCAAUCAGCCCUUUCCCUCUCGGUAGGCGCCCUUGUUGUCUGUUUUUUUUUUUUUAAACCAGAUGACCUGACAUUUAUCUCUGAUGUCCUCAUGCUGUGCCACAGUAUUUGCACAGUGUGUAGCGGUAAACACUAAAAUGCAUCACAUGUUUGGCUCAGAGCUUAAAGCAGGAUAGAAAUGUAUGAAGCUUGUAAAACUGCUUUUGCUUUGGCUCAUUAUUAUUACACCCUUUGGAUCUGCAUAAAGGUUCAGAGGGGCUGUGGGAACAGGUUCACGGCAUGUUUGCCCAGGUUUCUCACCUUUGUGGCAUGUUAGUCAGCAGGUUUGUUCAACCGUUUUGGUGUCAGAAAGAUAUUUACCUCAUAUAAAUUAAUCAGCACACACAUAAAAAAAAAGAAGUUCAGCAAAAAAAGAGGGCAAUGGACGCUAACUGUCUCCACACACCAAGGGCAAGUAAAAUCAUUCACGCGAAUGAAUUACAUGUUAAGUCAAUGCAAAGAUGCGAUAAGAUGCUCCUACUACUCUGGCGUUGCGAAUGACGCGAAUUGGGCGUGAGCUGAAAAUGUCUCAACUUGAGUGGAUAUUAACGUCGCAAUAGCUAAUCAGCACAAAGAGGACAAAUUGAUUGUGUCGGUGUGUGGGUGCCCCGAAUUAUAUAACUUUUCUUUCAAUUACUGAAAUCAGAAUAAAAAGGAGCUCUUCUGGAGGCAGUGAGUGAGGAGAUCGGAUUACCUAGUAAAUUGUAAAAAACCUUUGUCGAUCGCUUGAUCCCACCAGUUGAAUUGGCAGGGAUUACUGUUGAGAUUACCAUUGUUGGCGAAUGAGGCGAGUAAAUACUAUUAAUUCACGUGCCUAGAUUAACGCGAAUCAAGCAAGUAGAUGAUUUUACGUGCGCUUGGUGUGAGCGCCCCAUAAGUGUUAAGCCACUGAGGAACUUUGGACCUUCAAACCUGAAGUUAUACUGCGCUGUGUUGUGGUGUGGCUGGUGCGUUGUGAGGACCCAGAAGCAGACACGGAGACAGAGAUCAACUUAAGGUGUAAUUUAAUGUCCAAACAAAGGUUGUAAAUGCAAAAAGAGGAAGUCCGGUAGGCUGGCUGGCUGGCUGGCUGGCUGGCUGUCGUGUGGGCUGGAGACACUGCAGGAAAAACCAGAGGAGAGGUAGGUAAGUGAACAUGCACAGAAUCACGAGGAGCAAAGUUACACAUACUGAUACAAAGAGGAAGGCCAGGAGACGCGUCUGUACCGCUAGGAAGGGUAGACAACACUCAGGCGCUGAGACUGAGGGCUGCAGGCUUCUUAAAGUGCCUUGAUUGUAGAUGAAGCACAGGUGUGUAGUCUCACUCAGCCUCAGCAACGGGGGAGGGGAGGAAGCUCUGGAAGAGAGUAAAGCCAGACCAGGCAAACAAGGAAACACAGGAAGUCCAGCAAAAAUAAAACAAGAUGAGGAGGCGUCUCACCACACUGUGUAUUUAGUAGUAGGAAAACAGCUGUAUUUUAAAACUCAAGUGUUACAUGCAUUGAAAUUACGGGUCAUGAGACAAGUUACAAGGAAAACGUUGGAUGAUUCCAGCGAGAUAAACCCUUCCAGGCCGCAUGUUGUUUGAGGGCUCUUGUUUUUUUAUUCUUCAAAAGAGAUGAGUGCAAAUUAGAAAGAAACCACAAGCCCAGAGGCCCUAAGAAUAGAUAAAGGAAAGAGGUUUCAGGAUACUGAUUUUUUUUCCCCUUACAAUAAGAAAGGAGUGCCUAUAAAACAAACUGUCUUUAAGUAGUCAUGACAAAUGACUAACUUGUUCUUUGCACUGUUUUUGAGCCAGCGCAGACUUUACACUCAGUAAUUGUUGCUCUUGUUUUUGAAUGUGCACAUUUCUAUAUUCAGCUCAAAGAGAGCGACUUUCCCUGCUGGUUUGGCAUUAGCAAAUACACAUUACCCCUUACAGCACAUCGAUGCUGUGUGGGAACUCAUUUUCAGCUUUUACAAACAAAGUGUUUGGUGUUUAAAAAAUAAAACAACUUUCUGUGUGAAUUUCUGCAAAGUUUUGACACAGCUUAUGAGCAUGGUUUUCAUCUGACAUGUAAAAAUAUGACCUUGCUACUGUCAGCAUGCUGGGAUAUGACCACAGGCAGUAUGUUUUCUAAUUUAGGCCACAUGAUAGUAGGUUUCGCUGUUAGCUUUUCUCUGGGGCAGGAAGCCAAAUAUAAUUAAAGUCUUCAGUCAUCAAAAACCUCAAGCGUGUGGAAAAAAAAAAAAAAAACGGGGAAAGCUGCCUGUGAGUGUCGGAGUGUAGCAGGCUGUGUGGCAGGUGGAUAUGAGACACAUUCCCAUGGUGUGACUGAGGGUUAAAUUGCUCUUCUGUGAUUGUGUUUUGACAGUGUCAGCUGUAACAAAUCUAGAGCAAAUCAAUGCUGGAUGAUCCAUACUGCCCCGUGUGCGGCUUACACACAGAUCAGAGAGACGUGUGUGUGUGUGUGUGUGUGUGUGUGUGUGUGUGUGUGUGUGUGUGUGUGUGUGUGUGUGUGUGUGUGUGUGUGUGUGUGUGUGUGUGUGUGUGUGUGUGUGUGUGUGUGUGUGUUUGCAGACUGUGAGUAUCUUAAUGCCCGGGUCAAGUAUUGAUGAGUUAAUGUACAGAGAGUAAAAACUCCCAUCUGUCUGCCUACAUGUCUCCAUGCAUGUUAUUAGUUGUCUGUAUGUGGGGGUGAAUGAAUGUUAGUGCGGUGAUGUGUGUGUAUAAAGGUUGAUAUGGGGGAAGGGCAAGAGGGCAGAGUUCAGUGGGACACAGAAGCACAAGAUUGAAAAUAGAAACAGAAGAGAGGAAGCAGAAAGAGGGAGGGAGGUUAAAGGGGAGAAGAACAAACACACAACCACAUGUUUACCAUGUAAACACUCGUAUUUUUGAGUUGUCUGUCUGCGUGUUUGUCGAUCAGCUGCUCCUCUUCCACUGUUUGACAACAUGUCAUGCCAUUUUGUACAUGCUCUCUGUUUGCUUACGUUCAGCUGGCACAGAGGAUUUGAACCAGUGACACAAACCACAAUCAUCUUACAGAGGACUUACAAAUGUCGUACACUCUGAUUCAAGCCACACAGAUUGAGCAGAUUGAACACCUGGAGUCAGCAAACGCUGGUUUAUCUAUUAAUUUAUAUGUUGAUUAAUAAUUAUAGACUUAGUUGUUAUGUUUUUACCCAAACAAACUCUACUCAUGGUCAGAGGCAGGUGUAGAUUUUGUUGGUAGCUACGAACAAAUGAGAUCUACUAAAUCAUUAAUCAAUGCUGGUUUGCCCAUAAAAUGUUUUCUGCUCAGGUUUGAGAUAUGAACUUAGCAUCAAUAAACAUACCAUUAGAGAAAGUAUAACUUUCUUACGAGCUUCUUUUCACAUGUCUGUCCUUCUUUGAUCAGCUGGUGUUUAAGUCUAAUGCCUGUGUUCAGAGGAAACAGGAUCAUCUCCCAAUAAAAUCAACUUCAGGCGUUGUUAUAACACCUGAAAGCAUCCCCUUAUAGGAUACAAAGUAAAUAAAACAGAACAAUAAUUCAUCACACUCUGCAUUAUAAACUUUAGUCUGACCCUGUCAUGUUUCUUCCUGGUUUAUCUUCUGUCCAGCUAUGAUCUACUUCCUAAUCUGUUGGCUCCCAUUGUGAAGGAAUUUCCUGUUUGUUCAUUUUUGUCAAUUUUAAUUACAUUAAUGUUUAAUCUUCUUUUAGAUGGACUAAAUUAUUGUCCAGAUCAGCUCAGUUGAAUAUCCUGAAAGGGAAAUUAUGUCAUAGUGGGUUUUUUUGGAGUCAAAACAGGGAGAGGAGGUUGCUUGAAAUGUAGUAAGAGUUUUUAAAUGAGUGGAAAGUCUUGGAUGUUUCACAAGCAGAAACAACGUUGUGCUGUACACAAUAUUUCAUCAAAGUGCCUCAACUCCUUAAGCUUCAAGGUGAUAAUGCAGAGGACUUUGAUACUCCGUACCAUAUCCAGGUUAUUGAUACAGACAUUAGUAUCACCUGUUAGAGUGAUUUUUGUUUUGUGCUCUGCUUUUGGAUGAUAGCUUGCUCUGUGUUCAAAGAGUUGUUUAUCAUCCGCUGACUGUAAAUCAAAUGAAAGAUGAAUUUUACUCUGAGCCAGAGGCUGGCUCUCUGUCCCGUCGUGUAGAGCUGAACAGACUGGAGCCACAGUGACACCUUUCAUAUUGAGAUAUUGGUCCACCGCAGACUGGCUGCUCUGGAUUACACAGAACAAACACAGCAGCAGCUACACACACAUUCACAUGCUGGUGCAAAUGUACACACAGAUGGAAACCAUGAGCACAAGCAUACACACAGGCACACAAGGUAUGUCUGAGCUCCACUGCUGCUUCCUCUCUGCCCAUAUGGACACUUGCCCAAAGGGCUGCUGGGUAAGUGUGAGUCAUGACUCUUAUUUGCUAGAUGCUAACAUAGCAAAAGCGACUUUUCUCUUCUUUGCAGUUUUGUGGGUCUGAAGGGAUUUGAUUGUGUCAUACAGGUUGUCAAACAGCAGCUGUAACUGAGCAUGGGGAUAAUGAUUUGUAAAAAGUGGGAGUAAAGGACUUCUGUUGGGGACUUUAGGUGCCUUGAUUGUAAACUUGUCUACACUUUGAAUGUUAUACUUUCAAACUCCCAGAUUUUCCUGUGUGACACUGAUAAGUGGAACAAUUAUAUGUCACUAACAGAGGAGCAGACAAAGACAGAGACAGUUUUUCUUAGAGCCCUCACAGGAUAAUUUACAAAAUGCUGGUGUUUUUUUAAGAAAACCUACAAUAUUUGCCACCUUUUUUCAUUUUACUGAAUGAGGGCAUGGCAGAAAAGACAGAGUGUAGAAGGUAAGAGUUUCUGUAUUUUUUCAUUUUACAUUAAGACACAAAAGACCAGUUAGACCAAAGGUGAUGCUCUAAGGAUGUUUAAAAGGCUUCUUUUAAGAAAGCAAAAACAAAAUUAUUCUUAUAUUCUGGUGGCUAUACACUGAUUUCAGUCUACUUAAAGCUCCUGUGCGGUGUUUUACACAUUUAUAAAAUUAACUGAAAUUUACACCAAUGUCUUUUUAUGUCGUACAAAAGCAAACAAGACCAUCAGCAAAAAGACUGACUUUGAUUUUGUAGCUUAAACCCGAUUCAGAGUGGGAAUUUAAGGAGCUGCAUGUGAAAAAACACUUAUCAUUUGACUACCAAUAGUAAACAGAAGGAGAUUUAUUUGUCAGAAGACCCUACUAGAGCAUGCAGAAGACAAAAUUAGCAAGAGUAAACUGUUUACAGGGGGCACCAAAACUACCACAAACCAUAAAACCCUCACAGGAGCUUUAAGAACUUUUAAGUCUAUUCCUUUUAGGUUUUUUCUGCGAAAUGUCACCAAAUACAUUGGACUGCACCUUUAAAUAAGACGGAUUAAUUAAAAAAAUGGAUCAGCAGAUUGCUUGGAGUGUUUUUCAAACCAUCAAACUCUGCACACGCCAUGUUUAAGUUUGGUAGCUGCACGCCAAAACACGCUCUAGUUUUAUCACUUAUCUCUCCAGUGGUGAUUUAAAGUAUCUGUGAUGAAUCUUUAGGAAUAUUAACAAUCAGUGAUGGAUUACUUGUAACAGUGAAAGAUUUUCCCUUCGACAAACAAUAUAGAAUGAGUUUUCUCUCUCAAUUAUAUACAUUUGUUCCCCCUGUGUGUGAGAUUGUCAGCUAAGGUUAGAGGUAGGGGGCAGCCUGGUCAAGUCCCCUGGGGCAGAGUGGUCCAACAAGUCUGAGUGUGAGUCUGUCAAGGACUUAAUAGAACAACCCUGUGGCCAGACAGGAGCAUCAGUUCUCGAGCUUCAUCAAUAGUACUAUCAGAUAUGUAGUUGUUUAAGUUUCUGAUGAUGAAUUGAUGAUGUGCUGAACUCACAGAUGUUAAUUCAUACCAUGCAACUCUACAAACUCGGUUGUUAAUCACCUGUCAUCACCCCGCAGCCUCCCUCAUUAAAGGCAACCUACUUCCACAUCUCCAGUAGAGAAUGACCCUAAAUGUGAACCACAAAGUGCAAAUUAACUCAGCAUAGGUGUAAUCUUUUUCGAUACUUGAUUGCAGAACAAAUAGUGCAAGCUUGAAUGCAUGAACUGUAUGUAGAGUAUGAAGGUUGAACCAGCAAACCUCAGAGGCAUUUAUGCAGUUAAUAACACAGCGGGCCCUCAAUCAGAGCCAGGUUAAUGGCAGACAGGCUCUGACAUCAGCCUUGGGUUUCAUCAAAGUCAGGAGGUGAAGCUUUAUUGGAUAAUGUACAGGAAAGAGAGACAGUGAGAGAGAGAAAGCAGAGAGACAGAGAGCCAGACAGAGACAUAAGGAGAGGGGAACACAUAAAAGGAAAGGUCAUGGGCUAGAAUUGAGCCGUCAUGUCGCUCUGCCAAAGAGUGACCAAGCCCAUCUGACCCAAUUAUUUGGAUGUCACUGCCACAUGUUCUCAAAACUCUGUUUCAUUCCCUUUUAUUCCCAACAUCCAUGCUGAGAAAAUACCUCCUUCUGCCUGUGUUGGUUAGGUCAGCCACCUUGCCAAAAUUAUAAUGUCUACAUCCUUAUCAAUUUAAAACAACACGUUCUCACUCAUGGCCCUGUCUGUGGCCCUGACUCAAAAUACGACAAAGCACUCCCCAUGCAUUAGUUUUGCUUGUGCGGGGCACUGUUGUCAUUUUAGGAGAUAAAGGAAUAUGCAACAUUUCAUCAGCUUUUUUUUAAACCAAGCUUGUUGAGAAAAGCUCCAGCCUAUGAAUGUCUGUGCAGUAAUAACGUCAAGAGGUUAAAGAUACACACUGGUCUCAAUUCAUGUACAUGGUUACAUGUCUAACCCACAUCUGUAACACCCCCCCAUGCACAGUAGGAAAAUAUUUCAACUCAUCAUUUCUUGACUAGAAAUAACUCUUAAAGAAAUCAUAUUCCUGAUAUCAUCAACUUUGACUCUUGGUCACUACUGGUGUAAAAUAAACCCAUUGUCUUCCCACAGUGGUUGUCGGACAUACAGAUCCUGUUAGUGUUACAGAAAGUUUAAUGUUUUUAGGUGGGUAGGGUUUGGAUACAUUAGCCAGCACCAGCUGUUUUCAAUGUCUUUUUGAAAAUGGAGCAAAGUAAGAUGGGUCUCUCUGAAUGUGUUAGGUCCCUUACUAACCAGGGCUGAGAAUGAUACUCGCAUAUGUUGAAGUCAUAUAUGAGUGCCUAUAAACUUUUGGUUGAUUAUCAUGGCAGCUGUACAGAGGAGGAUGGCAAAUAAAUGUUUGUUUGUUUGCUCUUUUGCCAGCAAAGCUAAAGUUUGCCCAUGUGCUGAAAAAGUUAAUGUAAUGGAGAAACCCAAUAUUCAACUUAAUGUAAAGGUUAUUCAUCCAUACAUUUGUAAAAAGUGUUUUUUUUUUUUUUGCAGCACAUUUAUGCUAGCAAUGAUGACCACCUCUGCCCAGUCUUUUUGCCUUGUCUUAUUAAACCACACUUGUUUUUGUUGUUGGGUAGUGGCAGCUAGUUAAUUAUCAAAUUGCACUUUUAAGACACGGCUAUCACUCCUUCUGUCCACCAACACAACAAGAGAUCAUUUGAAGACUCCCCCAUCACCUUCUUCUCAGUGGUAGCUGUUUUUGUUUCUUUCCAGUUUGGCUUUGUUUUGCCUCCAGUUAAUACUGUAACAUCAUCUUGACUUCAGCCCUAAAAGGCUGUUCUGAACCGCACUCAUUUUGGGAGUUAUUCAGUCUCUUUACUACAGCACCUGAAGAAAAAGGCCCAACAAAACAUUUGAGCCUCUUAGAGUGCUUUGGCUGUGUGAAAUUACAGAGGUAUAUGGAUAGAGCAUCAAAUUUUGAAAGGAAGCUGCUGUACUUGAUUAAGAGGCGUCUCUAACACAGCCACAGCUCUCUGUCGGAUAACUAUCUGCGUGCAAAGGUGGAAGUCUGCUUUCAUAUGAAUUCCUGAAAACACCAUUUUCUUUCACUUUAAUGUUAAAGUGGCUGAACUUUCCAGAGCAGAAGCAGAGCUAUUCAGUACUUUCAUCCUCCUCUUGAUCUCUUAUCAUGUGUACCUACAAAAAGGAAAAUGUACCUCUGCAAAAUCCUGCAUAUUUAUUUCUCCUGAUGUGAGUCAGCCUUGCAUUUUGUUGUCAUGAGAGCGGCAACGUUGCUCAAGAGCAGGUGGCAGCAGGUCCUGAUCAAAUUACCCUCCUGGUUACAUUGUUACUCAUGGUAUUAUACAACCACAAUUACACUUAUGUAAGAGAGAAACUGAGACCGAAAAAAGUAAUGUCUUUUGACAGCUGAAGAAAUGGUUUGAGAUACAGUAAAUUAAUCUUGUAACAGCACAGGGGGAGUGUGCUGUUAGAUCUCAAACACUGCAGUCUAAAUAGUUUAAAUGCCACUUUUCUUAUUAGCUCAAAAUUAACGGCAAAUAUCUUUUAGCUAAAAUUUUGGUGCUUAUGGUAAUGACAAGAAAUAUUUUCAACAUAAGCAACUAAAGGCACAUGUCUAAUCCUGACUCAGCACAGCGCAAACUCGAGAUAAUGUUUUAUUUAUGGUGGUAAUACAGCACAGCAGCAGGUGCAGUCUGUACUUAGUGUCCAAUCAUAGGAGAUGUUUUUAUCCUCUUCAACACAGCAGGCGGUUUAUUGCUUUGGGAUAAGGAGCCAAGAGUGAAAAAUGCUUUUCUCUUAGAAGAUCAGAGUGCAGUUACACAAAUAAUAAAAUAAAGCACCCUAUCAGACAAAACUGCCCCUUCAUUUUAAAACGUUGAUGCAUGUACAGAUAAGUUUCCUGAAAUAAGAUGUAGUUCUUAUUUUGCAAGCUGCAUUAGUAUGUAUUUUGAACUUAUAUUCAGGCCUUACCUUAAAAUAUGUUUGUGGACCUUUCAAGUCAAUGGGUCUUGCAUUUGGUGUAAUGUGAUAUUUUGACUGGCAUUUGACAUCUAUAUUAACCUUGCAGUUUACUCUGGCUGGUAAAGCAUUGGUUUUCACCAGGUCUCUACUUCUUUCAUAUCAUAGGACCAUUAUCACGAACUUGCAGCAUGUUGUAGUUUGUUUAUAUCUUUAUGGUAUACCUGAAGUGUGUGCCACCAGCUCAACAUCACUUGGAGGAAACUACAAGAUAAUUGUGACGAUUUAAGGCCCAAUCUUCCAAUGGCUCUUAUGAUUGUCUUCCCAGACUAGACUAUACUGAGGACCUCCCUCUGAUCUGCACAGAAAACAACUGGAGCUGUCCCAAUUGGACAUGGCAAAUAUCAAACAUGUUUAAUAUUUACGAUCAGAAAACCUUAUGUUUGAAGAACCCAAAGGAUGGCAGAAUAUGCACUCUGACCAUGAUCGCAUUUUGCAAAAUUAGCCACUGGGAGACAAACUGACUGAAAAAGAAGCAGAACAGCUGCAGCCGUGGCAUGGUACACUUGAGAUGAACGGCAUGCCAAAAUAGAGAGCCUGUUUGCAACAACCCAAGUGUUUUUAUCUCAUGUGGGGUCCUUGAUGUUUUCAAAAUUGGUGAAGUUUUUUAAAAUCAUCUUUAAGACCCAGCUGGCUCAACAAAAUCUAAAGUUCCGGUCAGCGAUAACAGGGAUGCUAAGCUGGUUAUGAAGUAUCUCUGAUAAGUCAGGCUCUGUGGACGCUCGUCUGAAGGAGGACGUUUGACCUUUUUGGAGAUAAUUCAUGUAAUUGCUUUAUCACUACUGCUUCUGUGUGUUUUAAUGUGAUGACCACAUAGUACAACUCAUGAAAUACUUUGUAUGUGAUCAUAGUCUGUGCCCUUAUUUUUGUUUUAUUUUAUGCUCCACCUGCUCAAACUUAAAGAGGUAGUAAACCUUGAAGCAAACAGGAAAAAUGAGAGGAGAGAGACUGAAGGGAACAGAUCAUAUUCAUGACAAAGGGAAUGAAAGGAAAUCCAAUGAAGUGCAUUUAAGAUUCUGUGUUAUGUUACUAUAAUUGCACAUUUUCAUCCUGCAGUACUUACGAUCAUUUCAAAAUUUCUCUCACUUCAUCAUCUGGUGGACAUCAGCAAACAAAAUGGCUAUAAUUUAUUGCCUGUCUCAACCCUGAAUCCAAACUCAGAACCUACCUGGUAUGACUUGUCAAGACCUGGUCAUGAAUUAGGAGUUAGUUCCCGUGAUGAUUUGGCCAAAUUUGUGACACAUAAAACUCUUGGUCUUGCUAAACAGACCCAGCUCCUCCUCCUUAAUUUUAGGCACGGCCUUUAGGAUAUGCAGGUGUAACAACACUUAACAGCAACAUUGUGUUUGCAGAUAAUCAGCUUUUUUUUCUGCCUUACAACGAUCAAGAUAAACACACAUGCAUAGAACAUGGUCCUCCAUCCUUCCUGUAACUAUACCAAGGUGUCUGACCCUAUGUCAGACUUGAAAUACAAGAACCAGCCGACACAGGAUUCUCAAUUAAAUCCCUCUUCCGUGUGCGGAGUCUUGUAAUGUUCAUGUUACACAACAACCAAUUAAGAAAAUAGCACGGCAACACCAGGAGAAAACACUGAAUGAAUGGCAAAAUAAGCUGCAACUUGUACAAACACAGUUAUCUUUAUUAACGCAGCAUACAAACACACAAACCUUCUCGACAUGCUUUGUUGUAAUAAAUCCUGACUGCAAUUAUCUACUGGUUUUCUUCUGUCUGAUGAUAGAUAAUGUGACACUUUAACAAGUCCAGCUGAGAGCACAGGGCACUCAUGGGAGUUGUUGCUCUGCUCUGCUGUCACAUGGGCCUGAUCUCAGCCUAGAUUAGCUUGUUGUUGAUGGAAAUGGAGAGUUAUUGUAAGAAGCGGGAUACUUGAUUGAUAGGAUAAUGAAUAUUUAUGGGAUGGAGAUGGUGGAGAUAUUACGCGGCAUCUUUCUGAAAUAUGAAGUCAACCGCUGACAUGCUCGAUCAGAUGGCAGCAUCAUACAUGAUCUGAGCGUCUCACCUCUUUCUGUCUACUGUAUAUCCUGCAAACAUAGAGUGUUUGUAAGGGCCAGAGCUGUAUCCUGAGCUCUUUACUUUUCAUUUCCCAUGUCUGCCGUCCUCCAGCAGCUUCUGCAGGGCCAGUGGUUAAUUCUGCAAGAGCCACAUAUACUGUACAGACAUGAACACACACACAAAGAUGCACACACAUACACACACAUGCAUGCGAAAGGCCAGUGACGUCUCUCUGCUCUCAGCAUGCUCCAGGGAGUUUGGUUGUCAUGGUGACUUAGUCACAUGCACUUCGAAACUGUACUAGUGUGGCUGCCUGUCAGUGUACGGAGAGCACACAAAGAAGAGAAAGCACUGAGAGGGACAGACAGACAGAGAGGGAAAUUAAAAGAUGCAUUAGAUGCAGGAGGGAGUAAUAACACUGCUGUGCUUUCUAGCUCUCCUUUAGUUUCUGCCAGAUGGUCUUCUUUGUGUUGUUAGUGCACCCUCUUCAUAGUUUUCUUAGAUGUGUGUAUUUGUGUGCGGGUGUUUUUGUGUCUGUGUGCGGCUCCAUGCUCUAUUCUCUCUCCCACAUAACAAAAGGAGGGCAUUGAUCACCACUAUUCUCCAUUCAGCUACCGCACUACUUUGUACUGACAAACACACCCACAUUCAUCACAUUCACAUAAACAAACACACACCAUAGUGUUGGUCUCUCACAUUGUGCAUGCACACACAUACACAGAUAUCACCUGCACUCAAAUAGGUUUAUAGAGUAAACACAUGCUAUUGAUCCGCUCACACAGGAGCGAGUGAAUAGGAGCCUUUCGGCUAUCAAUAAGCAUACACAUGCACACAGUGAAGCAGCAGGCGCUCACACAUCCUUUUUCUCUUGUUAUCCAGACAGACGGUAUUGAUCGGGGCCAAGGGGGAAAGUCUCUGAAGCAGAUAUGUGGGGAAACUUUUAACAAACUGCGGUUCUCAGGCUGACACAGUCAUUCAUCACUCACUUGGUUCACCUGUUUGUUGAUUGGUGUGAGCUGGUGAGCUUAGCCGGCUAAUGAGUCAGAGGCAGUAACUUUAGGUGGACAUGGUUUUAAAACAUUGUCCUGUGGUGUUUGACAUGAUGGUGGUUUGUCUAUCAUAGGCAGCUUAAAUAAUGAAUUUCACGUUAAAUCAAGGGUGUAGAGAGGGUUCAAAUAUAUAAGUAAAAUACAAAAACUUAGGGUGACCAUAUUCUGACUGUUCUGACAACUACGCGGGGGCGGAGUCACAGAGUCGCACAAAGUUAAUUUUGAGUUUUUCGGGUCGGAUCGAGUGUCUUUUACGCACUUCUAACUCAGUAAGUCCACGUGACACAAAAUCAAAACUUACAAACAAAACCACAGACAUUUAAAGGAUUUUAUAAACUUCCCCGGACAAAGCCGGACAAUCCUGGACAGCCCCCCAAGAAAGAGGAUAUGUCAGGGUAAAAGAGGACGUAUGGUCACCCUAAGUUACUUCAAUAAUAUAAGAAGUAGAAGUAAAACUGCCGUUCUGUGAAUCAACUCUGACAAAAGUAAAAAGUGAUUUAUCUGAAAUGCAUUAAGCAUGAGGUACUGAUACUUGCAUUUUACCCUUGGGGCGGAGGGAAUAAGAUAUGCACACCUAAAUUAUGUAAAAGUCUAUUUCACAAACUUGUUGAAAUAUAACCGACAGUGUUACUGUGUGAGGAAACUUUGCACCAAUCUAAGGUGAAGUUGUUUAAUACUUUUGCAGUAUCUAUUGUUCAUAUUGCACUUUGUAGAGACCUGCACACUAGUCAGUGGCUGCUGGAGAUUGAUUGAAAUGAGAUCUGGAGAUCCAAAUCAGAGCCCGUACUAAUACCAAUGAUUAAAAAGACAGAACAACAAAAUAACAAAUUAAAUUCUUUAGCCAAUUUUGUAUUAGCGCCACUGUAUGAGACUUGAUUUAAAAAGUUACUUGGGCAUUCACUGAAGUCCCUUCAAAAAUGUGUCUGGGACAUGUCUUACAAUUUGCAGACACUGUUACACUGCAGACAUUUUCUUUCAAGUUUGGCUAUUAUAAUAAAUCAUCCACUGCAGCAGAGGACUACUUCUGCCUGAUAAAAAAAAAAUCUUCUCUGAGUCGGCAGUAAGGUGUUAUAGCUUUCUAAACAUAAAUAAACAUUGCACCGACAUCAUUGUAUGAAACAUCAUUUGCUGAUGUCAGUCAAAUGGGUCAAAAUUUGCUGAUAUCUGCUCGUAUGUUCAACCAAUGAACUGGUGCAUCCCCAAUAAAAAUGGCUGCAUUUGCUGAAAGCAAUUGAAGGAACUCAUCAAGAGUAUUUUGGCCUGAAAUAUGUUGAAAUAAGAUUUUUACUUGCCCUGUCAAGUGAGUGUGAAUACUGGGUAUAAUAAGAAGUUCAACUUAAAUUUAAAAGUAUUCACAGGGUAAGAUUUGAUUUUUUUUGCAGUCUAGACAACAUCCAGUUAGCUGACUGUCAUGCAGGUAAUGAAAAGGUUAUAUCCUUCAGCUUACUUUUAUUCAGUAACUGAUCUGAAAUGAAGCAAAGUGCAAAACUUUCCACUGAAAAUACCUGAAUGCAAGUAAAAGCACUGUCUCACACAGCACAAAAGUAGCUACUCAGUCACAGUGAUGUGAGAAAAUCUAAUUAACUUCUUUCCACCUCUGUUUCUACAGCAUGAAGGACUUGAAACUACCUACUUAGACCACUAUAUGAUUCAAAAGUGUUUAUAGGGACAUAAAAGAAAAAAGAAGUGGCUCAUUUCGAGGUUGAUCGCCCCCUGCUCACAAUUGUUAAGAGGAUAUACAACUGUGAUUCGUCCAUUUAAAGACCCCUGCCUGUAUACAGAAAAGACAGUGACACUUCAUUUCCACCUGUUGUGAGAUGUGUAGCCAGAAAAACACACUGAUAAAUUGCGUGGGUGUAGCCGAGGCAUGCUCCGAAGCAACCCGGCUGGUAGAAUCACAACACUGACAUUACACUCUUCCCACCAACCAUUUAUUAAACCACGUAAUAAACUUUCUGAGUUUAGCAGAGCGGAUUCUUGAGUUGAGUUGAUUUGAAGCAAACACUUGCAACAGGUUAAAUGACCCUUGUAGUAGAAGUUCUGUUUUCUCUCGCCGUUCCUCAGCUGAUUACUGACAGGACACAAGAGUAGCCAACAGAGCUGUCAAUCAAUCAUCCUUGAAAAUCAAACAGUUAAUUUCAGUGAAAUAUGUGCACUUGGCCAAACAUCAGCCUAACUAUAAUUUACUUUUUACCAACGUAGUAUAUUUUGAGUAUCAAGUUUAUUCUGGUUCCUUCUGUCAAGAUGGGUAAAGGCCAGUGUAGGAACCAGAUGUGAUCUGCUAGGGGCCUGGCGCCCAAUGACGACGUAAUGCUGUAUGAUUGGCUGGAAGUUUGUUUGGAUGACAUAGAAGAUUGUGAUUGGUCUGGACAUUACGGAAGCGGUUUUCACCAGAUAAGGUUUCAUGGAAUUGUAGUUCUUUGGAGAAAACAUGGACGAACUUUAUGAAGCAAUCUAUCGCUACUGAUCACUACUGCCUCUUUCAGGUUGCCAAAAGAAACGUGGAAUAAAAGCAAAACUAUCUAUUGAUAAACAGAGAUCCUGCAUACAUUUUUAUUUUUCCUUCAGAAAAGUAAACAUAUACAAUUAAAGCCAUCUCAAAAUGAUGGUAUAGUAAGUUGUUAUUCUCUUUAUUAUGUGGUGAGAAAUUUUUGAGAACAAAAGAGGAAAUUGUUGCCCUCAAAGUUUGCACCCAGACUGCUGUAAUUCUGACUGUUUAUGAGACAUGUAAAUGAGGGAAAGGUAUCUCUGAAGUAUCAUUGUUUACAUCCAAUAAUGAGACAGACUCCCACACAGCUCUUUGAUUAGAGCACCGCUCACCAAAUCUCAUUUGAAUUGGAGUCUUGCUGUGAGUUUUAAUAACUCUGUAAUGAUAAAACAGACAAUCUCUGGGGAUUCAUGUAAUGUAUUAUUUCUUUAUUUAUCAUGCAUACAAAAACAAAACAAAAUGUUAUUGCUCAAUAACAAGACCAAAGUUAAUACAGAGCUGAGGGUGAAUUCAGCAUUGGCUAACUACCAGCUUUAAUAACAAUACAAGUGCUGGAGAAGACAAAAGAAAACUAUAAGGGCUUGUUAAGACCCUUUUAUUAAAAGCUAGAGGCAAACAGCAAACAAAGAACCAAGGGUGUUAAAAAGUUCGAUUCGAAGAUAUAAAAACAAUGGCUGUUAGCUUCACAAGUUGCAUACUAACUUCCUCUCAUGCCUGCUGUCAAGUAUCAGAAAACAACUUUGUUUUGUGGAUGUUCUCCAGAGAAAAGUGGAGCAUGGUUAGCGAAUUCUGACAGUUUUACAUCUGGUCUUCCCCAACCAGAGAUACUAAAUUAGACAUGGUAUUCCUCUCUGUCUGCGGACAUAGUUUCUGUGGUGAAACCUCAGUAACAGCAACUGCAAUUCAUAAACUCUAGCUCCUCAGCAUGAGUGUUUCUGUGGCUACAAAGAAAUGCACACACCCCUGGGUUGUUUUGUUUCUUUGUGUGUCUGCAUAAAUGUCUUUUUCUCUCACAACCUGAGUGCUGACAUCCACACAGAGCCACAGUCGCUGUUUUCCAGCUUCUCUAAAUUAUGCACAGCUGUUUCCUCUGAUAAGGCACAAUGUGACAGUUUCUGCUUGUUGAUGUAUCACCUGUGACUGACAGGUGUUUUCUGGGUUUGGUAUUUGAAGGUAUCAGAGAGUGAAUCUUCAAAGAAUGAAAGGAAAGCAGACUUAAAGAAAAACGGAGGCCUUUAAACACUUUUAAACUUGGUACUAUGGGAUCUAACAUGGCACAACAAAGGAUGACUAAAAUGAGGAGAGCUUUUCCUGCAGUAAAGGUUUUUCCCCUUUUUUGUCGUCAAACAUAACUUUGCGCCACGUGUCUAUCAUGGUGUGCAGCUGUUUAACUUUAAAUGGCGUCCAAAGCCGAUGUGGUAAAUCUGCAAUAAUGAAAGUAAAGCUUAUAUUUUUGUCGUCUAGCACCUGUUCUCUUUUUUUUUUCUUUUAUAAGUCUGUCACGUUUCCUCUGAGAUAUAACAGUCUUUACAUGUUAAGAUAUUCUUUUACCAUACUUACCGUAAAAUCACGAUGGAUUCAACACAUUAUCGAACAUUUUUGAAGAUAAUUCAGUUUCCAAAUAUUUUGAUUUGUUCUGAAGGGAGCUGCUGUGUUGAGUUUUUAUUGAGUCUAACCCGUUGAUUGUUUUAACAUAGCCUCUGUGAUGACGAUAGCAGAAGCCAUCUUGGAAAUUAGGGCUGUCGCACUAUGCCGAUAUUGAGAAUAACCGUCUUUUUAAGAAAAUUAAGUAUCGUUAUCCUGCUAAAAUUACGCACAAAGUUACUCAUUGACUUCACCACAGUGAUCCUUCUCAAUGGUUUCCACACAUCACAAAACAGAGGAGAUGAAAAAUAAGAAGCCAGUGGCAGCUCUGUUAGAGAUAACUGGACAUUUUUUGAAAGAGAUACUGCGACUCCAGAAACAACCCUAGAGCAUGCAUCCCUUCAGGUUACUGCAUAAUCAAUCAAACAUAUAGUUUUUAACCGUUCCUUAACUGUUUUUGCCGACAAUCUACAGGAAGUAGCCUAUACUACAAAAUAAAAGCAUAGUUUUAACCUGUAGGGAAUGGAGCAAUCAAAGCACAAGACAGGAAACAAAACGCAAGCAAACUCAAACACCACAAAAGUCAGACUCUAUAAGCUUCUCUGUUAUUCAUGAUCAAGACAGUAAACAGGUGUUGUACACCCUUAAGAUCUGUUUCUGUAAGAAAAAAGAAAUAAUUGCCAGCCUUUAAUCCAAUAGUCGAUAGGCUGAUAUAAUAUAAUGUUGACUGAUGCCAAAAUGUUUCUGGACUGACACAAGAGAUUUUAAAUCUGUUAAAUUCAAAUUAAAAUGCUAAUAUUCAAAGAUAACUUUUAGUUCCUCUUUCACCGCAUGUAAGCGUCAUUUGUCCUUUAUGGCCCUGUUCAUGGUUCACUGCAGUAAACCUUUUCUGUUAGAAAGACAGAGGAAAAAGCUUUUAAAUAAAUAAAAAAACUAAUGUUUUUAUUUUGAAUCAUCGUGUUUUGGAGGUUCUGGGUUAAGCACCAGGCUAAAAAUAGCUCAUUUUAAUGAGAAAAGGCAGUAAUUUACAUCUUAAUUUCCAGGCAGCAGAGCAGUAAGGGGGUUUAUAUGAGGAUGCAGACGUCUGCUGCUUCCUCUUCAUUUACUGACUUGUUUGCCUCAUUGAUCCUCUGUUUAUACGAACCAGACACCAGAGCUUUCCUGAUGAGUGGGUUAAAAAAAGUUCACACUUAUUCUUAAAACAGUCUUAUUUGUCUUAAAUACUCACUAACCUUAAAGGAUAACAUCAGCUCUAAAUGUUUUCAUGGACACGCAAAUAUGAUCUUAUUAAGACAUGAUUGUACCAACAGUUCACGUUUAAUCCCAAAUUCAGUAGAUUCCAGAGAUUAUAUUCCCUUCCUCUGUUUAGUGUUUGUUUUAUCUGAUUUUAUUCAUUUUUCUACUUACUUACUAACUUACUAACCAUUGAGACAUUUUUACCAAGCACAUGUAAACUGGGAUAAGGACAGCAGUUCAUGUGAAACAUCUAAAUAAAUUAACUUUGCAUGUGAACGUACUGAAUAUCUGAGAGGACAGCCUGUCUGUGUCAAUAAGUGUCUCUGGUCUGUCACAGCCACUUACGAUGUUGUAACUCCUCCUUUGCUCUAAAAGACUCCUUUAGGACAGCUUAGACAUAGUUUUGCUAGGAUAAACCAUUCUCAGCUCAGGUCAACAAACCUCCACUUUGCCAUGCCUGUUUUCCUUCAUUUUUCUUAUGGUCAGCACCAAUCGGUCUUUUGGUUUGAGCGCACAGAGGUAGAAUAUAUGGUAAGGUCAAAGUCGUGCAUCGUGGUUUAGGUUCAAAUAUCACUGAACAUUGACAUUUUGGAUCACACAGGACUCAGACCUCGGUCUCCUAGGUGAGAAUAAAUGUUGUUUGACCCGUUCAUCUCCCCUGCACUGCUGCUGUCAGCUGCAUUUUCUCAGUUCCUCCGACAAAUCUAUUGUAAGACCUCUAUGUCUCUGUGGUUCACAUUGUAAUUUGUUGAAAACCAGGCAUGUUGAAUGAGGAGUUCCUUAAAGGGAUAUUCUGGUGUAAAAUUAAGUUAGGGUCAAACACACCGUUAACACUGAGUUAGACACCCCCUCAAGAGAUAAAUGUUGCUGACUGUUUGCUUCUCUAGUUAUACCAACUUUAGUAAUGACGGCAGAUAGCAAUACAGAGAGCCACACGCUCAACCAAAAAACACCACUCUAUAGCCACAAAUAAUGCUCAGAACAGCACCUAACUUCAUCAACAGUAUAUAUAGGGUCCCAGCCACAGCACUAACCACCAAACAUCUUUUUAACUUUGCCUAAUUUCUUUAGCAAAGAGACUAAAUACAACUCUUCCAGCAGCCGCUUGUUUGAAGGAAGACCCCCGGGCGAGUCCAUCGACUGCAACGGGGUGACGCAGCUCAAGGAAGAACAUUUAUGAUCAUUUCUUCGUGGAAAUGCAAUCAGACCGAGACGCUAAGGCAGAAGAACUACCACGUCUGCAGUGCAAAGUGAUUAAUAUGAUGAUUAUUACUUCAAGGAAAAGAAGAGGUAAUGCUCAUAAAUGUUCUUCCUUGAGCUGCGUCCCCCCACUGCAGUCGAUGGACUCACCCGGAGGUCUUCGUACAAACAAGCCACUGCUGGAAGAGAGAGGGUGAGUUGUGUUUAGUCUCUUUGCUAAAGAAAUCAGGCGAAGCUAAAAAGAUGUUCGGUGGCUAGUACUAUGACUGGGACUCUAUAUGUACUGUUGAUGAAGUUAGGUGCUGUUCUGAGCAUUAUUUGUGGCUAUAGAGUGGUGUUUUGGUUGAGUGCGUGGCUCUCUGUAUUGCUAUCAUGCAGUUGUUACUAAAGUUGGUAUAACUAGAAAAGCAAGCGGUCAACAAUAUUCAUCUCUCAACAGGGUGUCUAACUUGGUGUUACAGUGUGUUUGACCCUAACUUAAUUUUAUGCCAGAAUUUCCCUUUAAAUGAUAGUUUGGGAUGACCAGACUCGCUUCUUUCGAUCAGCUACGUACAUCCCAACCACAGAGUCUAGUGCUUCAUGCCAUUCAGAUAAAACAUGCCAAUCCAUCAGACAGAAACACAUCAUCUCAUAUAUGUCGUGUAGACUUGUGUCAGUCAGGCCCUCUGGUGAGUCAGCCAGAACGCUGAUAGGUCGAUACGCGGGGCCGUUCUGUCAUAACAUGAGUCACAGACCUAGACAAAGGUUAGGACUGCAGAGGAGAAGAUUAGUGGAACAGAGCAGACAGUGAUUACUAUUAUUCUGAUCAAGACAUUUUGUUCAGCGGACGAGCUUGUCAAACAAAAAGUCUCAUUUUGGGUCUAAAUGGUACACUGUGGUGACAAAUUAUUCACACUGUGACAUAAUUUAACAAGAGCUCUGUCUUAUCAGGAGAGCAGAAUGUAAAAUGGAGGAGAAAUUAAUGUUAAACAGACAGGGGGCUUUUUUUAAUAGUAGUGACAAUCUAAUGGUGCAGUUUUCAAGACAUUAGGCUGAACAAUGGAUGGGAGUCCAACAGGCUGUUGCUAGCACAGCUGUUUAACAGUGUAAUAGCUGACAUUUUCUUUAACCUACAGCAUUUCAAUGACACGUGCAUAUGUUAGCAGAUAAGUGACCAUAUGGUGAGGCCCAGCAGCGUCAUUUAAUAGAUUUACUAGCGAUUUUUUCAUUACGUGACACAGUGUUAUCUUAAAAGGGUGUUGCUGCUUCCCUGGAGGUCCCUGAGGGAUUCCUGAGGUUACUCUGAGGUCAGAGUCUCUGUGUCUAUCUGAAACCCCCCGGCUGUUAACACAGACCAAUUCAUCCAUUCAUUAUUUAUUCAUGCUGGCCAGUUUGAUGGCUGGUAUUAGAGUGAGCUAAGAGCAUUCAAGGACUUUAAAUUCUGGUUAAGUCGUUUGUGGGCAGGAAGUAGUCAAGACAUUUAACACAGCGGUGGUUAAUGUUCUAUUGAUUGUCAUUGUUUUCCUGAUCGUAAAUCACCUGCACUUCUGGGAUUCUGGGAUGACUUUCACAUUUAAACCUUUUUGUGCUCCCUCCAGCCCUGAAUUACUGAGCUUUAUAUCAACUAAAAAGGCAACGCUCGCACACUAACUCCUGACAAAUUAACAAAAAUUAACACUGCUGCCUGAAUAUUCAUCAGGUUUACAGAAAAAAAGGAAAAAAAAACACAAAUAUUCGUACAAUUUGCACAACAAACUCUGUAAUGUAGGGCCAACAACAUAAUUCAAAACUUUUAUAGAACUAAGAGAAAACUACGCAUGGAGGGGAACAGUACUGGAAAAAUUGAAAAUGAAGAGUCAUGCUUAAAUACACUUGAUAUGUUUAAUUUAAAGUUAGAGAUGGUCAUGCUAAAUAGAAUCCCAGCAUUGGUAAAGAAGACCCCAAUUUAAAGGGAUAUUUCAGCAUAAAAUUAAUUCAGGGUCAAACACACUGUAACACUGAGUUAGACACCCCCUUGAGAGAUGAAUGUUGCCGACUGCUUGCUUCUCUAGUUAUACCAACUUUAGUAACGAUUGCAGGAUGGCAAUACACAGCAGUCUCAGGAGCCAUAAACAAACCUCAACCAAAACGCCACUCUAGAGCCACAAAUAAUGCUCAGAACAGCACCCAACUUCAUCAACAGUACAUAAAGGGUCCCAGCCAUAGUAUUAGCCACCAAACAUCUUUUUAACUCUGCCGAAUUUCUUAGACAAAGAUACUAAACACAACUCACCUACUGUCUUCCAGCAGCGGCUUGUUUGUAGUGAGACCUCAGGCCAGUCCAUUAUGGACUUCUGUGGGGUGACGCAGCUCUUUAUCAUUUUCUAUCACCAUAGUAAUCAUUUUUCACUGCAGACGCGAUAGUUCUUCUGCCUUAGCGUCUCAGUGUGAUUGCAUUUCCAUGAAGAAAUGAUCAUAAAUGUUCUUCCUUGAGCAAAGUAAAAAAAGAUGUUUGGUGGCUAGUCCUGUGGCUAGGACCCUAUAUGUGCUGUUGAUGAAGUUAGCUGCUGUUCUGAGCAUUAUUUGUGACUAUAGAGUGGUGUUUUGGUUGAGGUUUGUGUGUGGCUCCUCAGACCGCUGUGUAUUGCUAUUGUGCGGUCGUUACUAAAGUUGGUAUAACUAGAGAAGCAAGCGGUUGGCAACAUUCAUCUCUCGAAGGGGUGUGUAACCCGGUGUUACGGUGUGUUUGACCCUAAAUUAAUUUUAUGCCGGAAUGUCCCUUUAGAAUGGAGGAUUUGGUCUCAUACUGAGAGGAUUACAUUUAGCAUAACCACAGGCUAACUUUACAUCAGCCUGGUAUCUACUUUGCUACUAACAAACUAAACAAACAAGCAACACUUAGUAAGUUGAUCUGUAGAUGAUUUUCUUGCUGUUUUUUUAACGGUCUUUUAUUUUCUUUCCUCUGUGACCGGUCAGCUUUUAACUAUAAAUCUUAUGUGUGUGCCCUCCCAUUAAAUUCAGAGUGAUAUCAAAAAAACCCUAUACAUUGUUGUACUGGUGCUUAAAGUUUUUGUCCCAUUAUCAAUAGAAAGACGUGAAUCAUAAACAGAACAACAGAUGUGCAGUAACUUCUUUGAUAUGCAUGACAUGUGAUCAGCUAUAUUAUUCAGAACUGAUCAUUGUUGUCGAGGGGUUUUCAUGAAGUAGAAGUCCUGAUGAAGUAUUUGAAAAAGCCAAACAAUGAGUAAGAAAGCCAGGUAAUAAGUAUACAUAACAAUAAUAUUUUCAAAUCCACAGAUUCUCUUCUCUGAAAUUGAAUAAGCACAAAAAUUGAAAGAAAAUGUGAAAUAAAGGAGUACAAUUCAUGAGCUUUUUGAUUCAUUAGAUUUAUUCCUAUGUUUACAUUUAAUUCCAGUGAGCUGUCAUGUUAUUCAAUAUUUUUGCUUCACUAAAGUGAUUCAAAUGUUUAUGAUUUGUUUCUCUGAUUUCUAGACGUUAAAAUUAUUUUAAUUCAUGAAAGGUUUAAAGGGUAAUAGAAAUGUUCUGGAAAUCUGUCUUAAAACACUUUAACAAUUAAAGGCUUAGCACUCCUGAAAGGAACUUUCAGUUUGUGUCAAAUUUGGCGCCCCCUGUGGACAAAUCAGUCUUUGUUUAUCGUCACGUUCACUUAUGUGGUGUUUUCUGACAAAAAAAAAAAAAAAUUACAUCCUGGUGACUUUUGAUGGUUAAAUUUAUCUUUUAUUGUGAAUGUUUGAAUGCAUUCACUGCAAAGCUGACACCUACCCCUUUAAUACUAAUUUAAGCAGUUAAAUUUAUGAUAUAAAAAUUGUUGGUCUUAUCAAAUGCAUCAAUAUGAGUCACAGUCUUUUUUAUUAAUGCCAAAAACUCCCAACAUGACUUCUAAAUAGGAUCAAAUCAUAUUUAUGAUAAACUGAUGUUUUUGCCUGAGGAAGCACUGGUACCUUUUGGGAGGGCAUACAUGAACAUCAGAAGGCUUAUAUUUUGUUCCUGACAUGUUGAUAUCUGAGUAAAUUCAUCACUGAUUUACUGCAUCUGUUUCCUCCCCCCUCUCUCUCUCUCCCUCCCCCUUUCCUUCCUUGUCUACUCUAUUGAUCUGCUCACUUUCUCCAGGUCCUUGGGGAAGCGGUGAUGUUUGAUGGCCGCCCCCUCCUGAGGUCAUCGCAAUAGUCAGGAUCAUAGAUCUAACGGGAAAGCUCUCAUCAUGGAAACCCCCUGCCGCCACACUGUGCUCCUUCACCCCGCCUGCAGAGGCUGUAAUUGCUGAGGAGGGCUGCUGAGACUGAGACAGGCUGAGCAGUGAAGAGAAAAGUCUCACAAACCAUGUAGUGUGCCUCUCUACAAGGAGGGGGGAGGGUCUACGCUUGAGUCUGAUUUAUUUUCUAUUUAUGUUAUCCCCAUAGUCGGUUCGUGGCUGCUUGUUUUGAGUGUGUAUGUGGGUGUGGACAGAGCUGGUAAGGAGAAAGUGACAGAAGAGAAGAAGAAAGAGAAAGAUAAAAGAAAAGAGAUGGUCCUCCACAUCACUCCGUACUCCAGUGCCUGUCUGCACUUCCUGGAUGGAUUGUCCUGGAGCCUGGUGUUCCCUUGUUACUGGUUGCUGGACCGGCUCCUGGCCUCCUGCGUGGCCACCUCUCUGGAGAAGAGGCAGCGCUCCCAGGACCCUUGCUCCUUCCUCACCCUGUGUGUCCUGAUCUCUGCACCCAUCUAUCUGCUGUUCCUCUUCGCCUCCCUGCCCUUCGCUUUGCUGGGCUUCAUCAUCUGGGCUCCCCUGCAGGCCAUGCGCCAGCCUUACCUGUACACCUAUCGCAGGUGAGUAAACACCUCUGUGCUUUGAGUCACUGCAUACUCACAACGAAACCAAAACCAAGAUCAUUGGUUUCAGUUUAAUUACUUAUUAUGUUAAUUUAAAAAAAAUCAGCAUUUUCCUCCAUCUUUACGUUGUUUCUUGAGCUUGACACAGAUCAUGUUCAGUGAUUUCCAAAACUACUUGGCAGAGCAAGUUAUUCUAAGAAGAACUUUUUUAUUGAAGUUGAGGGUUUUUUCCCCUGGAGGCAUCAGUUUGUUCACUAUGCAUCAUUCAGCAGGUAGUUAGUAAAUCAACAAUUUACUCCAAAUUUUUAUCAUGAAAAGGGAGACGGACCCAGCUGCAGGCACAUUGGACCUCCAUAAGCAAGCUCAGCUGGAAGUUGCACCUUUCUUGAAUCUCUGAUGUUAGAAGGAAGUUGCUCUCUAUUGAGUCUUUUUGACAAACUUAAAGAAAAUAGACCUUUUGUGUCAUUGUGCACUUCUACCAGAGGCCUCACUGUGCAAGGUAUUCUGGGACUCCUGGCAUCCCGGACAUGUUUGGCAGCCCCAAUUUUCAUCAACCAUUGUCAGAGGAUUGGUUUCAUUGAAAAGACUCUUAGCUUUUUACUGUUCAAGUUUGUGAACAAGACAGGAGGAAGAACAACUUUUACUGGUGAGAUCGCUUAUUUGCCAAUAACAGCAGAGAUCCAGGUGGAGGUCCAGCUUCCCUCAAUGAAAGUCUGACUGUGCAUGCACACCGUGUCUGCAGCCGGGUCCUCUCAGGAGAAGUGUGUUUCUUCUGUUGAAAAUGGUUUCUUACAGUUGUUGUUCAUGUCUGUGCUCAGAGUAAAUGUUAACUCUGCAGGUUGCCCAAAAUGAACCAGUCCAGCUGUUUGUACUCCUGUAAAAAUUUCCUCUUAUGGUGACAGAGUUUUUCUGCCUUGUCACUGUACGAGUCUUUGAAAAAAGAAUAUAUAUAUAUAUAUACCUUACAAACCACCAUACCACCAUCUUUCCCAUUAUCACUUUAUAAACUGAUAUUAAGGGGAGCUGGCUGUAUAAGACGUGAUCUGUUAACAUUACUGGGUUUGUCCUGAUUGUUUUAAUCCACUAAUAAAUUACCUUCAGACUUUCCCCUCAUGUUGCUCAGCUGCAGUAAAAAAAUGCUCACAGGGGAAAACUGUAAUAUAAAACUGUGAAAACUGUGUUAUAGAACAAACUGCUGGUGCAGGAGGAAAGGUGAGUAGACAAGUGACAAAUAAAGUGAGCAAGGCAGAGGUUUAGGUGUGAGUGUGAGGGUGAGAACUCAAGUAUAAUUAAACAUUUGGCACAUAUAAAAAUCUGCUACAUUUACUUUUCCAACCAUAGCAAGCAACAAACCAGGAAAUUUAUAAUAUAGACAGAAACGUUAUGCAGAUGACUGGUUUGUUAAUUUAUGAUUCAGAUAUGUGAAAAUUAAAGGGUUAGUGAGGAGCUCAUGGUUGUUAGUAAAUCUGUCAAAGUAACUUUGCUUCAGAUUUCUCUGCUGUCACAUGUGUUCAGUGUAACACCAUAAUAUCUCAGUGAGAUAUUCUCAACAAAGUGGAACAGUGGGUAUUUUCAUCUACCCGUCAACUUGGCCGGUGAGUCAAAAAGUUAAUUUUGGACCCUGUCUAUGAGUUAAGCAGACUUCAAGAAAACAGAGUCAUUAUCUCCUGUUGUGAUAGUUUACUCAUUGGUCUGGCUGCCAUGUGCCACAUUCUUACCAGUUCUCAUGUGGCUCCCAACAAUACCCACAAACUUUAAAGGAGCGGUCCUCUUUUUCAGUAACUCAACAGAUGUCCUAAACCCCAACAGUGUGAAAAAGAAAAGGGAGCGUCCUUUGUGUUCUUAUCCAGUAAUUAUCCUGCUGACACAACCUUAAUGUGGGAGUGAUUUAUCUGAUUUCAAGGGUGUCACUGUUUUAAAGCUUAAAAUCAAAGAGGGGUGAUCAUUUUGGAGUGAGUCAAAAGAAUGCAAGAAGCCGAAAAAUAAAAAGGAGAGUCAGAUUCAGAUAGAAGAAAAUGUGUCAUUGGAGCUUUAAGAACUAUUUUCUGGCCCAGAAAUCCAAAUCUUACAGCGUCCCAGUCAGAGGUAAAUCAUGCCAACUGAUAUGUAUUUUUCUGUGUUAAGACUGUUAAGGCUGUGUGUUUGUUUCCCAUGAAGGCGGAACUCAGAGUGAUGUAAACUAGAUUAAAUUGGAUAAUUAAAUAAAUGCCUUCCCCACUGAGCAGCUGAUUUGAUUAGCGUUAAAGCACCUUACAGUGGAAAUCCAUAAAUAUUCAUGAGUCUACAUUUUUAAAGGGUAUCAAAACAAUGCAAUCUACUUUUAAAGUUCAUCCAAAAGUAGAUUUAAUCUUCUGAAGGUAUUUCUGCAUCAAAAAUAGAUGAACUGGUCAGUAUUUCAUAUGUCAAACAUCUUUGCGUAGUCCAAUUUCACCAGAAAUAUUUCCUACCGGCUUUCAUUACAUGGUUUCAUUACAGGGGAAAGUUAUAGUGUGCGUCUAUGUGAGAACACACAAAUCUUCAGAAGAUUCACAGCAAGUGAAGUGUGUGUGUGUGUGUGUGGUGGCUGUUCAAUCUACUUUUGCUUGGUUGAAAAAUGCUGGUGCAGCGCACAUCAAUAAAAGUGGUUGUUAACUUUCACUAUUUAUGGAUUUUUUCAGGUCAUAAACAGAGAUGAGUUAUGUUUUUGUACACUAAUGUUUUAGUGGUCUUUGCAGCGCAAGAGCACCUCCUAUGGAAUAACAUUCCCUGUACAGACUCCUCUUACCACUCCUUCUGUAUGCGUGUGUUUUGAUCCCCUUUGACACCAUCUGUCAUCUAGAUUUAAAGAUACGCACCUCCAUUGACUGAUGUCCUAAAUUAAAUAAUACUUCUUAUAAUGAAUGAUUAGCGCCCAGUGAUAGAGGAUUCUGGUUCAAAACAUGAGUUUAAUAGUGCAUCUCAACAGGAAAUAAACUGUUUAUCAAUAAGAACCCAGAGGAGGAGCCCAUAGCAGGAUAAUAAUAAUAUCUGAAUAUAGUGAGGUAGCCUUAUACUCGUUUCUCCUCUCUGGUAUGUUCUUUCAUUCAAUCACUCAUUGCAGUGAUACAAAGGGCAAAAACCUGCAUGUAACAUAAGCUCUAUUGUUAAUUUACACAGAUGUUUUGUUUCCUUCUCAACUUCAAGCAUGCACAAGGACAAUAAGAAAUAAAAUAAAUUAAAGUAUACAGAAGAGAUAAACCAAAGGAUGCUCCCAUGUCUGACAGGGAAAACUUCAUGCUGUGAGGGUCUAUGUGUGAACAUCAAAGUCAGAUAAACUUCAGGGUUAGAGCUCCUGAGUAGUUACAGGAAUUUUUGGAUUUGCAUGUCUUAAAACAGCUGUUUUGGUAGAAUACACAGAGGCCUACAAACUGCACAGCUUGAUUUUCUCCCAAGUGAAGCAGCCCUCUGCUCUGCAGCAUGCAGGGUUGCUCUGAUUGUUUAAAGCAUCCAGAAAACCUCUUGUUUGCCUCAGCUGAUGUCACCCUUUAAAAUGUAUUAUGAACACAGAGAUUCAAGACUCAGUUAGCUCUGGGUGUUUUGUAAAUUGGUUUUGUGAUGUUGGAUUAGGAAUGCAUGACUAUGUUGUCCUCCAUCUUAUCCAACCAUCAGUAUGACACACAAAAUGCAUAUUUCCUAAAAUCACAGACUUUUUUAAAGAAACAAAAAGAAAAAGUAUUUGAUUUCCCUGGAUUUGACUUGAGUAUUUUUCAUUUGACUGUUUUUGCAGACCAGACAAACACCAGGCUGAGGAGGGACAGGCUGGACCGGGUGGUGUUGGGAUUGGAGAGUGGAGGCCACAGGGAAGAAGCUUCUGUUUUUGCAGUGCCAAUGUAUGUCUGCUGCCUGAUUCCCUGGCUAGGUUCAACAACCUGUCAGGCACCCAUAGGAGAGCUCGAGAGGUGGGAAAGAGGAUCCGCAAUGGCGCCAAUAGGCCUCAGAUUAAAAUCUACAUUGACUCACCCACCAACACUUCCAUCAGGUGAGGACAGCUCACUUAUGUCUCAGCAGCAGCUUAUUAAGUACAAUGUCAAUCAAACAUAUUCAUAGGCCAACACCUUUUUUCUGUCUGUUCCUUUUAUUAGUGCUGCAUCCUUCAGUAGCCUUGUCACAGGUUUCCGCCGUACCUCUUCUUUGGACCAGCGCCCAGAGCAAACACACACAACCAAUGGCCCAGCAGAUCCAGAAACUGAACCCCUCACCGAGUGCCCGAUUCACGCCUCAGGUGCCACAGACUGCCCUGUUCACCCCAAUUCUGCAGGAGAUCAGGGUUCCUCUGAAUGCCCCGUUCACACAGAAGGAGCAGAUACAACAAAAGACUGCCCCCUCCAUCCUGCAGACACCAACGGUAGCUCAGACUGUCCUGUCCACAUCUCAGGAGAGGCUUCAGACUGCCCUGCACAUCCCACAGGGGUCCAGAGUGCCCAAAGCCAUCAUGACUGCCCCAUGCACGGGGAAGGGGCUCAGCCUAAACCAUCCCCAGACUGCCCACUUCACACCUCAGGGGUUCAAAUCAGCAUCAGCGCCCCAGAGCCAGAUCCCCAGGAGGAGGAGGCCGAAACAGGGAACCAUCAGACAGGAGAGCAGGCAGGAGGAGACUCAGGCAGCAUGACUGCUUCCAGGGAAUCCCUCACCCGCUACCAUGGAGGUGACGGGGGCACGGGGAUAUCCUCCAAUAACACACUCUCCCACGUCCCUCGAACGUCAGUCUUCAAACGCCCUGGACGCAAACGCCGCCAUGGAGAUGAGACAUUUGACCAUGAAAUCUCUGCCUUUUUUCCUGCCAAUCUGGAUUUCCUGGCUCUACAGGAAGUGUUUGACCACGGAGCAGUGACUAGACUGAGGCAACAGUUGCACCGCUAUUUCCCCUACGUGCUGAGCGACGUGGGGCGGUACGGCUGGAAAGGUUGCUGCUCAAGGUUCAAAUUCCUGAACAGUGGGCUGAUGCUGGCCAGCCGAUACCCAAUCCUGGAUGCACGGUACGAGUGCUUUCCCAACGGGAGAGGGGAGGACGCACUCGCGGCCAAAGGGGUGCUAUUUGCCAAGGUUAGUAACUGACUUCAUCUUUUACCCUCUCCUCUACGGCAUUGUAGGAAGUACCUCACAAAUUAAGCUAUGGUAGUUAAAUUUUCCACAGAGGACAUUUUCUUAUUUUUUUGACAGUGAAUAAAUGGGAUUAUUGAUAAAACUCAAGAAUUCAAGCCAGAGGCCUGACUCAGGGCUUUAUUUUGGUUUAAGAGAGGACAUGAGUCAGCAGACUCUGCAAAUUUCUGGUGGACUGAAGACGUCAAGAUCAGAGCCAGAAGAUAAGUUUGUGUCAUGGGAGAAAGUUUCAUUACUACUGAUAAAUGUUUUUAAUUGGUGUAUCUUAUCACCUCUGUGAAAUGACCAAUAAUUAAACCCCUGACCCAGAUACUCUGGCGCCUGAGUAGAAAUACAUCUGAGAGCCACCCAGCAAAACCUUGUUCACAUCAGUCUUAUCCAAACCCAACAGUAUGAGCUACAGCACAGGGUACAUAAAGGCCUGUAUACAUUUAUGCGGCGCUCCAGUUACAUCGGAGGUUGGAUGUUGGAGCUGGGUAUGACGUUACACCCAAGUUGACGGCGUUCCAGUAAACAAGUCGAAAAACCAAGAUGGAUGCCUACAGUUACCCUUUGUCAGCUGUCGAUAGCUGUUGUAAACAACGCACAACACGGUAUUUUACUCUUACAAACACCACAGCACCGUGUUCACAGUUAGACGUUGGGCAGCACAACAUAUACCACUUAUUUAAUUUCACAAAAACAAAACAAGUGCUAAUAAAUGAUACAUUACGAGAGCUUUCACUGUUAAUAUUUACUGCUGAUGCACUGCGCUGCCAUCUUGGAUUAUGACGUUGUUGUCAAGAUGGGGUUGGUGAGGAUCCUCUGACUUUCCGAGUUGGAAAUCCGACUUCAGGGGGACGUUCCAGAUGAAUUGCCGACUCAGAGCUUGGAAAUCCCAACUUCCCAGUACAACUGGAAUGCAACACACGAUACAUAGUAGAUUAACAUAGUCUUUCACCUGUAAUGUAUAUUUUAACAUAGUAAUGAUAAAUAACCAAUGCUUUGACUGAAGAAAAUAUACUGCAUUUCAUUUGGCAUGAUAGACAAACUUGAGUUUUUUAGCCACUGCAUCUGCAUGGCUGAGCAGAUAAAUUGGAUAAUUGGUGAGAAAUAAAGUGCAGGGAGGGCUUUGUCUUUUAACCAAUGGCCUUCAGUAAGAACAUUAGUGACAUUUAAAUAGUAACUCGUCUCUGAGGGCAGCAGCAAAUCCCUGACAUGUCUUUUAUAAUUCUCAUGAAUGCAGUAACAUUAUAAUACUAAUGGAAAAUGAUCAUAAUAUGAAGGACUGUGUUGAUUGAAAUUGUAUCAGGCCAUUUGAUAUCCAUGUUGGAUAAGUUUAUGCAUUUAUUGUGUUUUUUUCCACACACACCAGCAGUUUUUAUCUGGCAUGAAGUACACACACACUCAAACACACUGAAUUAGUUGUGUGUUUGAGUGUGAUGUCUGACUUGAUGUCAUUUGGCCGUUUUAUUCUUAUGUGUUUUUAAAAAGUAACACAACAGAGAAGGGACAUACAAAUCUUCUGAACUAAAAUCUUUUAGGAUCCAAGAGAAAAUGUCCAAAGUCCCAAUGUAAAGGUGUAAUGCAUGGACAUGAAAAAAAAAUUAAGUGAUAUUUGGAGGUUAGAUACUGAACUGAAACACCCCCCUGCUCACCCCUUCUGGCUCUGAAGUGACGGUGGCUGUUAUAGGCAAGAAUUUCCAGUAAAAUUUAUAAUACUUAUAAUAUUUUACCUAAAAAAAAAAAAGUUCAUCAAUAUAAACUCCCACAAAGUUCAUCAAUAUAAACUCCCAGUGGCCACUCACUACCACGAUUGAAACAUCCUCCCUUUCUCUGUGUCUUUGUCUGAUCUUUUUGACUGUACUCAUCUGCAGGAUGCUUCAUAAGAUACCCAAGAGCACAGCUUGGGUUUUCAAGUGUUCCCCUUGAUGCUUCGUUAUCACAACAGGCGAUCCAUGUGUGAAUGAGGCUUGUUGACGACAAUCCAAAACUGAGAGUACAGAAUUACAUCAGCAGCAACCAGCUGCACCACACUGUAAAGACACCAGUAUAAGAGAAUUAUAUUAAACAGGAGACGUUGACUGCAUUGGCAGGAGAGAGAGAAAGCUGAAAGACUGCCAGACAACAUGUACACCACUCAGAGGACAUUUUUCAUUGCUUAUCACAGAAAGGGAUUGUAAAUGGAUCACAAAACAUUAAAAUAGCCCAUAAAUAUAGUUAGGCAGGCUGCCCAGGUAUGGUCUAUCUGUGGGAAGUGGUUAGGGUUCAAUUCCAGCCUGCAGUUCCUUUCUCUCAUGUCACUCCCUGCUCUCCUUUCUCAUUUCUUGCCCUAUCUACUUUCCCAUCUUAUAAAUAAAGACAUGAAAAAACCUGAGGCAACUAAAAAAGUUGUGCAGAUCAGAGUCCAGUCCUCAAAUUCCAAUCCCCAUCCCUGUCAGGAAGGUGGUUUUCCAAAUGUUUAAGUCAAGUAUGUCAUGACAUAGCGUUUUAAUGUACAGUGGAUGGGAUUCACCACAGCAAAGGUCCCAGUCUUGUCCCCUUUACUGUUCUGCUCCUAUCAUCUUUAGAGUCAGUGACGCUACAUUUCUAUUCGCAGUGCAAAAGUUACAAGAAAUGUUCAUUUUUCACUUAUUUGAUUUAAUUUCCAGCUGAGCUAAAUUAGGAGAAAAUAUCACUUUGGACUUUUCCUGAAACAGAAGUGCGUCUUUACUUUCGUUGCUGCUUGAUGCCAAUUUAGCUGAAGGCAAAUCUAAUCCUCUUUGACACAGCUAUCUGUAACAAUGACAAGGCGGCAAUUGAAACUGUCCACUGAGUCUUUUUAUACUAAAUUAACUUAUUAUACAUUUGUGAAAGAGAGCAUGGGUGUGACAGAGAGUGUGAAUGAGGGAAAGAGAGACAGAGUUUAAAUAACCUGCCAGCUGUCUGCGGCGUUAACAUGGAUUUCUCUGGUAUGAGAAAAAGGAAACCACAUUGUCAAACAUUUUCUCCUGGUACCUGGUAAAUACACUGAACUGACGCCUACAUCCAUUCAAACAUAACACUUCCAUCAUUUGUGAGUGCACACACCAUAGUAAUUACAGAACACUCUCAACCUCUCCACAUCUCCCACUACCAUGUUGAAAGGAAGAAAAAAAACAUGUGGUCAUGUGUUUUCAAGGGCUUCAGCAUUAGGGUUGGGAAAGUUAACAUGAUGAUGUGAUUGUUAGAAGUUCCUGCACUGAAAACACAGUAAGGAUAAACACUCAUAUGAUUUCUCAGCUUUCUGACAGCUGAUAGGUUAAAAUCUUAAGUAUGUUAACCAGUUAAAUUCAUUAAGAUUGAGUUAUUUCUCUAUUAUGCUGACACGGAAACACUAAGAGAAAGGGCUCUCACUUGAUAUGAUGCCACACAACUCAACUGUCUGACGGGCAUCCAGAGUGAAAAAGGGGUCCCACACGAAAAAGCUUUUGCAAAUUUGUCUGGAAGUGUCAGGCUGGCUUGAAGCCAUGAAUUAACUGAUGUUAUUGAUUAGUAACUAGAUCAUUUAUUUGGCAUGAUUUGGCUGUAAUGUUACUGACAAAAUGCCUGGAAAAAGAAAGAUUAAGACCCAUUUACAAUUUACCACAGUGUUAGGUAAAGUCAAGAGAGGUUGGUUAGCAGCAUAGACUGUAUAUAGAAUGGACAGAGUCCGCCUCCUUGAUGGGUGAAGCCACCGCAAGAACAGCACCCUCUGUUGACGGGCUGCAGUAUAGGUCAUAAAUCCCGCCUCCUCCAGCAAUCCCUAUGGAGCUGUGGACCAACUUUAGAAAUUUAUUACACAGAAUAUACAUUUUUCUCCCCCCUUCUUGCAAUGGUGACAUGUACUUACUGUAAGACUGGAUUGUGCUCAAGUCCUCUUUUUUCUGUACAGCUCCAUUUUUAGCCGAGCGCCAUCACAGCGACUCUCAACGACUCUCCUGCCGAAUGCUUACAACGCUACUGCGCAAUGUUGAUUUCAGGAAAUGUAGAGAAAUUACAGAAAUACCGAGAGCUCUUUGUCUUCAAAUCUGUGUACUGGCGGAAGGCAGAACCAAGUUGUCUGUAGUAUAUACAGUCUAUGGUUUGCAGCCCAAACCCACAGGGAUUAAUUUAAAGGACCAGUGUGUAGAAAUAGGAAUAUUAGGAGAAAUCAAGCGGUCGGAUUAAAGAUUAAAAUGGUCUCUCACUCACCUCUCUCAUUAGAGAGACCUUUGUGGACAAGGAGCCUCUAUGAUGCAUAACAAGUGCGAUCCUCCAUAUGGAGUUUUAACCAUUAAUGUUGUCUUGUAUGUCUGCCGCCUCUCAGUAAAAGGAAAAAAAAUGUAAUGUCUGCAUUACGACAGUAGUUUGCCCAUUCUGUAGAGAAGGUACCAGAAAACUGACAGCACCCAUUUUUGCUUUUCCGAGACAAAUAUUUACAGUGAGAGUUACAUUUCAAUGUUAAAGGGAGCAGGAUGAUAUUUCCAUCAAAAACAUGACUUAUGCAUGUACAGAGCAAGAGCAUCAAAGAUGAUUGAAGUAUCAUUUUCUUCCUCCAUGUGAAUAUUUCAGUAACUUCUAGUGUUUCUUCCUUUGAGCUGGAUUCAUGCCCCUCUUGGAUCACAUUUUAUUUCUACCCAAUAAAAUAAUAAAAACACACAGGGCUCUCCAUGGAGAGAAAGAGCUGUAUAGUGCACAGUGUCGAGUUUAUGAAGGAAGUGUGCACUGAAUCAGUAAAAAAGUCAUGGUGUGUAUGUGUGUGUGUGUGUGUGUGUGUGUGUGUGUGUGUGUGUGUGUGUGUGUGUGUGUGUGUGUGUGUGUGUGUGUGUGUGUGUUUUCCGGUAUGUGUGCAUGCCCCUGUGAUGACUGUUGACAGUGUACAGUAUGUGUUCAUUAAUCAAGUACAUACUGGAGCUGUCAAGAUCUGAGUCUGGCCCAGAUCCACCUGCUACAGGGACAGUACCACUGUAUGUUACCUGAUACUGCGAGUGAGCAUCUAUUUAUUUGUGUCCGUACAUGCCCUCACAUAUAACAGAUCUAAUAAAGACACACUCCAUCACAGUUUGCAUGCUGAUGGUCUCAUCCUGUUAGCCCUGCUGCCUGUUUACUGUCCCUGUAGCUUACAAGCUGACCUCACAUUCCUGUUAUACUGCUUUCUCAUAUAAGAGGUCUCUCUAGGUCUCCCCAGCAGCUGGCUGUCAGCCAGUUGGCAGGUCCCUGUCUUAGUGAAUACUGAUUUAACUCCCAUCAGAAAGAAAAGGACACUAAAUAAUGUUCCACAAAACCACUUCUUGCUACGAGAACGUGCUUGAUUUGUCUGCUGUUAACAUUAUUAAUUAUUAUUAUUGAACUAGAUUUGGUGGCUAGAGGAGCAUACUUUGAAUUUCCCUUCAAGGAUCAAUGAAGUUCUUAUCUUAUCUUAUCUUAUUUUAUCUCAUCUCAUCUCAUCCCAACUCAACUCAACUCAUCUUAUCCCUGUGGACUCUGUGGUGGAGUGAAUUUAAAACUUCACUUGCCUUUGCUCAGAACAUCACAACAAGGAGCCUUAAAGCAAGAUGGUCACCUCCAUGAUCCUGGUCUAGUGUCCUCAGAGAAAUGAUCUGAGUUUGUUCAGUUUAUGUCCAUGUUCUCUGCUGUUUCACAUAAAUUAAUCCAGGUCAGAUGAGAUUCUUACUUGCUAUCGUGUUAUUUUACUUCUAUUAUGUUCCUCAUAAAUUAGACACACGUGCGCUGAAGUAAAAUUGUGUUAGAAAAUAUUUCAGGAGUUGUGUUUGGAAACAGAGAUAGGCCAUUUGACAAGUCAGAUGCUGUUUGGAAAGAGUGCUAUGCUGCUCUCCAACAUACAGGCAGCCUGACUAACCUUAUGACUCACCUGAAGAGGCGACAGGAUGUGACCAUGGAGGCAUCCUCUGGGGCCUCAGCAUCCCCUGCCUGAGGUUAAUAUUUAUCCGAGCCCGCUGGCUCCAGGAGUGGGGAGCAAAAUACUGCAAGAUUUUGUCAUGUCCUGCUUCCUGACAACUCUUUUUAAAGACAAUACCUGAUGCUACAGCCAUCUCUACCUGUAAAGAGAUCCAGACUAAGACUGAUUUAACUAGUUUUAUGUUUUUUGUAUUUGUAAGCAGACUUCUUUAUUCAUGGUUCAUUUGUUUUACAUCGUUCAUAGUAUUUUCUCACAAAGCCAAACUCCGAUGGAGAGGCCAAUUCUCAGACCCAAACAGUUGGAUUCAGACACAGUUGGAUUUUCUAUGUCACAAAUCCAUGCUCCGCCCCCUGGAGCCUCGCUCUGCAGGCCAGACCCCGAGAAGCAGAGAGGACGAACGAGGAAUAAGUGUGUGCAGUAGCGGAUUGCAAUGCUAAUCAUUGCAAAGAAAGCUAAUCAUGAUAUUGGCCUUCAUCGUUCCCCCAGACAUUAGUGUUUGAGAGCUAAAUAGCCCCUAUGUCACCUGCUACUUCUACUACACCGGCAAUGUUAGGUUACAAGCUAGCGUGAAGAGGAGGGUGCAAAGCAGUGCUGUCUCUGCCCACGACUCAGAGGCAAAUUGCUAAUUAGCGCUCUGCAGAAGAAAAGCCCUCAACAAAAACAUCCACAACAAUUGUAAGAUUAUUCAAGCAUACACAGACACACAGAUCCCUCUUUGGGCUGGUUUUAGUCUUAAUUUGACCCCACAGUCAAAUACUCAAGCAGAUUUAUCAAAAGUAUCACAGUUGAAAGAUAAAGCACGAGAUACUUCAAGAGCUAGUUUGUCUGUCAUGCUCCGACCAUCAGGAGCCACAUGUGUAUUUCUCCUGCUGCAUGCGGUGUUGUUAUUCACAUCAAUGAAACAUGGCUCAGCUUGGCUUUUGCCGGUCGUCCUCAGAAGCUGCGUCUCCCAGCCAGCUGCAGGCUUUGAUGCGCCUGCUGUUCACCGCUCGCCCCGCCAUCCUGCAGACGUCUUGGCAGCCCUCCAAGGCAGCAUCUUGUUAUAAACCCUCACUUCCCCUCUGUGAACCUUUGGUCACUCUGGCUCAUUGCUGCUCAACACUCCAGCUUGCCUUGAAGCCAGCUGGGAUGCAUCUCAUUAGAUUCAGUUAAUUUGAUGUACCUGAUGUUCACGCUGUGUUUCCGUUCGCGCCUUACUGAGACAAAAUGGUUUUUCUUUCAUGAUGUUGAAGUGAUGAUCCUCAGACUGUUACCUUUGAACUCUGGGCUUUUCAAUUUUAUUAACGGACAUAGCGUUGUUGUUGUUGUUGGCGGCGGUAUAGUAGUGGUGAUGCACUUACAUUUUAUGAUAAUGGUGCAGGUUAUAGUGCCAACAUACCACUGUCUUCUGCAAGUUGCAAAACCUUGAAUGUAUGAAUGGAAAAGUGUGUCAGGGUGUCUGCAAGGAAAGUAAGCCUACUGGUUUGCUUCUUUUUUAGAUAUAGGUGUCGUAAGUAGGGUUAGUCCACCCUGCAUAAGUGAUAAGACAUGGCUGCUGUCGAAAGAGUCAAGAAAUUGAAGCAGGAUCAUGUCUUCCCUUAGAAAGCAAAUUCAGGGUAUGGAAAAAGAAAGAAGAGAUUAAGGGGAAAAGGACACUGAGGAAAAAUUAUUUCUUUAAAACUUUAAGCUGAGCACAGCUCAUACAAGAAUGGUCAUGAAUUUGAAUGAAUGGAGCCCCAACCAAAAAUCCUGGAGAUUUAAAUGAUGAACAUCAGUCUUGAAACUUCAAAAUUCUUUGGUUUAGAAGUCACGUACUUUUCCCACGUUAUCAACAACUAUUUCCCAAAAAAAUUACAAUAACAAUCUACUUCAAAGAAAUUACAUGAAAUGUCCUUUAUACAGUAUUUAAGCUAAUUGUGAUAUGAGGCAGUCAUGGAAAUGUUGAUUGGAUUAGGUCUGGGUUGCAUAUAAUUUUCCUGUGUUCGCAAAAUAAUGAGCAUCACAUGUACAAUCACAAAAUAACCUCCUCUAUCACUUUUACCUCAGGAAAAAAAAGGUUCGCUUUCGAGAAAUAGUUUCACUUUACUUAGUGAGCUAGCCUAAAAUAUUUUAUUUCAACAGAUUCAGUUAAAACUGCAGAUUUGUGUGUUAGUACUUCAGUUCUAAAAUUAAGCUGGCUAAACUGUUUUCAAUCAUAUCACUGUUCAAUCACUGUUAUAAUGCCAGUAACAUUGAUUAACUCUAAAAUCUUUGAACCUUUUUAUUAAGUCAUAGCUAUUAAAAGUCUUCAAAAGGUGAACCAUACAUUCACCCCUGUGUGGUAACCCUACAACACCCUCAGCUGUAUGUAACUUAUCACUGCAGAUGUCUGGAAAAUAGAAAUUUUGAAUUGUUACUAAACUUUUAAGUAGUUCUGGCUUCGCUUUAAAACAAUACAGACACAGAUUCCUGAUCAUUGGGUUCAUCUGAGAUCAAUCUCAUGCAUGUAUUUGUUUAUUAAGAAUUUUCCUUUAUUUUUCUUUUUUACUCAGUUUUAAAUACUUUGGGUUUCAGAUAUAGUCCAUAAUUUUUUCAGCAAAUAGCAAAGCAGAAACAGUAAAAAAUGGAAUAUCAUAAAAUGCUGGUAUGUUUAUGUAUCACUUAAGAUUCCUUUUUCUACACAUGACACCUAUAUAACCUGAUGUAAUGGUUUGUUCAGCACUGUAAGGGUUUCAUGCUGGGAGUGUGUCAUAUUAACCUUUUGUAGAAAAGAAACUCAGUGAUACACUUACGCAUUUGUAGAGUACAAGCAUGAAAAUAAUACUUUCCUCACAAUGUGGUGUUCAAAGCCGUGCUCAGCAGGUGGGCCAAGCGCAGUAAUAUUGGUCUGAAUAAUGGAAACAUUUAAUGGAUGCAGAAGUGCGUUAAUGUGCACAUGCACGGGUGUGAAGCCUCCCAAGGGUUCUCAGUGUUAAAGUUAAGUCAUUCUGUGUGAAAAUAUUGAGCAUAUUUAUGAGAUUUAUUAAUACAAAAACUGAUUUUUGCAUCUAAUGAAAACAAUUGGGAAUUAUUUAACUCAGGCCAUCCUCACUCAUUUCUGUUAAUUACAAGUAACAUAAAUCCUACGGUGAACUCAGCAUUUCAGCAUAUUCUCCUUAUUCUUCAAUGUUUAUAUUUACCUGGAGAGCAGCAGCUGGUCAGCAACAUAAAUCUAACUCAUCUUCAAAGAGAGAGAGAGAGAGAGAGAGAGAGAGAGAGGUGGAGAUAGAUUAUUAAUUAAAAAUGUUUCCCUAAAGAGAGAGCCAGCAGCUCUGGCUCUGUAAUUAAAGCUUUUCAGUCCCAACAUUUAUCCCCUCUUAUAAUUAUUUCAGCCUACUAAGUGGAUGGUUGGGGUGUGUGUGUGUGUGUGUGUGUGUGUGUGUGUGUGUGUGUGUGUGUGUGUGUGUGUGUGUGUGUGUGUGUGUGUGUGUGUGUGUGUGUGUGUGUGUAAAUACACGGUUUGAAUGAAUUACUAAAGAUUGGGCUUUCAAACAAGGACACACUCCAAUCUAGAUGGGAUAGAAGUGAAAUCAGUGGGAGUUUCCUCAAAUCCAAAGAUUCAUUGAUGAAUUUAUUCAGGUCCAAAGGGAAUAAAACUUGAUCAAGGUGGCAGCUCAGACAACAGCCUCAAAACACACUCUCUUCCCUCUCUUUGAUAACGGCUCUCUUCAGCUUUUCUACUUACAUGAAAACACUUUUUCUUUCUUCGACAAAGACGCAAAAUCAGAUCAGAUCAUCAGACAUGAGUACUCACACGAUCUGUUUAUCAAAGUGAGAGGCCCAAAGUGAGUAAGAUUUCCACGGGGAACUCAAGAAUUGACUGUUCUCUCACAUCUUCAGAUGAGUUUUAAAAUGGACAGUCAAGUUUUAAAAUCCUGUCAUUUUAAUGUUCAGUGACCAGUAACUUGACAGAAAGUAGUAGUAAAGUAGAACUUCAUUUCCUUUAUUUUUGCUACUUGAUUAAACAGGUUUGUUCUGCACUUUAUGUGUAAUGGAUUGUUCAGUCUCAGAGAAAAUCUGGGGCACUGUGGUCCACGGCACAAGGAGAUAUGCUUAGGGAUUGUAUAAAACAUAGCGAUGCAUUUAUGUGUUAGCACGUAUGCAUGUGUGUGUUUUUGUUAAGGUGACCAGACGUCCCAGAUUUCCAGAGACAGUCCCUGAUUUGGAUGACCUGUCCCCGGCUAAAGCUGUCCCUGGAAAUGUCCCCGAUUUAAGAGUUCCAUGAAUGAAAAAAAAAAAAAAAGGUGCAUGUAGGUAGUAAGCACGAGUAAGCACAGUCAUGAACAACAGUGGUGGCGUGCAGAAAUGGUCCUUGAUUGGCUCUGCCGCAGGGCUGCUUUUGUGUGUGAUUGGCUAUCCCUGCUGUCAGUCAUACCAUGCCCGCCGGACUAGUGUUUUGCAAGUUGCUUGUCGGAGUCAGUCCAUUAACAUCGCUUUUCGCCGAUGCAAGUUUACAGGAACGUUCAUUUUCCCUCUGUAACGUCACAUUCAUUGGAGGUUUCAUUUACAUCCCUGUAUUGGGUUUGUACCUCCAUCCAUCUGCUGGACAUAAUGCCUCUACUGUUACUCUGUGUGCGAGAUGUGCUGUUUGCUAGGCUAUAAGUAAAGGUGGGAACUGAAUCCUGGAAUAAAUGAAUAAAUCUGAGCUGAUCAUUGACAAAGUCACAUGCGCCCCCUCACCACCACCACCACCUUUGAAAUCAAAAUUUCAUCCAUGGUGAGAGAUGAUUGUUAUGACAUUGUGCUUGUCUUCUGGUAUCCCUAGAUAAGCUCCCUAUGAACAGCAGUAUCAUGAUACAAAAGUAGAAAUAUUACCGUCUACAAGCUCGCAACCCUGAAGUCAAAGUCCCUAUAACAGCAAAACCACAGAUUCAUUAUCAGAGUGGGGUUACUGCUGGGCCUCUCUGUUUGUGCUUUAAUAUGCUGUAUGAACUUGGACGCCCGUGAUACUAUCUCAGUGAUGCUCCCAGUAUGGAGAAAGUACUGUGUCAGCGACCUGAGACCUCAGAUUAAGGUUUUGUUGGUGUGAGGUGCAGACCCUAAGGCUAUUUGUACAAUGUGGGCGCUUGGCAUAGAAAUGUUGUUUGGAGUGCAGUACAUUUAUCUAAAUGCUCUGCACCAAGUAUACAAUAGGGCUAAUCACUGAAGGCAAUCUACAGCAGCAUAAUUUACUGACGUGAACAUUGCUGCUACGUUUGCUCUGAAAAGACUAAACAGUGAGAACGGUUUUGAUAAUCUGGAGAGAUGAAACCACAGCUCCUCAAUCAUUCUUCUGCUGACUCGCUGUCAUCAUGACAAUCCGGCUGCCUGCUUUUUCAGUCUCAUGCGACUAAUGCAAGGUGAAAUCUUUGCGUACUCCUCGUCUGAUGGUACAGUUAAGAUAAUUAGUUACAGCAGCCUCAGAGGUUUCAUAAUUAGGCUUUUGGCUUGCUGCUAGUGUGAAAUCGUCUCUCACAGCUCUCUCCAGUUCCGCUUUGUUGUGUCUCAAUACCCUGUAAUGAGAGGAAGUCAUCUCCCAUCCUGCACUCUGACUCAUUUACUGUUUUUAAAGGAAUGCAGUCAAUUUCAUUUCACAUUAUUCUUAACAAGCAGGAAGGGAAAUAACAUGUUCAACACAUAUCAGCGUAAAUUGCGUCCUGUUGAGGCUUCCCUGUGCAGAACUCUUAUCAGUUUUGGCAUCAGCUAAACUUCAUGCUCUGCACACUGAAAGUCCAUUCUUUUGUUGCAUGCAUGAGUGCAAACGCGCACAUACACACUCUCAUAACAAUCCCUCCAGGCCUCUUGUCAGUUUCAGGGUGCACACACACCUAUUGAAGCAUAGAAAAGCUCCUAAAAUAUUAAUAGAGAGCGCAUCAUGCAGAUAGAGAGACGAGCAGAGGAGAGCAACGGAAGGGGAAAGAAUGAGGACAGAGUCUGUGAGAGAAGAGAAAAGGGAAAGAUGAGAUGAUUAGAUGAAACUUUAAUUAUCCCUGUUGUGGGAUUAAGUCAAACUGAGACAUAAAGAGUUGUAAAGGAAUUUAAUCUUUCUUUAUUUUAUUUUUUUGGCUGAGUGGUUUGAUUUCUGCGCAUAUUUAUGGAUUUAAUUAAUUAGACCUCAAAGAAUGAAAAGGUCUUUGUGUGUGUGUGCAUGUGUGUUUUAUCCAAACUUUUAACAUGGGAGGACAUACCAUAUAAGACAAAGCUUUACACAUUAAAAACACUGUAAAACUUCUUUACUGCAUAGAGUGAAUGGGAUAGAAAGUUGGACUGAAAUUACUGUCCUGAUUGUUGUCCAACAAGAUCUGAAAUGCUGCAGUUUCAUAUAUUUUUUAUUACCUCCACAGCUCAUCGUGUAAAAAGUCUAAAAAAGUCUUUAAAAAGUAUACCCAGUGGUAUAAGCAAAAAAAAGAGUAUGGGUGUUCCCAUAUGAGAAUCUUUCAGUAUCUAGUAAAUGAUUGGUAUUACAUUCUACCACUCCAAAGUUAAUAAAAAAAUCCAGAAAGUAAUGCUGAUUUUCACAACACACAUUUAUUGAAAAACUACUUCAGUAUGUCAAACGAAGAUUCCCCGCAUCUCUGUAUCACUAUGCCUUUAUCUAAUUUCCCACCAGGCAAUAAUAAACUAUAUACAGCAGCUUUAGUUGUGGUGUAACAAAGCCAUCAGGCCUUCACUUGAGAGCAAUGAAAAGAAGCUGAGUCCAUUUUCAUCUCACAACAAAGGCAGACAUGGAUAGCAGAGGAGAGUGGCUGUUAGAGAGAGAAAUAAAGGCAGGGAGGGAAUGUUUGAUGAAUUUGACGAUGAUGAUGAUGACAUCUGUGAAGAAAUAAAAUAAUGAGGUAAAUUCAUUCAGGCCUGCGUCAUCAUCCCGUUCUGCUUUGGUUUGUGUCCUCUGUUCAAUUUUUUAGUGAGGCCAACAAGGCUGUCAUCUUUGUUUACAUGUUUCGAAAUGCAGAGACAUGAGAGAUUUUAAUUUGACAUAAAACCUGUAACCUGUAACAUCUCUUAAAGGAUGGUGCCAAGCUGUGCAUCAUGGGUAAUAAACUGUAGGUGUCAUUAAACCCAGAGCAGCUGUAACAUGGGGAGGACAGGAAAGGGUGCUGGCAGCACCAAAAAAGACCCAGCAUGACAGGGUUACAUAAAGAUCAAAUUUAGAAACAGCAAGACAGCAUACAAGAGUUCCAGCCCACUUAAGGCGCUAGGACUACUGGGAUGAUACUCGUGAUAUAACAAAAUCAUUCAUAUACAGAAGCUAGAAUCACAGUGUGAACAUUGGUUUUACUUACUGUUAAUUUGGAGGGGUGGUCCGACACCCCAACACCACUCCAAUUCAAGUGUACAGGAUAUUUUAUCAAUGCAAUCUGUGUAAUUCAAAGGGAUAUUCCGGUGUAAAAUUAAUUUAGGGUCAAACACACCAUAACACUGAGUUAGACACCCCCUCGAGAGAUGAAUAUUGUCGACUGCGUGCUUCUCUAGUUAUACCAACUUUAGUAACGACCGCACACUAGCAAUACACAGCGGUCUGAGGAGCCAUGAACAAACCUCAACCAAAAUGCCACUCUAUAGCUACAAAUAAUACUCAGAACAGCACCUAACUUCAUCAAGAGUACAUAUAGGGUCCCAGCCAUAGCACUAGCCACCGAACAUCUUUUUUACUUUGCCUAAUUUCUUUCGCAAAGACACCAAACUCAACUCACCUACUUUCUUCCAGCAGCCGCUUAUUUGUAGGCAGACCUCGGGCCAGUCCAUUACGGACUACAGCGGGUUGACACAGCUCAUGGAAGAACAUUUAUGAUCAUUUCUUUAUCAUUUCCAGUAAUAAUCACCGUCUUGCACUGCAGACGCAGUAGUUCUUCUGCCUUAGCAUCUCAGUCUGAUUGCAUGUCCAUGAAGAAAUGAUCAUAAAUGUUCUUCCUUUCAUGAGUGAAAGGCUAACCUAUUUUUACUGAGUGCAGCUCGUAACCCUGUAUUGAUAUUAUUGAUAUUAUAUUAACGAAAUUAAAAGUUUUGAAAACUUCAGCAGCAAAAAUAUAUAAACAGUUCUGCAACUUGUUUUUUUUUUUGUUUAUUGUUUUUUCCAAAAUAAAAGCCUCAUCUGUUUUUAUCCUCUUUAGCUACUGCUCAUUUUUCCCAUGCAGUGUUUUUAUUCUGAAACAGUUAUCAGGUGCUUGAGAUUACUUGUAAAGCUCUGUGUAUGGCCCCCUGAUAAACAUCCUUUGAACCUCACAGAUUUAAUAUUAAUUUCCAAAUGAGUGCAUAAAACCGAGACUAGAACUUCAAAAAUUACAAAUACUGUUUCAACAAAAUAACUAUACAAUAAUCACAGAAAUUAAAUAAUAAGAAAUAAAAUUAAAUUUUGAUUGUGGCUGAUGACUGAUGGACCCAUAAAUCACUGGGUCUAAGUAUCCUUAAGGCAGUCUUUUCAUUAUUGCUCAUUUGGCAUCUGCAGAGGGGAAGUGGUUCUUGGCAAGCUUGUACUUGUGGUGUAUAAAGUGAAGUGUACUGAAAGUUUUUUUUAACACACAAAAAAAAAUGUUCCAUGCUUUUUCAUAGCUUGGCUAUUAUUAGCAAAUGACCAAAAUCUCUCUAAUUCUUACUGACUCACAUCUUGUGCAACAGUAUUGGGGAAGCUGAUGGACCAUCUGCAUUUAGCCUAAUUGAACAACUUAUUUUCCUCUCUUUUACCUCACUCGCUCUCACAAAACACUCAUUCCAUUAAAAGAAAUUAAAUUACUGCCUCCAAUAUUCAAAAGGGAAAUGCACCGUCUAUGCUCUGAGGUAUAUUUUCUGAACUUCAGUCCAUAAUGUGGGCUUUGUGUUUGCUGUUAAAGUCAGGCUAAUCAGGCUAAUGCUUUAUUGUGUCUUUUAGGGUUUUUAUUCAGAGCUCUGCACAGACACUAAGCCAAAACAGCCAUCCCAUUACUGCCUAUCAGCAAAUGAAGCCCCCUCUCUCUCCCCCCUUUACCCCAGAAGGACAUUUAGACACCAUGGUUAAUUCAUCACAGAGAUACAAGCUGAGGUUCAUUUUUCAUCAUUUCACAGAGGAAUUGACUUUAGUUUACAUUAAUUGACAGAUACCUGAGCAUGUUUACAGGCCCGGGGUGGAACAAUAGAUUCUCUUUUCAUAUUUUAGGGAUAAGUUCCAUUUGUAUGUAAAUUUGUUCUGUGGAAGUUUUUGUCUGUUCAAUGGUGCCAUACCUAAAUUCAAAAUACUUCUAUAUUGCAAUCUCUUGUUGUUGUUUUUGUUUUACUUUUUAACAUGAUUAAUUUUAAAUCAUUAUUAUUUUGCCAUCAGUUCAGCGUUGACAUGUUUAUCUUGCUCUGUGCCCGGCAUGUUGGAUUGUCAUAUCACUGUACAAACAUGUUGCACAUGUGCACACACACAAAAACAAACAGACACCCCUGCCUUAAGAGCAGCUGCUGAACAUCACCAAAGAGACGCUAAACAAUCAGAGGAGUGGUUGUAAAAUCUGCAAACACAUAUGGGAGCGUGUAUUCAAAUUCCAAAUUGCAGCCUUUUGUGCAGUGACAUGACAGCACAUACAUCAUGAUUGCAAUUGCAAUCAGACUGACUGUGCAGCAUUAUUGUCAACAAAUAUUUGAGUAUGUAGGACAUUAUUAACACGCAUAUAUCAUUUGUUAUUUGACUCUUCACUGUGGUUUUACAGCCCACAACUUGACUGUUUUCUUCUACAAAUAUCAUCAGUUAGGUUUUCAACAGCAGCAGGUAGCAGUUUCAGUGACAAAGCUUAGCAGGCUGACAAAAUAGUACUAUUGUAGCGGAACAUCUCCUUCAAAAGCCAAGGAAACGAAACUAAAGCCAGUAAGAGUGCAAAUGAAAUUGGUAUGAUUGUGUUUUCUGAAAGAGAAAAAAGCCAUCUCGUGGUCUUGUUUGAAAUCUGCCUUUUUUUCUGUAGCCUUCAAUACUGUGCCAUUACUGAACUAGAGCUCUUACAAUAUAUUGACAAGAUCUUUUGAAGCAUGUUGAAUAUUGCUAUUGAGUUGAAAACUAAACAUACUGUAAUAUUGUUAAUGUCAUUGAUUCCCUGUAGAGGGUAGUAGUUGUUCUUUUUACCUGGUCACCAUCCUCCAUGAAACAGAGGAAGUUAAGAGGAAGAAGCAGCAGCUGCUGGCUGGCAAGCUGUAGCAGUGAAUGUGGCUAAACUGGUGUGUGGCUCUAUAACAGUUCUUUUUACCAUUUUCAUUCAGUUGUGUAACUUACCGUCUACCAAAAGUAGCAAUUACUUCAUUUCAAAAGCAUGUUUUUUCAACAUAGAAAUAAAGAAAUCUAGAUACUAGACAGUAAAAAAGCAAAUGGUACAAGGACUGUCAUUCUAGAGAGCUUUCUGUAGGAGCCUCUUGCCUUCGACAUUUGGACCUGGGAGUGAACCCCUGCCCUUCCAAGUACGAAAUGACCAGUUCAACCACUGGGCCAUAGCUUCCCUAAGCCAAAACAUCAAAAUAACAGCAUCACAAACAAUUGUAUCAUGUGGAAGAUUCUUCUCCAGAUAAGUUUCCACAACAGGGCUGGUGAUACAGUUAAAUGACUUUGAACACAAUAAGAAAUUGAUGACAGUGUAAGUAGGUCAAUUGCAUAUGAGGAAAAUUUGUGAAGUAAAAUGAUGCUCCACCCUUGUCUCGCCUUUCCUUAAUUUGACCAAAUCAAUUGAUGUUUUUUUCCGUGUCUUCCUUUAUCAUCAUCGUGACUAUUUUUUAGCUGCAGCGUUUUUGAAAUGAAGUUGUGCUAUCCUGACAGCCCUGGUCCGAACCACAUAUCCCAGAGAGCACUUCAGUCUUCCAGAGUGAGACAUGUCAUGUCUUUGCCCUCCAUCUUUUUCUAGGAUGCUUUAGUCUUCCACGGGUCGAGUUUCGUCUUCACUUCAGCUUCUGUGUAUCUCUGUAUUCCUCCCUUUAUUCGUCCUAUCACUCUUUUGCUUUCACCCUCUUACCCUCACAAGGGUUGCAGAGGGCUGUGCCGUAUCUCAGCGUUCAAUCUUUCCUGCACUUGGUUACGUAAAGUAAGCCCUAUUUUUUUUCUAUUUUUCACUUCAAGGAGCAAGAACUUGAGAGUCAGAUGUUGGGUGUUCACUUUAAGCAUAGAUUUAAAACCUCUUUUUCUCCAGAUUUUCAUUGUCCUGGCCCUUAGUUGCAUUCUGCAUCUCCAACCCAGUACUGGUGCCAUGUUUGCUUUCCUGACACCUGUCUUUGUUAGGUGUCAUGCUAUCUAGUGAGGAUUACUAGUUAACCUGAUAUCAAAGGUUGGUUGUUGUCUUUUCACAAGUCAUUGUUAUCAGUUGUUAGCAGGUUAUUGGGUGUCAGCUGUGUCCUUGUCCAAAAAGAAACCCUCCUCGAACCUGAAAAUGGACACUGUAUGUGACUUCUGUCCAAAGCUGUUUUUAAGGUGGCCAUUACAGGGUGUACUCUGUCUCCUCUGCAAGUCUCAAUCCACUCCACCCAACUGCUUGCCACUUCAAACUAACCACCCCACAAUCAUCGUCUCCCUUUCUUUGCAACCCUUUAUCCCUCCUCAUCAGUCUGCAUCCACCCACCAAUACUUGAGAGCCGCCAGCCUGUGUGGCUGCUUCUUUCUGUGUGGCUGAAGGACUCCUCAGCACUGAUACUAAAGGUGUCUGAUUAAAUCUCCAGUGAUGUUCCACUUACUGCAGCUUUGAACACACUCUGCUGCUCCGGGGAUGGAGGGAUACUGUCUGGAAGAAUUACUGAAAAAUGUAUUAAGUGUAUGACGACAUGUGGAAAAAAUAAAACCCUCUGCUGUGUUUAUCUUGUGAGGGUUGAAUCAGCCUACCUAAUGUGCAAAAAGGUCCUAGACUGCCGCCUAGGUAUAACCAAUGCCAUUUGUUAGUAGUGAUCAAUAUCUGACAUUUUUUUCCUGCUGAUAGAAAACGUUAAUUCCCCCUGAGACCACAGCAAACCUUUCAUAAUUCAGCGUAAAAUGUCAACACUGCAAAUGUCAAGGAAGGAAAUCAGUCAUUCCUUUCCUUACAAAUAAUAAUCAUCUUUGUUUUGAUGUUUAAAAAGGCUUUUCCUUGUUAUUCAUCGAAGCCUAAUUACACACUAGAAUUAUCAAACAAGAAAGCAUUAGUACUGCUUUGUAGUCUCCACCGUCAGUUUCCAACCAUGUCAUCAGGCCUUUUGUUUUAAUGUGCUAUUGAUGGAACGACAAACAGGAAACUUAUUUCCAGGGACACAGCGCUCCUUUCCUUGAAGAAACAACUUCACUGUUGGCGUCUUUCUUUUUAUAGGAGCUGUGACUAUAAGGAACUUUGUUGAGCAACUUUAUCCCAGCAUGCACUGUGCAGACUCAGGCUGAUUUUUGAUUCACACGACUACUGUAGAAUACUGAAUUACAACUUUAUCACACAUUAUUUGCUGUACAGUGGACAGGCAGGCAGGAAGUCCAACCUCAACCUGAUCAUUUACUCUUAACCACGAGGAUGAAUUUGCUGCAUGCACUGCAAUUUAGUUGGCCAACUGCGUACUCCUUCAUAGUGAAAUCAGGCCUCCCUUUUUUUCCUGAUAGCACAUACACAACUGGCAGACACCAUCUGACAACACAGUGCAAUCUGGACAUUUGUAAUACACAUGAGACACACAGCAAUCAGCCACAACAUUAAGACUCAAGUUAUCAAACAUUGCUGGUUAGUUAAAACUGAUAGAUUUACUCACUAAGUUUGUGCAGUAUGAAAAUAACCAUCGUAAUUACUCGGUGAAGCAGCAUUAGCAUAACCUCUUCCAGCUCUGGUUCGUUAUUAAUGUCCCCUGCCUUCAUCUCACUGGGAUAUUGCUAAUUACUUCUCUGAAAGUGGCAGACUCAUAAGCUGAAAUGGGAAAUACAUCUUUGACAUCAUGCCUUGUAAACAGUCUCUAAAUGUUCUCCUUCCUGGAGGUGGUUUGUUAAAAUCAAAGCUUGGCCAUUUGGAUGAAGUGGCUCCACCUCGGACUGCUGAGCAAACGCCAGUCGCACUUAGGGGAUUAGUAAGCGCAGCUCUGGGCUCUACAAGCUUGGUGGAACUUUUCAGGGUUUGGUACUUUGUACAGAUAAUUAUUACUGUCUCCUUCCUGCUCAUAAACUAAAACUCAUCACUAUGUUCUUGUCUUUUACCGUAAAGAGGGAAGAAUAGUGCUGGUGUUUACAAGACAGAGAGCUUAGGCCUGAAUGAUCAUCAGCACUGAGGAGCUUUUUAACCUUGGGUGAUAGCCUUGUGUUGUGACUAUGCUGACCUGAAUUUUAGUCACCGUCCGGGUGUGGGAGUGAGGUGUUUCUGACAUGCUUCUUGUAAAAUCCAAUGUCCAAUCCAAGGUUAUUGCUGAGUUAUCCUUUUGCCAUUUAUUGAUUUAAUGAAAAACGAACAAACAAAAAGACAGAUACAUCCAACUUACUAUGAUGGUGAUGUUCGUGAUGAGGGUGAGUGGUGUCAGAAAUUAGGGGUAGAAACCGCAUGCUCUACCCGUUCCCCAAUGAACAACACCCAAAAAAUAAUAUAGAUGAAAUGGCUCAUACACCUUUCUUCUUGAAUGAUAAGAUAUUCGAGAUUUGAGAUGGUGUAAAAUGUAAGCAUACUGUUCAUAAAUGUUCUGACGAAUACUGACAAGAUGAAAUUGUUGGCUCUGGUUAGCGAACAACCAGAUACAUCACUGUUUGUUUACCUUUUAAAACGAAUCAUUUACCAAGUGUGCUGUUACAAAUUCCCCCACUCAUCUUUCUCGUUGUCACUGAUGAUUUUCCACCCAUUGCAUGUCAGCAACAAGUCUGUUUACAGUUUCUGGUAGGGUCCCAAUACUAGCUGGCUAUCAGCGAUCAUAUAAAAGCCAAAUGAAAUUCAUGCUGGCAGCUGGCAUCACCAAAAAACCGGUGCCUUAUUACAACCUGCAGCCUGAAGACAAGAGACGAGCUGUGGACAUAUUUGUAAAGGACGAGACUGAGAGUAUUGUCCUGAUUAGAGUGAAGGAUUAAAGAUUGAGGAUGGGGGAAAAAAACAACAGAUUUAGGAAAACUAAGCUGCUCACAGUGUCUGCUCAGGUAAUAAUGAGGAUGUAGGUUGAUCCUCUGACGGUAAUACACAAGAAGUCUCCAAAUUUAAUAUCCAAUAAACUCUUGAUUAUUCACAAAAUGGAUGUGCCCUGUGGUGACAUUCUUUGACACGGACACAAAACUCAUCAUAACAACAAUUGUUGUUUAGCAUAUGAUGCUGAUGAACCGAUUGCUAACUCCAUCAGAGCAAAGCUGUAUUAUGUGUACCUUCACAAAUCUAUUUAUGAUUUCUUCAAACUCACAUUUAGACCCUGAAUUCAUGGAGUUAAAUGUUCCUCCAAGUAGUGAAGAGGGAAUUAGUACAUGGAAAUGUGACUGAUUGAGGCAUUCAGUUUUUUUCUAUGAUACCAGGGAGCUAAAGUUAGAUAAACCUUUUUUAGCCAAGAUAACCAGAUAUAUUGUGUUUUUCUUUCUUCAUACUGAAAUCUUCACACCCAGGAGAAACAUCUUCCUUUUAAAACUAUCCUUCAAUUGUCUGAGAAAUUUUUGGCAAAAACAUGAACUAAAAUAGGAAAGAAAUGAAAGUGGAGAACCUCUGACCAAAUCAUGAAUAAAACAACACAAGUUACAAAGACUAAGAUAUGACUGAAAUCAACUGGGAUCCCCUUAAAAUUGAAAUGAUGCAUCUUAAGGGGCUUAUCCGGAAAUAAUUAAUUUCCUGCACACAAUUUUCUGAAAAUGACUAUGACUAAAACUAAAUCAAAAAGUCAUAACAAAAUUAACUGGAGACUCACAUCACUGCAAAUAAAGUGCUAAAAAUGGUAUCAUCUUUGUUUACUUAGAAGAGAAACAUGCAGCCCCACUGUCAUAUUAUCAUGGGCAGACUGACAGGAUGUAAAACACAAAUGUUUGCAGGUAAAUGGAGAUGAAAGUGAAAGUGCUUUUCCAUGUCUAAAACCAAAAACAGGAGUAUUGUACCUGUAUGUUGGAUCCUCAUCAGUAAAGACAACAGCCCUCCUUAGCACGUCAUGUUGUUUCACGUAUCUCACUGUUAUGCCGACAAGUCAUGUUCAAGUUUGAAUUUCAUGACAUGAUGUAACAACUGCAAAGUUUUCCAAGGUACAUAUUUCAUCAUUGCGUGAAUGUAUGACAGAGUUUUUGGUGAAAAUUGUGCAGUUUCAAAAAGCAUGGACAGGUAACCUGAUAAAAUGUUCAGAGUGUUGGUUCAGGCAGCCCACAGUACAUCAGCUGAUCCUAAUUCUAGCCCACAUCAGCCAAAUUACCCUCUAAUGCAUCCAUUAGCUGCACUUUUACAUGUACAGUCACUGAUGUCUGAUCUGUUCUGCACCAGAGGGGUCUUUGCUGCUGCUCUUCCUGCCUCGACCCUUAUGCGUGUACAUGAAACAGAGAGAAGGUGUGCUCUCUCCAAACCUCGAGCGUGGCAUUCCACAUACUGACAUGGAAAGGCAGGGAGCUCUCAGAAACAAGGCCGUACUGCCAAACAUGACUUAAUUGUAGUUGACUACAGUUAUUACCAGUAAUCAUAGGCAUUUUUUUUUUUUUUUUUGGAAGUCUGGUAAUUGGACUGCAAUUUAACGGCUUAUGAGACAAAAACACUCCAGCAGCAUCUUGUAAACCAUCAAUCAAAGAAACAUUAAAAUGGCAACACACUUGUCUUCGUAUUAUAUCAAUUAUAACUACCAGAUACAAAGCCAUGAUUAGGCAUGGUUAAAAAAAAAUAUACUGAAGCCAUCAGUGAGUCAUAAUUUUUCUUAAUUAAUUCUCUGUUUGGUAAAUGACAGAUAUCUCUCAUCGCAUGUGUUUUUAUUGAGCUACUUACCCUAAUGCUGGUUUGUUUAACACCCUGUAACUGCAGCAGCUAAUUGCGAGAUAUAAUGAGUCUGUUUCCCCACAGGGAUCAAUAAAGUUUCACCUCAGCUCAUCUCCUAUCAUACCAUCUAAUUGGCGGUGUUGUUACCUGGCAUGCUUUACACACACAAUCACAUUGAUAAGUAGGCUUUGAUGUUUCAGCUUUGAACAAGAUGCAGUGUCUUUAUAUCAUGUUCGUCUCUGCUCCCCUGCAGGUUCAUGUUGGCACCUCCCAUCAGGAGCAAAGGGUUGUGGGCUUUCUCACAAGUACGCACCUCCACGCCAUAGAAGGUACAGUAAUAUGUCUAAUCGAUGUUUAUGCUUGCUCUGUGCACUCAUUUACUUGCAUAUGCUACAAUAGUUCGCUUGUAUGAUACAACCCUUCAUUUUGAGUUUAGAUUUUUAGCUGAAAGUGUACAGUAUCCUCUCACUUGCUUUUGUGCGUGGCUUUGAGAUCAUCUCUCAGGGGAACAGCUAGACUGCUACAACCGUCAGACUCUUCACACAGUGCCUGUAGUUUGUGUUUGUGUGUGUGCGUGUGUGUGUGUGUGUGUGUGUGUUUGUAUGACCAGAUAGCGGGAUAAAUGGGCACAUCAACCCCCCCAUUGCCUCGUUCUGCAGUUCCCAUGGCGACUGGCUCAAGCUGUUUAAGGCGUCACAGCCCUAUUUUAAGCCUCCGGUCGAUGCCUCCCUCAUUUUUUACCAAAGACACAUCUCCCCCUUCCCGUGCUAUUCUGGGCUCCUUCUACGCUGCUCCGUGGUCUAAAAAUAGCCAUACUGGGGCUGUUUCUAAAGAUACAUCAAACACGAAGCCUCAGGGGGGGGAGGGGGAGAUGUUACAGGGAAAUAGGGGGAUAACAGGGAAGACAGGGAUGAGAAAAAGGGGGAGGAGGACAAAGACCUGGUUCUUUUCUGAGAGGACAGAGUGGUUGUACAUGAGUAAUCUCUACUGCUUGAGUAGAAAACGUGACAUUGUGUGAUUGACUGUAAACAGAACAGAAACUGUACCUUGACUGGCCAGUGCAUCAAUGGAUUACUUACAGGGUAGAUUCAAUGUGCCCUAUGUGCAGUUUUUUUACCAGCAAACCUUUCAUAGCAACAUUUCAGGUGUGUUCGUAGAGAUUUCACCAUUUUAUAAGCAAAUACCUCAAACAGUGUACCAGUAAAGAAGAAUGGUUGAUGUUUAUGAAAAAGGAAAAGAAAAUGUUAUUGAGGCCAAAUUCACACAACAUUAACCAAUCGUCAAGCCAGCAGUUGCAGACUUCUACCAAUCUGCUAUGAGUGCAGGAAUAUUUUGAAAAAGGCAACUGUUCAAACUACAUGGCUUAUCAAGACGGGGUGCCUUAAGGGUCGGUGCUGGGUCCCCUUCUCUUCUCAGUACACACCAGCUCAAUGGUUCAAUCUUCUGCUCCCAUGCUAUCUUAUACCAUUCCUACCAGAUGACAACAGUCUUGGCUUGGGUCUCAACAUGAUCUGCUAAAAUCUGAACAAGGAUGAAAGAAGACCUAUGGAUCAGCCAAACUUAUGGCCAAGUCUUCCUGGAACUUGAGUGUCUUAAUGGACUACCAGCUAAAACUCAAUGCUAUUGAUGAUAUUGGUGCUCUGUGAUGGUGUUGAUGACAUUGGCAUUGAUUAUAAAGGUAUGUUUAUCAUCAUUAGUUAGGAUUUCAAUGAUACAAGGAUACCGCUGACAGUAUUGAUGACGUGAGUUAUAUGUGAGUUAAACAUCGCCUCUUUAACUGCAUGUUGGUACAUGUGUUUAAUUUGGCUCAAAGCAGUUGAUGGCACUUGAAAUAUCAUUGUCUUUGCUUACUCAGAUGGACAUUGCUUUGGUCAAAAGCAUCAAGUAAAAUAAAUUACAUCACUGAAACAUUUUUGUUUAUUUGAGACGGCUAAAAAUGUGCAGCAUUUGAAUUAAAAAAAAAAAUCCCUAAUGUGGAAGCAUCAUGCAGGGGUGGUAGAAUAAUGGUACCAUUACCUUUAAUAGUUUUUAUAAUAAUACUGACGGAGUGUGACUUUAAAUUGUCCUGAUUCAGUGUAAAUUGUUCUAUGUAAUAUAUAACAAAACAAAUGUGGCCACUGAUUGUUGCUAAUCAUCAUUUUAAAUUUGUUACUUGCCAGUAUCAAAUUGGCAUUGGAGUUAACCCAAUCUCCAUUUCUUUUAUGUUUCUCUCACAAACCCAUCCUCAUUCUGUCCCGUCUGUUCUGAGUCUGGAGAGAUUCAGGGGAGCUUGGCAGCUCAGAGGAGCUCAGAUUACCUCCUUUUGAUGGAAAUAUUGACCAAUAUUAAGGCUGGCAAGACAAAAAAAGAGCUCUGCAGCCUGUCUGCAACAUAUGGGGAUAUGAAUGUGCAGUGGGAUUGCUUUUUAAUGUAGUGUUUAAACAAUUGUUACUCUUAUCUAAAUGUAUAGAAAAAUAGAUGAGCCAACAUAACAAUUUACACACAUGCAGAGAGGAGCAGUUCAGAGGUGUUAAUUGAGUUUUGCCUAAAUGAAGCAUGAACUCCAUAAAACGGAUCUUCAUCAGGCCUACCCUAGUCUCAGUUUGGGCUUUGAUCACAUGUCAAUGUAACAGGACUGGUUGAGUAAAAACACCAACAGAAAAGUUACGUCAUUGUCACACGUCAACUGCUCUCACGUCAUUGUCAUGGCUCACCAGACAGUCUCACCAAACGAAAUCACGGUUUAGUAACACAGUAACGUACUGUUACUGCUUUUGCUAUUGUAAUCCCUUACUUUAUUCAUUACUUGAAAAAAAUAAUCGGAUCACAGUAACACGUUGUGUUCACCACUCACCAGCUGCAUUUCCAGAGGGUUACAUGGAGCAGCACCGUUAAACAGCUGGAGACUGAGUAUUUCCCAGUAAUUACAGAAUCAGUGGUUCCCUGCGUCCAUGAUGAGCUUCUCCUCAUCCAUGUUGUUGACAGUGGCCUCUGAUAUUCUACAAGCUGUUGACCUUAAGCCUGGCUCCACCCAUUUUGAUGGCUGUUGGUUUGAAUUUUGACCUGGCAUCUGUUGUUUCAGUGUCCGUCUUGCUCGAUCUGCCCUGUGCUUAACUCAGUGGUUCUCAAGUCCAGUCCUCGAGCUCCACUGUCCUGCAUGUUUUGGAUGUUUCCCUGCUCCAACACACCUGAUUCAAAUGAUCAGCUCGUUAUCAAGCUCUGUAAUGGCUUAAUAACGAGCUGAUCAUUUGAAUCAGGUGUGUUGGAGCAGAGAAACAUCAGGGACUAGACUUGAGAACCACUGGCUUAACUGAUGCUCCCAAAUCCAGUCAAUGUAGAUGUCUUGUGAAACUACUACAGAGGGCACUGGAUUGCUGGAGCUACGAUGGAGCAGAAACACACAGUGCCAGUGGAAGCAGACACAUUUACUAGAGUGAAACCUACCAGCUCUGCUGCCCUGGGGAAGCAGAAAUAUACCAAACCAGAUCGGGUGGAAGGUCCCUGUUAGAGCUGUUAGGAGCCCCGUAGGGUCCACUAAUGGUUUGUAAAAAUAACAUUUCUUUAAACCAACCUGGCUGUUCUAGUCUGAAUUUUGCACACAAGUUCAAAACUGGAAACACAAAUGGAGAAAAACAAGAAUGUUUAAGCAGAAAUAGGCCACUUUCAAAAAUGAGUACUUGCAAGCAAUUUUACUUGACUGAGAAAUUAACUAUUCUUGACUUACACAGAUCUAAAAAUACAGAUAUAUCACUUAGUUUCAAGUCUUCACAGGAAUCCAAACAGAAAUAAACUUGCAUUCAUACACAAUUACACAAGAAGGUAUAUAGCAAACACACCCCCACAUCCCUCAGCUUCAUCAGUUUUUAAGAGAUCCAGGAGUACAAAAUGAAAAGCAAAUUAUUUGAUUUUUCAUGUACUGGAACCGAAGCUAAGAGUAAUCAAAGCCAAAGCCACCCACUCACCCACCAACAUCUUGACACCUCUUUGUUUCUCACACUCUCCACUAUUCAGCUGUUAUUUCUCCCUCACACACUCUCACCUACCGCCUCCACCCUCCUCGCUCCAACUCCAAUUUAUCAGAUUUACUGGCAGGAGUGAGGGCUGGAGGAAACGCUGCCAAGGCUAAACAGAACCAAAUGUGACAUAAUAUUGUGUCACUAAUAUUAGCAACAUAAUAAAUCAACUUGGUAAAGGAAGUCAGAAAAAUCUGUGACAGCUCUGUGCAGUUUGUUUUCUAAAUAACGUGACAUGAAGUAAGAUGACAAAAGCAGUUAGAUGCUCACUCUGUCUGCUCUUCUCUUCUGGACAUAUCGUCCUUGUUGAAGAUUUUUUUUCUUUUUUUCUUUUUUUGCUGGAAACAGAUUCCUGCUGCUUCAAGAUCUAGGAAGCUGUUGACUAUAAAACCAAAAGCCAGAGGGAGGAGAGGCUUGAAACACAAUAAGUCAAGGGACUUUGUAGAGAAGAGUGAUAAUCUGUGGUUUUCAAAUCACAUUUAAUACUGAGUUCACAAUCAAAUGACCCUUUUAGGUUUGGAUAUCAUUUCUUUGUAGAGAAUUAUGACGGCAAACAGCAUUUUUAAGAUACAUCUUAAAUAUGCCAUGUGUUUAUCCUUGUUAAUGAGAUGAAGAUGAGACUGAAUUGUUUUGACUAAAAUUUAUCACAUUUUCACCUCACCGGGCCUCUGAUCCAUCAUCAAGAAUACAAUCAAUGCUUUCCUGUAACAGGCUGAGUUUAAAGGCACAGUGUUUAUUUUGUCAUUUAGCUGCAUGGGCAAUGGAAAUAUUGACUGGUGUAGCUUUUUUAAUAUCAGUAAUCUGUAGUAAAUGUGAUCACAUGUUAAUAAUCGAGUUCUCAAACUUGUCUUCAACAAUGAUUAGUCUUAGUGUUGAGGCUGCUGUGAUUUAACUAUAAAGUUCUCAGAAUAUUACAGGAUCAAAGCGGAUCAAAAAUUGUGCGUCACUUACCUUUGCUCUCUGUCCCACCUCGAAGUGUGAUUCACAAUAUUUAAAGUGCUAAUGAGAUUCCAGAAACAACACAGACGGUUUAUGCUUGAGUGAGAUGAGCUGUCAGCAGCACCUUUAGACCUCAGUUACUCAGUCAUACAGACCUGACCAAUGUGAUACCAGUUGGGCCAUGAUCAAUGCUAUGUCCUCCCUUGAGUGAUUACCCCCAUUCAAAAGGCUGCCGAUUCUGUCAUUGCACACUGUUGGUCUUCACAUUUGAAAUGGAUUUUUUUUGGCAUGACAGAAAGUCGUGGUUGAUUUGCAUGCAAAGAGGACAGUUUUGCCCCAGAUGUAUGCGCAGAUACUGUUUUAAAUGCAGACAGUAAUGAGGGGACAUUUGCUCUGCAACACAUUUAUAGGAACAUUUAGCCCUGCAGGUGCUCUGCGGAAAUGAAAAUCCUUUUGUGCCAUUUGGCAGGUUUGCGAAAAGAUGCAUGGUGAAUUCUAAAUUAUCAGCAAACUUACUUUUUUUGGCUGCAUCGAUUGAAAAAAUAUCCUGCAUUGGAUCAGAGAGGACUAGAUUGAUCUAGUUUCUUAUUUACAGUUUCUUACUGACAGUGAAAAUGCUGUCAGGCAUAUCAAUAUGAACAGACCUGUUCCCCUUUAUCGAUUGUCCUUACCUCCUUAGUGACCAGAUAAGUUUAAAAAAAAGCUUAAUUAAGCACAUUCGGUAUUUAUUUGCUCCAGCCCUCACACAAAAAUUGUGUCGUCCACCAGGUGAUGCAUCCGUACGCUGUGAGCAGCUCGACCUGAUGCUCCAGUGGGGGGCUGAGUUUCGUCAAUCCUCAUCCCAACCACCUGAAGGAGAGAAGGUGCUGGAAGACCUGGUGGCCUUUGACGUCAUCCUGGGAGACCUCAACUUUGAUAACUGCUCAUCAGGUAAGCAGCAAUCAGGCCUCGUUGUUGUUGGAUUAGAGUGUUGAAUGUUGGAUUAGAGAAAAUAUAAAUUCACUUUUGGUUCUAAAAACAGAAAAGUUGUUUGUUGAGUACACCAAGUCUUGUGCCAUCGUGUCAUUAAAAAAAUAACAAGAAUCCAACAUUAACUUGGAAGAUGAAAAAACCUUCACGGACAAGAUACACUUCCUUUUGGCUUCUCUGGUUGCCUGAUUUAUCUCUGAAUAUUGUGGAAUGUCCAAAACAAACAGUGUCAUUUAGGACAGCAAGGGACUCAUCGAUCAUAUUUUUGGUUUUCUUUUUCUUAACAGCCCGUUGAAUAAGCAAGUCCAAAAGAAAGACAAAAAUGUCAGGAUUAUGCUGUGUUCUAGUUACCUCGGAAGUUGGAUGUCAAAGCUGGGAAUGACGUCACACCCAAGUUGACGGCGUUCCAGUAAACAAGUCGGAAAACCAAGAUGGAGGCCUGUUGUUAGCUGUUGUUAUUUGUUGUUUACAAUUGUCAGUUGUUGUUAGCGGUUGUCAGCAGUUGUUAGCCGUUGUUAGCAGUACCAAUUGUAAACAACGCAUAACACAGUAUUUUACUCUUACAAACACCAGGCAUUACAGCGUAUUCCACUUAUUUAAUUUCACAAAAAUAAAACACAAGUGCUAAUAAAUAAAACAUUACAAAAUGGGGGGGGGGGGGGGCUCUAGAUGAAUUUUGGACUCGGAGCUUGGAAACUCCAACUUCCGAGUACAACUGGAACACAGCAUAAAGUCUGUUUAGUUACUUUAUCUUUCACCUGAAGUUUAAAGUUAGGGGUUAAAAAUGGAUUGCUCUUACUCAAUGGAAAAUGUUUCAUAUCAUUGUGUUUCAGGUCAAUUUUUGUACUUUCUACCUGCUGCCAAGUGUUUAAUCAUGAAGACAUCAUUUAACAGAAUCAUAAUGAGAGUCUGGGAUUGUCAUGUUUGACUUCAACUUUUGCCCGUCUGUAACAUUACACUGUACAUGUGCUUCUGUGAUAUUCAGAGGACAAGCUGGAGCAGCAGCAUGCACUUUUUACUCAAUACAAGGACCCGUGUCGCCUAGGGCCAGGGGAGGACAAACCAUGGGCUCUGGGUAAUAACAAACACACACACUCACACUCACACAAACACACACAGUCACAUGCUCCUAUAAGGACAAAGAUGAAUGUCACAAAUCCUGGAUUCUACGUCUCAAUAAUGCCAACACUCCCAGACAUCCUCUUUGAGUGAAUGUGAAAAAAGACCACAAUGUUCACGAGAAAAAGUGACAUAUUACCACAUUAUUUCAUGCAGGUAUUUCUUCACACACACACUCAUGGUGUCUUAGUGAAUGAGAUGAUCUAUGAAGCGCCCCGCCGAGCAGAGCUGACUAUAAUCUGGCUCUGUCAGGAUAAAUCAGGAUGCGCCCACAGUGUGAAUUAAAAUACGCCCAGUGCAGCCUGCUGAUACAUGGGCAUUAGUGACGUAAAUACUGGAGGGUUUGGGUCUGGAUGUGAGGCGUUAUUUAGGCCAGCAGUGUUUUUAUGGGACAGUGUUGGCAAGGCGUAGUGAAGGGGCUCAUUCAGAGAAGAGCUUAUUUAUUUGGACAGGGAUAUUUUCUACAGUGAAUCAGGGGAAAGAUCUGCGCCUCCUGCUUGAUUUCUAAGCAGGAGGAGAAGACAGAGAGAGACAAACUGAUCAAUGAAUCAAUGCAAGAAAAGAAAAACAGAUUAUCCCAUUUUAUAAUGCUUCUCCAGAGGAGAUUAGACCUGGAUGAACAAUAGAGGGACACAAAAACAGGCAGACUGAGAUCCCGGUUGCCAGUGAUUGUCCUGAGUUGUCCUAACAGUAUGUCUACAAAGAUUUCAUGAAAUCAGAGCAGUAUCUGUUCAGACAGGACGACUGUUUGGCCCUCAGAGGUGCUGUUCAUGUCAUUGUGGUUGAACACAGCUGCUUUCAGUUCAUCUAAAAGAGAACCGCAAAUCUGAUUGAGUUGACGGUGACCACUGCACAGCAUCGCACCACCAAGCAGGAAGAAAAUCCGACAUGGUUCUCCAGAUAUGCAUUUACAGUCAGACACACUGAACUGACAGAGAUUCACUUUGUUUUUCUGUUAGAUGAGGCAGCUGUAGUGUUGCUGUAGAGCCACUCAGACAAUAAAAGAUGCAUUAACACUGAGAGCUUGGGGAUAUGACAUUCUUUGCACUCUUGUACACUCAGUCUGAGCAGACUUUUAACACAAGCUCAAGAUGAGGUUUAUUACAUACUAAUGAUAACCCCAAAAACAAAAAGUGGUAACACUUUACAAUAAGGUACAGAAAAAUACAGUAAUUACUGAGGAACUAAGGCACACAAAAUUAGAGUAGUUAUUAAGGAAGUAAUAAUAAACUGACUAUUACUGAAUGAUUAGUUCCUCAGUAACCCCUGAUCAAGUUUCAAAGGAGCAGUUACUGAGGAACUAAUGAUAAACUAUUAAUGAUCAGAGUUUCAGUAACCUCUGAUCAAAUAUCAGAGGAGUAGUUAGUGAAGAACUAAUGAAUAGUUACUGAGGAGCAAAUGAGGAACAUAAAAAGGAACUAACAAGGAACAAAUUAGUCACUAAGGAGCUAACUAAUUACCUACCUUUUUGUGUACCUUUCGGUAGAUUAAGCCAUCAUAAGGACUAGUUCAUGAGUACUAAAUAAUUACUUCAUCAUGGCCAUGCGUACCGUCCAUAGACUGUAUAUACUAUGGACAACUUGGUUCCACCUUAUGCCAGUAUUUGAAGGCAAAAAGCCCUCGGUAAUUCCGUGUUUUCUCUCCACUCCCUGAAACCAACAUUGGGCAGUAGUGUUGUAAGCACUCCACCUCCUGCACAGUCACAUUGUGCUACGGGAGAGUCGCCAAAAGUCGCUGUGAUGACGCUCGGCUCAAACAGCAUAUCCCCCGGGUGAGCUACACAAUCUUCAUACGCCGACGGGCUGUGUCAAGUGUCAAUCAUAGCAAACAUGAACCCCCUAAUGACUUUUAAAAAUGGAGCUGUACAGAAAAAAGAGGACUUCAGCACAAACCAGUCUUACAGUAACUACAUGUCAACAUUACAAGCAGGGGGGAGAAAAAUUUAUAUUCUGUGUAAAAAAUUUCUUGAGUUUGUCCACAGCUCCAUUAGCUUUGCUGGCGGAGGUGGGAUUUAUGACCUAUACUGCAGCCCGUCACCAAAGGGUGCUGUUUUUGGAGUGAUUCCACCCAACGCACAUCCUCUCCAUGAGUUUGUAAUUAGUUUCUCAGUAACCACUCCUCUGAAAUUUGGUCAAGAGUUCCUGGAGAACGGACCAUUAGCUAAUUGUUAGUUAAUUAUAAGUUCCUCGGUAACUACUUUAAGUUUCCCAUUAGUUUUUGAUUAGUUCCCCUGUAACCACUAUAAUUUUGUGUUUGUUAUUAUAAAGUAUUGCCCAAAAAGCUUCCCCCAAAUGAUCUAGAGGUAUUCUGUAUCAAAUUAGCACAAUCCCACAAUUUGUGAAAACAAAAGGGAAAUUAAAACCAAAGCAAUACAAAUUCUAAGAUAAUAACAAUAAUUAACAAGUACAAUGGAGACCAAUCUCAUUUGUGAGAGAAUUAACAUCAGUUCAGAGAGUCAUGGUUCAUCUCUUAUCCAUGAACUCGUACCUUUUCUGCUCAGUUCAGAUUCAGAAUGACUCCUAACAAAUGUGAACUCAAUGGGAUAAAUGGUUCUUUAAAGAACGGGCACAUAGACAAACAGAGAUCUUUCUCUGAAGUUUGACAGCUCCAGGAUCUUUAUGACGCAGACCUCUGAACCAGUGAAAUAACACCAACACCCUGCAGGGCUUGUGCUGAGUCCAGAUCUCAUGGGAAUUACGACAGCCUGGGUGCAGUUGUCGAUAAAAAGCGGUGGCAUGGACGCACAGUCACACGAUAACUGAAAGGAAAAUUAAAGGCUUCUGCUAAAAUCUCUCACCAAGGAUCACCCUCACUCAUAGCUGAAAUGGCUGUUUUUGGUGAUGUCUUUGAGUUCAUGUGUGACAGCAGAUUAAACAUGUCAGCCACAAACCAACAACCAGGCGAGGACACAGAAUGUGGCUUCCACCGCGUUUUAGGAGUUGUGGUCAGAAUUGGUGUGAAAGAACAUCCACUUUCUUCUCCACACACACAUACACACACACUAGAGUCUGUCGGUGAUGAUUGGAUUUAUGAGGAUGGUAAAACUGAGGUUAUGUUAACCACGUAAAAGAGUAAAUCUCAUGAAUAUGGGAGCUUUCCCAAACAAGCUGAAAGCAGACAGGCAGUAGUCAGAGUGAGCUGCUGAGAGCGCCUGCCUAACACCUCACCGUCUUUGUUUCAGUGAUCGGAAAACCUGCUCUCAGACUUGUAAAAGGAGCCGGCCGCACAUCAGAUGCCUACUUUUAUAAGAGCCACCCACACUUAACAACUGCACUGUGGUGAGAGUAACUCCAAAGUGCUGUUCUCUUCAUAUGGGGCAUUUUAAACUCAUUAUCCAGCCCACGGCCUCAUAUCCUCAUUGUCAGAAGCAGCUCUAAGUGCCCGUCUCUCUCUGGCUGGUAUAUUUCUGUGGCUGCUAACAGUGGAUAGUGGUUUGAGGACCAUAAAGAUAUAAGCUCUCGGAACAAGGAGCACUGAGGGCCCCCUCAGCUGUCUGAAGAAGGAAAGUUGUCGUGUUAGAAAGCUGGUAGCCAUCGAGUAGACAAGCGUUUGAAAGCUCAGGGAUGGAUGGCCAUUGCAUGCAGUUUGUUGUUUGCUGUGAAUGAAAAGAUGAGGGGAAGGGGUCUUAUUGAUCAGCAAAUAAUGACACCUCCUUUUUGAUGCCUGAGAGAACAUUUAUCCAUACAACACCUAUCUCAAAAUCAGCUUGUUUUAACAUUUGAGGAACUUCUUAGGACAGUAAAAGGUGAUUCCUGAUUCCUUGAUUCCUGAUUUCCUCUAAGCUGAAACUUUGUGGUCUGAAUAAAAUCAUGAUAGAUACAAGAGCCUGAUAGAGUUUCACCUCAAGAUUAUUGUGUAUGAGAAAAAAAUCACUAUUGGGAUAUUAUCAGGAAGUCCAAUAGCAAGUCUGCACCCAGACUGGCUGAUGCCAUAGUCUGCACACCCAGGGCAGAGCCAAUAUAGCAGACUCUUUCAUUGAUUAAUCUUAUCGGCCAUUUGUAAAAUGUUGAAUAUCAGCCCUGAAAACCAGUCCACUCCCACAGCUGAAGGAGUCUUUUGCGGACUUACUUUCACAUGCAAUCAUGCUAACAUCUUGCUUUGGGGUACUGAGGGGAGAGUGUCCCAAAACCUGAUCUCACCACCUUGAUGAAGUUCUGUUCAGCGGGUCUGAGGAAAGGUCCCUGUGUUUCUGUCAGAUAUCUUCUUAUGAUGAAUACAAGAGCGCAUGAAAAAUGAACCCCUUGCUCAGUCCUGGAUUUGAACGAGAGUCUCAUGUGAACCAAGGAUAAUACAACUCUGAUAGUUCUCCUCAAACCAAUUCAGAAGAUAGCAAUAGCAAAGCUUUGGCACCAAGAGAACCAGCAGUGAGCGGGGCUCAAUAGGAGAAGCAGGGUGCUGGAUGAUAGUGCCAGGGAGGUUGUAGAGCUGAGUCAGCAAGUACUCUCUCCUGAUUUGGUGACUGUUUCCUCGCAGCUGCACAACAGCCAAGUUUCCCCCGUCCAAAGGAUUGUUGACAAAACAUUUGCAACAGAUAAAGCUGGGAUUUUCCAUUUACCCCGGCUGAACUAAGUUGCACAAAAUCAGAGGCUCAGAAAUGACUACACAAAUAAACAAACUCCACUGUUCAGGUUAGAGGACCCAGCGCUUCUGUCCCCAAAUAUGUUUAGGAGAUUAAAUUGAUCAUUUUUGAGAAAUUAAACAGAUGGCUCAUUUAGAUGGUGUGUUAUUUUCCAGGUACUUUGCUGGAUCCCAGUGGCCUUUACGAUGACGAGGUCACCUCACCUGAAAGUUUACAAAAGUAAGUUGAACACAGACUCACACCUACCUACCUCCGUUUAUUCCAAGGAGACCUGUCCGUACUUUUGGAAAAGCUACCACGCACCUUUGACUUUGGUUUCGACAUUUAACCCAAGGUUUUUACCUGACAGUAAGAAGUUUGAACUGGUAGUUUUGUCUCCAUAAACACAAAGGUACUUGUCUCUCUUUGCAUGAAGAUUUUAACAGGAAUAGGUGAUUUCUGCGUUUGCUUUAGGCCCAAGUCUCAUGAUCUUUUCUUUACUUCUUUCUCUACAGGGUGAUGGAGAAUGAAGAGGCCAGGAAAGAGUACCUCGUAUUCCCUCCCAGUAAAAGCCAGUGUCCUGCCAGCAGUCAGAAAGGGAGAAAGAUCCCACUGAAGGGUAACGGACGAAGGAUUGACUACAUCCUCUACAGCGACGAGCACCUGCAGCAGGACUGGAAGCAGGUAUGAUUUAGUGGAGAAUUGAAGAAAAUAAAUAUUAUAUAAUUGUUUACAGCUUAAUAGUUGGUUUCUUGGAAUAAUUUGUGAACUGAAAGUGGUCCUGAAAUCAUACAUGGGUCCAAAAAUUGGUACAAAAUGUUCAAAUAAAUAAGGUCAACAAUUCACAACAAGACAAGCUAGAAAGGAAGGAAAAGAAUUAGGGCAAGAAAUUCAGGGCCGUGUCUGUGUAAAGAGAUGGUGAGGAUGGAAAACCAAAUCACAUUAUGUACACAGCGAGUCUCUUUCUCCCUCCUCUCUGACUCAGUCACUCUGUUUCCCUCAAAUUUAAUAAUCUGAUGCCCCCCUGUGCCAGAACACUGUAACUGCAACACCAUUUGAAACAGAAGUUUCUUGUCUCGUUUCAACUGUAAUAUCUGUGAUGACGGAGGAACUUCGUCUUCACUCGUUAAUGUGUGUAGUGUGCAGCCAGUGUUUGUAAAUCUUCUGUAUUAUACUCCAAAUUUCUAAUUUUUAAAAGAGCAGAAGACAAUGCAGAUUUUAAAAGCAUAUCUCUGUUGUUAUUUUUAAUUCCUCAGUGUAAAAUUAGAGCUUCUGCAUCUCUACAGUACUGUGCUCCUCUGUCAAAUGUUUUUUAUGCACUAAAAUGCAUUAUCAAGAGAAACUGAAGUAAAGAGAGGACAGGAGAGGGUACCGUCAGCUGGGCAGAGGUCCCAGUCCACCCAAAAAGACCCAGUAUGCCACAGGGUUAAAUCCAGAAGUGACAGUCCUGCAAACCAGACAGGUUAAAUGUUUGUUUGCUGCGUCUUGGUUUUUAGAUUAAAAUCAAACAUACUCUAGGUAAAUAUAAACUGUAACUGGACUGGUUUAUGAGUCAUUCAGCCUGAGGCAGUGUCUGUGGUUAAAAGCAACAAUAAAAAGAGGACUAGCGCAACACCCUGUUUGCUUAAAGGUAUAUAUACAAAUUUCAUGUUAAAAUUUUUAUUCAUAGCUGGAAAAAUUCCCUUUGGUUCUUACAUAGAAAGAUGUUAAUGCCUCGGAAAGGCCACGAAUCAAGACAAUAGAGAGCUUGUUGAUCUCUUAACUCAGUGUUCAGGGAAAGUCCUCUCCUGUUUUUACCAUGAAAAUGCCCCAGUGCACAAGUUGAGUGUGACAUGACACACCCGUGCAUAACUAAAAUACAAUCUAGGAAGCCAGGCCUGAUUUGCCUGUGCUGAAUUUCCUCAUAAUGUUUGACUAGUACAGGUAGUGCUGGUAGUUUCCAAAGUGACAAGAAUGUGACACAUAUUUGUCAGUAUACCCUUUCAGCAUGUCUGCAGAUGAAAAUGACUUGUGUGUGAAGAUUGCUUCUCUUUACUGAGUAACUCACUCAUUGAUUCUGCUGAGGUGGGAUCGCUGCAGAGACCUAACAAAAUGAAAAAUACCUGCAGCCCAACAGCUAUUAGCAAUAAAUAUAUAUAUAUAUUUAUUUUCUUUUUGAGGGAGGCUGUUUUAGAUACUGUGUGGGUGGCUAUUAUACAUUUGUGUCUGGGCUGGAAGAACAGCAUCUUCUCUUCUUUAAGUGAAUGCAAAUUAAAAAUGACAAACUAAAGUGAAUCUUGAAUUUCAACGUAAAAACAUCUUUUACUGAGUCUCUUUCAAGGAUGAAAUAUAAGCUGGAAACCCAGACAUGCAGGGUGCAACACAAAGAUCUGAUGCCAGCCUUCUGUUCUUCCUGCAGGAAAUUGAGGAGUUCAGCUUCGUCACCCAGCUGGCUGGCAUCACCGACCACCUGUCUGUGGCCAUGCGGCUGGCUGUCUGCACCGGGGAAGAGGAACCGUAGAUUUGCAGCCGGAGCAUUGUUUUCAAAUACUGCCAUGAAGGGAUGACAGAGAAACAGGCAGAGAAGAAGAGAUCGACUGUUUACUGAUGAGAGCUGCCUGAGACGGACAAAAUACAGAUCUGAGAGGAGGGUCAGAGAAACAGAGAGAUGAGGAGAGCAUGGUAGAUAAAUGAAUAUGAGGAACGUGAAGGAGAGCAGCAGAGGAGUAAUAUGAAGACUCUGGGGAGGAGAGAUAAGCAGGGGAAUCGAGUUAAAAGAGCCAGAGAGGUAUUCAUUGUGAUGGGUAAACCUCCCACACACAGGAGUACACACAAAACCCAACACACAAACACAAUUUAUCGACACUUCGACUGUUGAAUACCGCCUGGCCUCUCCUCCUCACACACGGACUGAACCCAGAGGGUUUUAUUCACACUGAACUGUUUCAUGUAGCCAUUUUACACUCACUCCUUUAACUGAGUUUGUUUUCACAUAGUAGAGAAAAAAAAGUGUUUUUUUUUAUGAUUCUACCUUCAGGGACAGUUGAACCCUCCUUCUUUUAUGUUGAAGAAAGAUCAUUUACUUGAGGAGAGAGAGAAGCAAACACGCCGUUGACUGGCCUUUACACUGACCGUAUGUGUCCUUGUGUUGUGCUCGUCCCUGAAAGGCUAAUAUUCAGCUCUGUUGUCAGUCGGUCACCUCGCUACGCUCACAUCAGUCCCAGGAAUCUCAACAAGUGUCUUUUUUUCUAAAGGAAAUAAACCAGACUUUCUAAAAGGAGAAAAAUAAUACGAUAAAAUUUCUAUUGUUGCCACACCACUUUUUCUAAGGAGUUGAAAUGCCUGUUUAAUAUUAUAUGUAGUAUGUUUCUAAUAAUAGCUAUUGUAUAAAGAGACAUGAAAUUGGAGAGAAGUCAUUUGUUUGAUGCAACACGAUGCUUAUAGCAUGUUUUUCAGCCAUGACUGUUGUAAAUUAGUGAUAUUCUUGGUGAACUAGAGGGAACAAAAGAUUUGCUGAUGCAUGAUGGGAUAUGGUACCAGUUUACAACAUUAAUAUAGCAGCUUGACACUCAUCCUUGCUUGAGUCUGGCUACCGUUUGCCCUAAAAGGCAGCACACACUGACUAUAUGCUGGUGUGACAUUUGUGCAUGUGAAACUUCACCAUGCUGUUCACUCUGAACCCACAGAAUGAAAUGCUCAGAGGUACAGCUGGUAAGAAUCUGCAAACACAGGGGGGAGAGAUUUCUUUGAGAGGGCAAACAUUGACAGCUUGUUAGUGAACAAAUCACUGUAGCUUUUUGGUUAGAGCCAUCACUGUCUUGUUAGCAUGUCGGAUUAGUAAACUAGCUGAUACAGAAGAAAAGACCUACAGGCUGCACACACUUCUAACAACAUGCCAAGCAGUCCUACACACAUAUGAAGCAAAGAUUAAUCAGUACAGACACACUAAGUAAACUUACAGGACAGUGCUUCACACCUGAAAACAGAUAGGGGAGAGUGGGGUAAGAUGAGCCAUUUUUCAUAUUUCGAAUCACCACAUCAAGGCAAUCAUAGUUUUGUCUCUAACUAGUGUAUCUGCAUAUAUUUCAAGAUGUUGUGCAUCCCUGCAAACCAACAGAAUGAGUGUAAACAUAACUGUCUUGAUAACAUAGCAUGCCAAAAAAAGUGCUCUCCGAUGGUUAACUUGCCCCAUAGACGGGGUAAGUUGAGCCGUAUCCCUACUACCCCCUUCUCUGCACCCCAGCCCUCCCUCACCUUCUGUCUCCCUAAAUAACAGUCACUUCUUCACAUCCAUGUGUGUUUUUAUCUAUUAUACACUAUUCAACUGGUACAAAAAUUCUUUUCAUUAUUAUGGCAUGUAACUGCUAAAAAGCUGUUUUGUAAAAAGUCAUUUUAACAUGAGAAUGUCUCUAAGUGAUUCAGAACAUUCACAGCUGUAUUUUUAAAAAGAGAAAGUAACACAUUUCAACAAUCUGAACUGAAACUCUGAUCCUCUCAUCAGACCCCUUUACUUUCUCAGUUGAGCCACUGGCUCAACUUACCCCAGAACAACUAUCAUGACUUUAUUAGUCCUCUAAGAUAAAAUGGUGGACUUUUACGCUAGGUUUUUUUGACCUAAAACAAAUUUAAAAUGAUCUUUUUCAAUCUCAAUUCAAGUCUAAUUAAACUUAUGACAGACUAAAUUCACUUCAAAAGUUAAAAAUGUUUUUUUGGAAAUAAAUGUCUAACCCCUUCACCCAUGUGCUUCUAACCUUUACAGACUCCAUGAUGCCCAUCUCCUAAAUAUUUGGUCACAUGAUCAAUUUCUUUUACCAUUUCCAAGCAACAGGGAGUGGCUCAGCUUACCCUUUGGCUCAACUUACCCCACUCUCCUCUUCUGAUACUAACAUUCAGACCCAGUACCCUUUCAUGCCACCAUGGAGCGUACAGGAUGGUGUAAAGCCUUUUCCACAAUGAAAUAUUAAACACAUUACAAGUGUAAGUACAAACAUUAGUCCAAAGAGUUUGAACGUCACGUCAAACAUUGAUUUGACAGUUUGCAAAUUGUUUGAACCUCAUAUUUAAUUGGAAGUGGUGCCAAGACAGCAUAUUUAACAUUGAAACUGAAAAUUAAAUCUUUUUAUUCAAAAUGUUGUUUUAUUUUUCUAAAGUUGAUGCAGGAAUACAUUUAAAAAAGUUGAGGUAGGGGUAUGAUUACUGUUUUGCAGCAUCUUUAAACACUCUGUAAUCAUUGGGGAAAUGAGGAGAUCAGGUCCGGAGGUUUGAAAGUGAAAUGUUUUCUCAGAUUUGCUAAUAGAAAAUUCCAGCUACCAACAGAUUGCGGUUUCAAAUUUGUCUCACAUAAUGUUUUGUAAUGUGUGAUAAAGUCAGGACUGCAGGUAGGCAGGUUUAGCACCUGGACUCAUCUCCUGCUGUUGUAGAAAACAUGCAGAAUGCAGUUUGAGGUUGUCUUGCCUGAAUAUGAAAAGUGUUUCUCCUGCUAUGUCAGACAACAGGACAGCUUUCAACUUCGUCUUAAUCAAUCUUAAAUGGACUCAGACAAGUCCACGUUUCUGAUCCAUGUGCUUUCUCCUUUGAUGAUAUAGAAACCAUGUUUGCGGCUACAGCGUAAAACCAUGAUUUCACAAGUUAUUUAAGCCCAUGUGGUGAUUUUCACCACAGAGACAUGUCUGUUUUCAAAGCACUGCUGCCUGAGGGUCUGUAGAGGAUCACAGCCGUCCAAUUUCCCCAACUGUCUGAAUCUUUAAACAAUAUUUUGUAUCAUAGUUGGUGAAAUUAUUGCACAGUCUCUCACAGCAUGGUGAACCUCAUCCCAUCCUAACUGUGAGACUCAGCCUCUCUGAAAUGUGUGUUUUUUAGACAGUCACGUUACCUUCCAGUGUUUUGUUGUCUCUGUUUAAAUUUUUGAAAAAGUUGUUGCUGGCAUCAAAUCUGAAAUGAUCAUACAGUUUUCACAAAACAAUGACAUAUAUUCAGUUUCAUGAGUUGAAAUGUUGGCUUUGUACUAUUUCAGUUAAAUAAAGGGUUUGAAUGAUUAACCUAAAAAACUGUAUUUCAAAAAUGAGGAGUUUCUCCUACUUUAUGGACCUCAUCGGUGAUUUUGAUAGAGUGGCUGUCAAAAGUCCCUCUCCUUGAUUCUGAUUGGUUGAUAACCGAGAUGAGUGCAGCACUGCUCCAAAAGUUUUUUGUUUUUUGUUUUUUAUUACUAGAGGCACAGCAACAAAAUCCAACUGAAGCUCAAAGUGUUUUUGCACAGAGGGUACUAAGUACCAGGUGCUGCCAGCCCUUUAAGCUGAAAUGUCCCAGUCCAGAAUUACCCAAUCCCAUUCAAGCAGAUAAGUUAGAUUUUAUAUGCAAAGUAUAGAGUAAUUUAAGAGAGUUAUGUAAAAGCCCCCCCCAUAUGAAGAAGCCUGUUUGUCUGGAUCAAACAGGCAUUUCUACACGAGUUUUCUGCACACAAAACAAUGUUUACAACAGUCUUUGUCUGUUUUGUGAAUAGUUUGAGGGCCAGUUUCAUCACAUUUAAGUUUGUAUCUCGGGGCAGCUCAUUGUGGUAUGUUUUUAAGUACUACAUUUGUGCGAUUUGGUCUCUCUCUAAACAUACUGUUAGAUAACACAUGAUGGGCAGUACAGAGAGGAUUUGCAAGUGUUGUUUCAUGAGUUCAGGGCAAGUGAAUUCAGGAGGUUAACUGCUUGUUCUGUUAUUACUGACAAACUGACUUGCACGCAAGUCUCACCUGCUGCUCAAAGUCAUUCUGUCUCUGUAUGACACAUUUUUUUAUGACUUAUAUAUUCUUCAUUUUAUCAUGGGCAGGAUAUGUUUCGUUUUCACCUCAAGAUUGAACGACUUACAUGUUUUUUUCUAGAACUGAGUCCAUUUCAGGCUUUGUUUUUCUGUCACCACACUUCUUAUUUGUGCAAAUCUAAAUCAAGAGUACGUACAAGAAUUUGUGCUCAGUAAAUACUUAAUGUAAGUACACUUUAGGUUCAAAGUGAGUUCAGGCAGGUGCCACACUUUCCAUGAGUCUCUGCUCUGAGUUUGAUUAUCAGAGGCACAAUGUGUACAUUUGUUUCAAUAACUUAAUUUAUCAUUUCUCUCUUUCUGUCAUUCAUCACAGUUCAUUACUAAGUUUUGUUAGUGUUGGAAACACUUAAACAGCUGGACUUCAGUCAUGCUACGUCCUCAUGAUGAUACUUUACUUUGCUUUGAACAUUGGAUAUGUAGCUAAUUCAUUGUAUUUGUAUUUUUUUUUUCUGGCCUUUUUAUUUUCAUGCAAAUGGUUAUGUGUUUGUAUAUCUUUGGCAUAUUUUCCAUGAUGGGUAGUUUCCAGACAGAGGUGAGACGAAGCUUAUUGUUAUAUUUAAAAUUAAAGGUGUUAAGUUGAAGGUUUA